AUGAGGUAUGUGAUAUUACAGCCUUUUCCACUCUGACCUUCUGUACUUUUUUUUUAUUCCUCUCUUUGUUUUCAGUGUGUGUGUGUGUGUAUAUAUAUAUAUAUAAUAUAUAUCUCUAUCUCUCUCCUAAACGGACACUAUAGUCUUCAGAGCAACUACAGCUUAAUGGUGUCUAUAGCCUGUCCCUCUAGACUUUUUAAGAUUUAGUGUCUCUUUAAACCGGACUGGUUUCUAAAAAUGCUCUCUUACCUCUGCUAUUUUCCAGUUUUCAGUACCUUCAACAUACAGCUUUUCAAAAAAUGUGGGUAACACUGCUAUCUAUACACUGACACUGUUGUAUUUCCUCAUCUUAACUUUUUCUUUUUCUAAUUGGAUAUUUUUUUCCUCCCAGAUAUAUUUUCUCUCCUGUAAUAAAUUGAGAAUAGCUAUACUAGAAUUUAGAAAACAAACUAGUUUUCCUGGCACUAUAGGGUCUCUAGGUCCCCCCCACCCUCGGGGUCCAACCCUCGCCAGGGUGAAGGGGGAGGAAGUCAUUAAUCACUUACUUUUUUCCAGCGCCGGGCUCCCUCGGCGCUGGGGACUCUCCUCCUCCUUCCGACGUCAUCGGCUGAAUGCACAUGCGCGGCAAGAGCCCCGCGCGCAAUCAAUCAGUCCAUAGGAAAGCAUUUCUCAAUGUUUUCAUAUGGAUGUCAGCGUCUUCUCACUGUGAUUUUCACAGUGAGAAGCGCGGAAGCGCCUCUAGCGGCUGUCAGUGAGACAGCCACUAGAGGCUGGAUUAACCCUUAGUGAAACAUAAGGGACCUGGCACCCAGACCACUUCAUUGAGCUGAAGUGGUCUGGGUGCCUAUAGUGGCCGUAUAGUGGUCCUUUAAAGUAGAGAAUUAUAAAAGUAUUGAUUUCUCAGAACCUCAAUGAACGUGUUGUGGAGUUUAGUUUGGGGCAUGUUCAAAACAAUUUCUUGCAAUUAUUAUAUUCUGGUAUACUUUAUUUUAUUUUUUAAUUAUUAUUUAUUACAUACAUAGACAAAACAUACUUUACAAUACAAACAAAACAAAAAAAAGCUAAAAUAAUAAAGAUAAAUGCACUUCUCUGUUAAAUACCGCUAAUCUUUUUCAUAACAAUUGAUAUUCCAUCUUUCAAUAUCUCUUUUUGCCUUUUCUUUUCAAUAAUUCUCAGGGAAUUUUUCUAUAUUUUAGUGGUUAUUUAGGCAUUUGUCAGCAGUCUGAUAUUGUGACUAUUUUGGCUUGGAGACUCAUUUCAUUGUCUCUUAUUUUUUUUUUCUUGUGAUGAUUUUAAGAUAGUUUAAUUUAUCCAGAGUGUGUGUAAAUGUUUAUGAAUAUAUACUUAUCCAUCUUCCCCAUAUUUAUGAAUGUAUAUUAGUUUUCUGUCUUACAGCAUAAUAUCCAUUUGACAAUGAUUUAUCUGUUUUUGACCAUUCUAAUUCUUCUUCAGUUUUCCAUUGUCUUGCGAUUUUUAACUUAAAGGACCACUAUAGUGCAAGGAAAACAAACUCGUUUUCCUGGCACUAUAGUGUUAACAGGUCCCCUCUACCCUCUGAAUCCCCCUCCCGACGUCAUUGGCUGAAUGCGCAUGCGCGGCAAGAGCCGCACGCGUAUUCAGUCAGUCUAUAGGAAAGCAUUCUCAAUGCUUUCCCAUGGACGCUGGCGUCUUCUCACUGUGAAAAUCACAGUGAGAAGCGCCGAAGCGGCUGUCAAUGAGACAGCUACUAGAGGCUGGAUUAAACUAUAUGUAAACAUAGUAGUUUCUCUGAAACUGCUAUGUUUACAGCAGGCAGGGUUAAAACUAGAUGGACCUGGCACCCAGACCACUUCAUUAAGCUGAAGUGGUCUGGGUGCCUAUAGUGGUCCAUUAACAGCUAAGAAUAGGUUUUAUUAUAUAGAAACAUAUUGUCCAAAUUAAAAAAUAAAAAUGUAAUUUUAAUUUGGAAAACAUGUCUCUAUUCUUGUAUACUUUGUUUCUGUCUAACUCUAAGUAACAAUAACCCUAUCUAACAUUAAGUAAUGUAACUUACACAAAUGAUUUACUGUUUACUAGAUCGGCCAUUGCCAACUCUGACUAUUCACUAUUUAGCAGAUCAUCCCUCGCUAAACCUAAUAUUAAUCCUUGCUAAACCUAACACUAACCAUAACAUGGCUCUAUUUACCAUAUUGGCCACCAGGUGGAUUGAUCACGCAGAGACACAAUCACAGUACUGUAAGUGCCUUAAAAUUGAUUGGCUUGGUAAUGUCCCCAGGGCUAAUUAUUGCUAAUUGUAAAUAGAAAUGCUAGUCCUAAUAUUAAUGGAAGACUCUUAAUGUUGAUCUCUCUCAUUUGUUAUUAGGAACAAUAUUUCAGUUUAUUUGUACAAUAAUUGAUGCAAGCCAGUUAUAAGUCUUUCAAGUAUUUCUGCUCAUAUGUACACAGCCAGUACUUUUUAAAUUAUGUUCGUGACUUACUAACAAAUACGUGAGGUUUUUUUUAUUUACGGAUUUUGUGUUUUAACAGUUUUGCCAUGAUAAAUAUAAUUAAAAAAAGAAAUGGGGGCCUGGGGUGGCAGUAUUGCAGAAAAAGCAUGUUUUAGGAAAACCUUAUCUUGCAGUAGGCUAGUUGUGUUUAUUUACCUGUGACAUAGUAACUGUCAGUUUUAUUAAAGGGUUACUCCAACGUAUGAUCCCUUUUGCUUUCAGAAGUGGCCGUGGAUGAAUGAAUCUGUAAGUUGCAGCAUUUCUGCUUGAAAUUCUGCAUAUGCAGAUAAAUUUGCAGUUUUGUGCCGACAUAUGCCUCCCACAUUGACCUUGAUGUAGCUUGAGACUAGGGGUUUAUUGCUUUAUUUAGCUGCCAGUUGCUCUGGAUGUGUCCUAGAUGUUGGUGCAUAUGACAGAGGAAGGUGUUGAGUUUUGUUGUGUGUAGCCCAAUAUCUGGUAGCUGCAGCUGUUAUUGUAGUCAGAGGCUUGUGUCAGUGGGUUUGCAAUGUGGUAGUACUGUGUGACGAAGUGCUCUUCGCCACUUGUGCUUGGAGAGGACUAAUGGCUAGCCUUGUGACUAUGGCCCCUGGGAGGUAUUGAGAGUUAAAAACUCUAUGUGAGCUUAUUGUCUUUUAAAAGACUGUUUCUGGCCCUUUAAUUUGUACUGUUACAGUUCGGCACUUUUGAACUGGCACUUGGAUACAGCCGAAGUAGUCGAAGUGGCCGCCAUUCAGCAUACGAACACGUGGCUGGACUUUUUUAAUUCAGUCGAACGCGUUCAGCGGUGUUUGGUCGUCGAGUUCAUGGAACUAAAAUCGGAUACGCGACGGCACGAACAUCUCUGAACUUCUACCUAAUCUGGAACUUCAACACUUUAAAUGGAGUCGAACGGUGUUCGACAAUACGAACGCCACAUUAACAUUGCUAUUUGCACGGCAUCCCUUAGUGCAUUUCAACAGUAUGAAUGGACCGGCCGCACAGCCCAAAUCUCUGGAACUGUUUUGGGUGUGCAAUCUGUCAAAAUGGGACUUCCUGCUAUCUCCCGAACCACUGGACCAAUUCGCAUAAUUUUUGGAUAUGCUGGUUCAGAAAAUGUAACUUUUAUUGGAAUUGCAUGUAUAGUUUUGAAGUUAUAGAAAAUGUGUAAAAAGUAUAUUUUUCACUUGGAGAGAAUUGAGUUGAUACAGUAAUUAACUCAAUUAUCUCCCAAGCAGAGGGGAGGAAGUUACUAUAAUGAAUGGGAGUGUUUAACUUUGUGACUGUAAACUAUUGGCUGUUGAAUUUGUGUUUGCAGUGCCCAACAAGGUCCACGUGAGUAGUAACCUUAUGGGGAAAUGUGUAAAUUAGAAGCAAUAAAGUCUCAGUGCAUUCUGUUCCUGCUUAACCCUCAAUCUAGAGUCUUGUCUCUUAUUGGGGGAAUUGCUAUAUCACUACAAGAGAUUGCUAUGAGCUAUAAGGUUCACCCACUGGAACCUGGAGCCUUGUCGUAGGUCCAGGGUGGAUAGGAGACAGCGAGACCCCAACCAAGCUGCAACUGUUCGUGGGAUCUGCGGUGGUUAUGGUGUCUGGAGUGCUUGGAGCCCUCGGGAAGAACUAGGAGCAUCCAUCAACGGAGGUGCCCAGUUGGGGUGCCAGGUGAUCCGUUACUUACUGGAUGCGUGGCCUCCUGUUGUCAAUUAUCCUUACCUAUGAGAUGGUGUCUGUCCUACACUCAGUCUCUGACUUAAAGGGACUCUCCAGUGCCAGGAAAACAAAUCCGUUUUCCUCCCUCCCAUCCCCCAUCUCAUGUUGCUGAAGGGGUUAAAACCACUCCAGUGCCUUACCUGAAUCCAUGCUGAUGUCCCUCGGCGCUGGGUCGGGCUCCGCCCACGCUCCUCCCCCGCCGACGUCAGCAGGCAGGGGAGACCUAAUGCGCAUGUGAGGCAAUGGCCGCUCGCCCGCAUUGGACCUUCCCAUAGGAAAGCAUUAUUCAGUGCUUUCCUAUAGGGAUUCCGGCAACGCUGGAGGUCCUCAUGCAUAGCGUGAGGACGUCAGUCAUUUAAAACACUUUUUGUGUUUUAAGAACCUAGAUCUCCCUCUUGUGGCUGUCUGUUUUCUAAAAACUGCAAUAAUUACACUUGCAGGGUUAAGGGUUUUGGAGUUGGCACCUAGACCACUCCAAUGGGCAGUAGUAGUCUGGGUGCCUGGAGUGUCCCUUUAAAGUACCACAUGAAGGUAAAAUUGUGCCAGUGCCCUCCAACCAGUUGGAUAUAGCCAGGUGUAACUGAUAUACCAACUAGGCUGUUUGGCCUUUACAUUGCAACUGUAAGGCUUUUGCUAUUUUGGGAUAUUAAACGCUCUUUUACAAAAUUGCAAUCCAUACAAAAAAACAUCAUGGUAAAAGCGUUAUUUUUAUUUUAAGGCAGUACAAUUUGCUAGCUGGUUAACCCAGUCUACUUUUUUUGAUGUCCUAUGCUGUCAUCCAUCCAUCUCUUGUGCCACCAGAGAGCAUCUGGAUUGGCAGGUAUCUUGACAGGCUCCUUUGUAGAAGGGGCAAUGAGUAUACAAAGACCUCUCCAGACGCUAUCAUUUCAAAGUUGCUUUUGGCUGACAUGCUGAUAUUUGGCUGAUAUGGAGACGGGCAGGCAGUUCAGAGGGAAAGCUGAUCCACUUCAGCUCUCCUAAAGGUAAGGAGGCUAGGUGGACACAUUACAAUAAAAAUUUAAUUUUGAGUGUAUGUAAAAAUGUGUGUGUGUGUGUCAAAUCAGUGCAUGCAUGUGUUUAGGUGAGUUGCCCCUAAACAUUGGAAAGGUGUUGGUCUCACCGCGGCUGGCUCUACAGCUGAUAUAGGUCAGUGCUUUCUAUUAUAGAGAAUAGCCAAUCAACAUCUCAUAGAGAUGCAUUGAAUCAAUGCAUCCCUAUGAGAAGCCUUAAAGCAGCACUGUCAUGGCCGCAUUUGUUUUGUUUUUUCUAAACCCCCCCUCCCGACUCCAGUAUAUCUAUUGUCCACCUAUUCACCCCCAAAUGAAGGCCUCCCAUGCACUUUUUAAAAAUCUAUAUAUAUUUCAUGCCCAGUCUGGGUGUCGCCAUCUUUCUGUGGGUAGGUGCUGGCCCUGCAGAACACGUCAGCUAGUGCUGAGAACUUCCCGCGCAUUUCCCAAUUAAACACUUGGGCAUUCGCUUUUGUCCGAAAUUCAGACAGGAAUUUCACCUUUUUGUUCAUUCGCCAGAAAAAAAGGAUUAUUUUUUUCCCCGGUGUUUUGAUUUUUUAUUUUUUUUUGCGAUCCGAUCUUUAACCCCUUAAGGACACAUGACAUGUGUGACAUGUCAUGAUUCCCUUUUAUUCCAGAAGUUUGGUCCUUAAGGGGUUAAAGAUGUUUUUACAUUUUAUUAGUUCAAUAGGAUUUAUGACUUUAUUUGACCUUUUUUGUGGCUGAAAAAAGAUUUUAGAAAAAAUGACCUCUAUUUCUUUUUCUUAUUUUAUUUUUGUUAAUUUACAGGUUUUUAGUUUAUUAUUCCCCCUCACUAUUAUUAGGGUGUGUUAGGUAGGUAGGUUUUAUUUUAUAAGGGGGUAACCUCACCUUCCCCUUUGUCCAUUAGGGCCCCCACAGGCCACUCAUGGGUGGGACGCAGUAGGUUUUUCAGCCUUUUAGUAGAUCGCUCCAUAAAUGCCAGGACUUUCAAACGGCGAAUUAAGUAAUGUGAGAACACAGAGGAAGGGUGAGGAAAAUUUCUUUAACCACUGGAAAUGGAGCGUCCUUAAGCUCCUCCUUCGGUCGAAGAAGGUCAAGGGUAAGAAAAAUACAUAAGACAAAGUAGUCCCUAUUUUUUGUCUUAUGUUUUAAAUAAAUUUAAAUCAGAUAGGAGAAAAAGAACAGAUUCUGAGAGAGGAAGAGAAGGGGAAACAAUUAGAGAAAGGUAAAUUCGGCAUGACAGUGCCGCUUUAUGCGCCUCCAUGCAGAACACUGACCCAGGAAGCACAUCUAGAGGUAAUCUGAGUGACUGUCACUAGAGGUAUUACUUGGCAGCAAUGUAAACACUGCAUUUUCUCUGAAGGGAGUUUAUGGUUCGGCUACUUGGACUUAAAUUUGAAAUUCAUUUAGUGAAAAACACUGGGUAGAAAAACAUCUGCAAAAUGGUGGGGUAAGGCAGGAAACACAAGCACAAAAGUGAAAACGAUAAAAAAAAAACAAAAAAAAAACCUCCCAGCAACACAAGAAGUGAAAAAACGUGAAUGUAAUCUUCCUAAUGUAUCUCACAAACGCACCAAAUAAACAUAAAGUAAAAAUAGUGGAAGAAAAAACAAACAUUUGUAAAGGAAAAAAAGUAUAUGUAAAAAAACAACCUGUACAAAUGAAGAAGUAAAUCACUAUAUUCCAUUAGAUAUCCAAAAUAAUGGAGAAAUCUAGAAACAAAUCAAAGAAAACACAUAGCGUAAUUCAGCAAGUGAUGGAAUAUCCCCCAAUAUAAUAUAGAUGUUAUACUCCACAAACUGAUGUAAAUAUGUGCGCUCAUCACCCCUCCGGGGUAUAUCGAAAAGGAAUGAAGGUUCUUCUUGAAUAGUAGAUUUCUAGUGCUCAUAUCCUAUAGGCUGUAAACUCGUUUGAGCAGGGUCUUCUUCAACCUGUCGUUCUUGUAAGUUUUCUUGUAAUUGUCCUAUUCAUAAUAAAACCCCCCUCUUAAAAUAUUUUAAAGCGCUACGGAAUCUGUUGGCGCUAUAUAAAUGGCAAUAAUAAUAAUAUACAAGGAUAAAGCCACAAUAGUGAAGUAUAUCAAGAAAAAACAAGGAUUUUAUUGUAUUGUGUGGCAAAAGUGACCUCGCCAAUGGUUUUUGGAGAGGCCUGUUUGCCAACCUCAUACCCUGUGACUAUGGCCCCUUUUAUUUAUUGUGGCUGAGAAGACCCUAUUUGUGCCUAUUGGGACUUGGAACAAUGGUCUUCGAACUUUCGAAGUGGCACUGCAAACAGUGGAAGUAGUCGAAGUGGCCGCUAUUCGACAUUCGAACACAUGGCGGUGGCCAUCUUAAGCCACGAGUACCAUACGCAGUGUUUGGUCGUGUAGAGUUCAUGGAACUUAAAUCGGAAACGCGACGGCACGAACACCGCUGAACAGUUACCUUCCAUGAUACUUCGGCUAUUUGAACGGGAGUCGAACGGCGUUCAGUGAAUCGAAACACACGAACAAGGGACAUACAUUGACUAUGGUCAUUCACCAUUACGUUCGGUAAUUCGAAAGGUACUUUGACGGUUUGAAAUAGACCGGCUGCACAGCCUAAUUCUCUGGAACUGUUUUUGGCAUGAAACCAUGCGUGCGGUCGGUCAAAAAGAGACUUCCAGGUAUUUCCUUGUAACACUUUGUAAAAAUGUGUGGUUUUCUGCCUGGAGAUAAUUGAGUUACAUACAGUACUUCAUUCAGUUAUCUCACAGGCAGAGUCUGUUACGGGAGUGUCGUGCAGUUAAUUACUGUUGGUUUAUUCCCUUUGUGUCCCUGUGCCCAACAAGGUUCAUCUGGGUGUCACCCUUGUUGGGCAACCUCCAUAAAAGGCCAGCUAUGGCUUCCAUUAAACAGACUUACUUCACCCUCAAUCACAAAUGUGUUGGAGCACUGAAUAAAUGUAUCUUGUAUUAUUGUUGUGUAUAGGUACCUUGGAACUGUUUGGUUUUCUUUUUUUGUACUUGUAAGUGGUAUAUUAACCACAACUGAAAAAAAAAAAAACACUUUUGGUUGGGUGUUAAGAAAGGUAGGAUUGUGAAUUUUAGUUGGAAGGAGGCUAGGAGCCAAUUUAUUUUUUAAAUUAGUGGCACUUUUAAAAAUUAUGGUAGGAAAAUCAGGAAUUCUAUUUCCCAAAAUGACAUCUAUUUUAAGUACUUGCCAAUGUUGUUUUAUGGCUCUCUCUAUUUUUUUUUUUGGCAUCUACUCUAUAUUGAGUAAUAAAUGCAAAAUCAUUUUUGGGGGAUUUUUUCUUCCACGUUUCUUUUUAGUUUUAAGAAGAAAAGAUCUAUCUGUGUUCCUAAUUUUCAUUUUUUUUUCUUUUCGGUUUUCUCUCUAUUAUAGCCUUUCUCAAUGUAUCUGUCCUUUAUAAUAUUGGGUUGAAUGGAGGAAAAUGUUUGUUCGUCAGUACAGUUCCUCCUGAGGCGAAUCAUUUGGCUUUUAGGAAUAUUUAUCAACCAGGAGGGAUGAUGUGAGCUGGUGUGUUCUAUUUCAGUAUUACAGUCUGUAGUUUUAAAAAAUGUUUUGGUUUUUAAUUUUCCAUUGUUUCAGUUUCUAUAGUUAGAAUCUUCAUAGAUGGAUUUGAUGGGCCUAUGUCUCAUUUUGAGGUAUUAUAGCAGUUUGACUGUUCAAAUAACCCCACAAAGGGCUUUAAUUUGAUAAGACAGACACCCCAAGGUAUCUUAUAUGGCGUAUACUGUGCCUUAAUAUGUCUCUAUUUGUUCACUAAUUUAUGUUAACAUUUGUGGUGAGGGGGAAAAAAAAUUGCAUUUUUACAUACAUGUUGAGUAUUUUUUACACUUUAUAUGUGCCACUGUCAUAAAAUCCCCCAAAUCAUGAUCAGGUACAUCAUGGCUCGACAAAUCCCAGGUGCCAGAUCGCCACGGCGACUAUAAAUUUCGCCCUGGCGUCUGGGAUUUGCCAGCUCUCUAGUAAGUGUGAGAGGGGGCUUUUUUUUUGCGGGUACAUGGAGACAGCCACCCGCGGGAGAAUUAUAGGCGCCGUGCGAGGGAGCAGUACUCUGCCUGUAGCUUCUCUCUGCUCCCUCGUGCUGUCUAAUGAUGUCGGGAGACGGAAAAUGACGUCAUUCCGGCCCCGGCAUCAUUACAGAGCGCGAGGGAGCAGAGAGCAGCUACAGGCAGAGUACUGCAACCUCGCACACAGGAAUAGUGCAGCCCCACUGGACCCCAGGGAAGACCCACUCAGCUCUCCCAAUGGUAGGGAGGCUGAGCGAGUUUCAAUUAAAACAAAAAUGUGUGUGUGUGUGUGUGUGUGUGUGUAAGUGUGUGUGUAAGCCUGUGUGAGCCUGUCAGACUGUGUGUGUGUUUGUGAGAGAGCCUGUCCGACUGGGUGGGUGUUUGUGAGAGAGCCUGUCAGUGUGUGCAUGCGCGUUUAGGUACCUGCCCCCUCCGAUCACAUGAGGAAGGUGUUUUUUUUACUCACCUUUCUUCCCAUUUUCCCAUGCCGUGCCAGUUUUGACAUGGCUGAGAUGAUCAAUCUUUAUGAUCUCAGCUAAGGCAGUGCUUUCCCUUAGGAAAGCAUUGGGAGGAUUUUGUGCAUGUGCAGCAAUUGUACCUAUCCGCAUCUCCUCAUAGAGAUGCAUUACAUUAAACAAUCUCUAUGAGGAAUAUUCAGCGCCUCCAUGCAGAGCUUGGAGACACUGAAACUGGGUGCUGCACGUGGUGCAGCAGUGACCCAGGACACUCUAGUGACCAUCUGAGUGACUGUCAUUAGAGGUGUUAGAAAGCAGCGAUGUAAACUCUGCCUUUUCGCAGAAAAGGCAGUGUUUACACUGAAACACCUGCAGGGACAGACUAUAGACAUCAGAACUACAUCAAGCUGUAGUGGUUCUGGUGACUAUAGUGUACCUUUAAGAAUUGCACUUUCUCGUUGAAAAUGACUGGCUCUUAACUUUUUUAGCGGGCUCCUGUAUUCCAAACAAAUUUGUCAAGCCCUGAGGUACAUCUUCUGUGUAAAACAAUAUGCCCAAUGUAUGGCCUAGACCAGUGAUGGCGAACCUAUGGCACGCCGGGCCCUUUCUGUGGGCACGCGGCCACAGGUUCGCUAUCAAUGCAGAGUAGGCACCUGCCUGCCCAAAACGGCAGGCGCCUAUUCUGCUUCCGGGUCGGGAGGCAGGGGGAGAGAUCUGUGAAGCAGCUCCCCUGUCCUCCCGCGCGAUGCUGUGUGGAGUGUUGCCGCGCGUUACCAUGGCAACGCUCCACACAGCAUUGCGCAGGAGGACAGGGGAGCUGCAUCACAGAUCCCUCCCCCUGCAGUGCUUACCACCACCGGACCACCAGGGAUGGCUGUGUCCGUCCCCCCCCCCACUUCAUUAAAGGUAAGAAGGAGGGGGGGGGGUAUACUGACACACAGCACCCUUACCCCCCCAGAAGUAGCCCUACCCCCCAGCACCCCUACCCCUAUCCCCAGCAGUACCCCCCCUUGCCCCCCCCCCCCUGCAGUACCCCCAGUACCCCCCCCCCCUGCAGUACCCCUACCCCUGCAGUACUCCCCACCCCUUACCCCACACGCAGUACCCUACCCCCACACGCAGUACCCCUACCCCCACACCAGUACUACCCCACACCAGUACCGCUACCCCACACGCAGUACCCCUACCCCCCCGCAGCACCCUUACACAUACAGCACACACAGCACCCCUCACAUACAACACUCACCCCCACACAAGCACCCCCCCCACACACACAGCACCCCCCACCUCAAUGCAGUAUGUGUGUAUUCAGCAGUCUGUGUCUGUGUGUACUCAGCAGUGUGUGUCUGUGUGUACUCAGCAGUGUGUGUCUGUGUGUGUGUGUGUACUCAGCAGUCUGUCUGUAUGUGUAUUCAGCAGACUGUGUGUGUAUUCAUCAGUCUCUGUAUUCAGCAGUCUUGUGUGUGUGUGUGUCAGUGUGUGUGUAUUCAGCAGAUUGUGUGUGUGUAUUCAGCAGUCUGUGUGUGUAUGUAUUGCAUUUGUUGGAGAUACUAAUAAAUAUAAGCUUAAUUUUAUCUAUUUGUAUCAUUGAACUCUCUGUGUUCUAUUAAAACAAAAGUUAUUAGUUCGGACAACAGUACGAGUUGUUUUUUCUAAACUUAAACCUCAGUAUUUGGGUUUAAUUGCCGUGUUGGCACUUUAAGGAUAAAAAAAGUUGGCAUGUAUUGCGGUUUGGGCACUCGGGCUCAAAAAGGUCAUCACUGGCCUAGACAUUAUUUAGUGAAGUUACAGUGCUGUAAAAGAGACGUGACAAGUUCAGUUUUUUAAAAUUUUCAUGGUGGGUUUUGAUGCGUCAAUGUCCCACUUUAGAGCACUUUAGCAGGCUACAUAUUCCAACUACACCAUGAAGACAUCCCAUGGUAUUUCAAAAGACAUAUUUUAAACCUUGGCGUGGGAUAAUUUUUCCACUAGCGUGUACCAAGUGUAGUGGUAAUAAGCAUUUUAUCUGCUUUUUUGACACACGGUUAGUUUGCACAGUAUAUUUUGCAAACAUAUGUGUGCUACGGCUGUAUAAUACUUCAUAGGUUGCUCAGGUAUGUCUUCUGAGUACAGCCAUAGCCCUGUAUAUACCUUUGCCAGGUAUAUGUGGAUGUUGAAGGGGCAUAUUUGAGACACAGCAAGUCAGUUUUUUUCAAAUUUUUACUCUGCCAUUUUGGAGUAGUUUAGCUGGUUUCGUAUUCAAACUACCCCACAAACGCAUACCUUUAUUUUAAAGAAUACUCCCUGGGGUAGUUUGUUCCAGGUGUAGUGGUAAUGCAUAUUUUUUUUUUAUAAUUUUACACUUAAAUUUUUUUUUAAAUUCUUUAUUUUUGUUGUGCAUAUGUGUAGUGCAGGCAGGCAAGAGGUGCCCCAAGAGCAGUCCUCCAGCAUUUCCCACGCUCAACAUGCGGGGCACAAGAUGAACAAGCACAUUUUCUAUUAAUGACAAGUAUAAACAAUCGAUUGUAGCACUUAAAUUUUUUUUAUAAUUUUAUUUUACCGUUAACCUCUAACUAGCAGUAAGCAGCACUAACAGUUCCUCAAUUUCCCAUAACUCCCACCCACCCCAACUAGCAAAAUAUAUAAUUUUAAAAUAUUUAAAUUAAUGAAAUAAAUUGACUUCACACUGAACCUUUAAGAUCAGGGAGGCUGACCGGGAGUCCCUGCAGCACAGCCUAUCAGAGCAAUCACAGCUGCGCAAUCGGGUGCUCCCGGUAAGCCUCAAAUACAGAGUUAGACCGGAGGAGCGUUAACCCCACGAUUGCUGAGAUCUAGGAUUAACUUUAGUAAAUUACGUAAAUUUUCCGUCAUUCGUUCUUAAUGGUAGGACCAGCAUGACAGAAAAUAUCCAUAUAGUGUCGGGAAGGGGUUAAGCACAUUUAUACUGUUGUUAGGUAGGUUCUAUCACAGUAUCCAUAUAACCCCUACGUUAUAUAUAUAUAUAUAUAUAUAUAUAUAUAUAUAUAUAUAUAUAUAUAUAUAUAUAUAUAUAUAUAUAUAUAUAUAUAUAUAUAUAUAUAUAUAAUAUUGUGGCAGUGUGAGGGAACACUGCUAUAUAAGCCCCAGAAUGGCAUUUUCAGUGUUCCCUAACUAGAAGAGGUUAAAAAAUCAGGUUGUUCUGGUACAUCAAUUAGGGAGCUACAUAAACCCUAUGCAGAGGGAAAUCAGUCUCUCCUGUGAAGAGCUGGGGCGGAGACAGAGAGACUGUGAGUCAAAAAGACUGCUGAAACUGUAUGGGAACAAAAAGGUAUUUUUUACAUAGUUACAUAGCUGAAAAGAGACUUGCGUCCAUCAAGUUCAGCCUUCCUCACAUAUGUUUUUGCUGUUGAUCCAAAAGAAGGCAAAAAAAACCUAGUCUGAAGCGCUUCCAAUUUUGACACAAACUAGGAAAAACAUUUUCAUACCUUCAUUUUUAUUUGUUAAAUUACUGGGGACAGCUUAGCUGCCCAGUAGCAUAGAAAGGGUAUUCUAUGUUAGUCUCCAGUGUGGAGUAAGAGUUUAUUUUGGUUUUCAGGUUUUGCUGUGGCUCAGUUGGGGCAUGCUGGCUAAAUAAAGCUUUCAACAUAUUGGAAGAAAUAACUGUUUCUGCCAUUUAUGACCCAAGACCCAGCCAGCCUGCUAAUAAAUAAAUAUAUAUAUACACUCUUAUAGUAUAUUUUAGGGAUCGACCGAUUAUCGGUUUUGCCAAAAUUAUCGGCCGAUAUUCAGUAUUUUCGGCAAUAUCUGUAUCGGCCAAUAUAGAUAUCAAUAUUGCCGAUAAUACAUACCAGGAUGAGCCCGGCUGUCCUGGGGGCCCGCAGGAAGCUGUUACUUACCUUCCCAGCAGUUCAGCUCCCUGUGUAAAUCUUGCGAGUCCCGCGGCCGUCAGAGCGUUGCCACGGGUUACCAUGGCAACGCUCCACGUGGCACGCCGGCCGCAAAAGUUACACCGGGAGCGGAGCUGCUGGAAAGUUAAGUAACAGCUUGCUGGCCCCCCAUUUCUCAGUACUUGCCACUGGACCACCAGGGAAUGCCAGAGCCCCCCUCCCUGGCCAGGUAACAUGCAGGGAGGGGGGACAAAACAAACAAAACAUAUAAAUAUUUUUUUUUUUAAAUUCCACCCCUCCCCCCCAUUUUAUACAAAUUACAUCCCUUCAAAAACACACACGCACUCUGCAUUAUACACAAACACACACUAUACAAACACACACACUCUGCAUUCAUUAUUUACACACACUAUACAAACACACACACACACACACACUCUGCAUUAUAUACGCAUACUAUGCAAACACACACACUACACAAACACACACACUGCAUUCACUAUAAGCACACUAGACACACACUGCAUUCACUUUACGCACACUAGACACACACUGCAUUCACUAUACGCACACUACACAAACACACACUCUACAUUCACUAUAUAUACACACACAGCUCCCCUGUCUAAACACACUGCAUCCACAAUGUGGCAUGUAUAUUUUGUGCAUUUACCUAUAGAAAUUGUUUAUUUUUUUAAAAUGGUAAAUGUACAGAAUAUCGUCAAGUUAUCGGCUACCAGCCUAAAAGUUCACAGAUUAUCGAUAUCAGUCGAUCCCUAGUAUAUUAAUUCACAUCAAUUUUUAUUUAUUUAUAUAUUUAUUUAUUAAAUAAUCUUAACCGAUCGAUAAAUGUAUCCAUACUUUCCAACAAGUACAUUAAUUGAUCCUAAGCAUAAUAGAUUUAAAAGUAUAUAUUUAUUUGCUACUCGGCAUCUAUAUAAAAUAAUAAAAAUUUGCUUUGUAAAUUCCAGAGCGUUUUUUUGAGUGGUGCAUAAAGACUCUGCAUUCAGUGCAGAGUAAUUACACCAACACAGUUUUUAUAAAACUGCAAUCUGAUGACUAUCAUAGGGAAGGGAAAAAGAUCAUUAAAUUCCCAGCAUUUACCAUACAGUAUUUGAUUCUCAGUUAAAGCUUUAAACCAGGAGGGCCCAAAAGGUAAAUGCCCAGAUGUCGUCUAACUACAAUUCCCAUCAUGAUUUACUUGCCUUUAGUAUGACAAAGCAUCAUGGAAACUGUAGUUUUAAAACAUCUGGGGAUCUAACCUUUUGGGCACCCCUGCUUUAAGUUACCUAGCAUAUGAGACCACAUUCUGUAUGCCCUCUUAUCUCUUUUGUUUUGAGAUUUAUGCUCUUCAUAAGACAUGUAAUUUUCUUUUUUUUUCUUCUUCUUUUUUUUUUUUUUGCAGCUGUGUUCUUCUGACCACUGAUGUUGCCGCCAGGGGUCUGGACAUCCCAAAUGUGCAACAUGUUCUACAUUAUCAGGUAAUGAAGAUCUGAGGUUCAUCAUGUUCUCGAACAUCUGGUUUAACAACCCACAUUUGAGUAAUUCGGAUGAGGAUGUAAGGUUUGAGUAAGAGACUAGAUUUAAGUGUGAGAAUGCCCUUUUGCCUUUUUUCCCCAUUUGUUUGUUCUUCUCUUCCCCUUUACAAACCUGUUCCUCAUCCUCAAUGUAUUUCUCUUUAAAACCUAAGAAAAAUAUGGACUACUUUGCCUUAUCUAAUUUUCUUUUGUUUGGCAAUCUUAACAAAUUGUGGGGCUUAAAGGGACAUGCAUCACUUGACACUGUUUUUUUAACACGCAAGCAAACAAUUUUUUAACAAAUAUAACAAACUAAAGCAAGAUUUUUUUUGAAAAGUAUGUAAUAAACUUUUAGGGAGGCUGAAGAAACUCGCAUAGCUGAGAGGCUUGCCCAACAAUACAUGUGACCUCCAUUUUACCCACCCAUCUCAAUUUUAGACCAGUCUACUAAUGACUGAAACAGGGCAUUGUGUGCAGCUACAAAUGCAUUCUCUCUGCACUGACUAACAAAACACAGCAAGAGAGAGAAACCCGACACUGGUGCCUGCUCUGCAUGAUGACCCUAAUCAGGCUCUGUCACUGGUCAGGAUAUUGCAAGGUGGAAAGAUCGUGUCAUAAUGUGUAAAUCUGUCAGGCAUGCCCAAUUCACUUCUCCACAAUUCUUUGGAUUGGGUACUGAUUAGUUCAGUGUCCCUUCCGGAGUGUGUUUGGAAAGCAUAAGAAAGAAUAGGCAGGUAAAUAUGGGACAAGGUAGGUAAAUAUAUAAUGAGACAGUUUUUCCAAAGGGAUGCAUAUGCGUUUAAAGCAAGUUUCACUUCCUUUGUCAAGCUAACAGAGUAAGUGGAGCUUGCCUUAAAAUUCACUAUUUGUCAAGAUUGUCUAGUAAAGGAAAAAUGCAUACUACAAUGUAGUUCCUACUUUGUCAUCUUUCAAUGAGGAAUCAACCAGCAAUGAAGAAAAUGGUUCUGAAAGAUUAAGAGAAGAGAAAACAAUAGGAGGAAGGUAAGUUGGAUGUGACAGAACCACUUUAAAUAAUUUGCCAACCCAAUACCACAGUGGAAAGACUGCCCCAAAGCAAUCAAAUAAUAUAGUUUGGGCAAUGGUUCUUCUGUUCCUGGUCCUCAAUGUAUGCAUUAAAUAUUGCUAACAGACCACUGUCAAUGUGUCAACCAGUUUGCUCUCCCCUAAAACAUACAUCCCAACAUUGGGAAGUAUGAAAUCAGGACAGGAGUAGGCAGACAUGUGUCAUGAGCUGCCAAGUGUGGAUUAUACUCCGAUCUCAAUUACUUCCUCUUCUCCCUUGCACCCCCAUCCUUUCUUUUCUAGUUCCCAAACCUUAAUUUUCUAGUAAAUACACAGAACUAUUCCUGUACAGGUGUUGUGAUCUAACUACAGAAUACAGAUCAAGGGCUUUAUUUACAAGGGUUAUGACCUCUGAAUCCUGUGACAUUUACUGAUUGUUAUGUAUUCUUAUAUGCUCUAUGAUUUUUCUUUGUGAGAGCCCACUAUUUUUUUUUAUUUUUUUUUAAAACACUUUUCUUUUUAUUUAACCCCUUAAGGACUGAGCCAAAUGUACAAGUUGUGAGCAAAACAAACCACAAAAUUUUACUAUGUGUCUGUUCAACAAUUUACCUCUUUCAUACGAAGUGCACUCACACUUAUUAUAUAUCAUUUUGUUCAGGGGAAACAGAGCAUUCAUUUCAUAUCAAACAUUCAUAUAUGAAAAAAUUUGAUAUUUUUCAAUUUCUGCAUGGCAAUUUAACUGUUAAUGUCAGAAUACUGUUUGGUUUUCCUGCAAUAAAACAUACAUAUUUGUAUUCAGAAAUGUCUCACGAGUAAAACAGUACCCCCCAUGUAUAGGUUUUAUGGGGUUUUGGAACGUUACAGGGUCAAAUAUACGGCCUUUCCAUUAUUUUAUUUUUUUCUACAUAGAAAUUUGGCCGAUUUUGGUUUGCUGAACCUAGGUUGCCUUUGAGACAGUAUGGCAGCCAAGAAAUGAAAAUUAUCCCCAUCAUGGCAUACCAUUUGAAAAAGUAGACAUCCCAGGGUAUUCAAAAUGGGGUAUGCCAAGUCUUUCGUAGUAGCCACUUGGGCACAAACUCUAGCCAAAGUUAGUGUUCGUUUUUUUUUUUUUUGCAUUUUUCGCAUAAAAACUGUACUUUCACUGAUAUUAUUGUUAGUAUAUAGUUUACUGCCCUUAAACAUUCCUAGUUCUGUUCAUUGAUGUCUCACGAACGCCACAGUACCACCCAUGUAUAGGUUUUAUAGGGUUUUGGAAAGUUACAGGGUCAUAUAUAUGGCUUAUCCAUUUAUGCUUUUUUACAUUGAAAUUUGGCAAAGUGAUUUUCUGGGUCUAUCUUGCCUUUGAGAGAGCAUGGCAGCCUGAGUAAUAACAUUUCCAAUAUUAUGGCAUACCAUUUUCAAAAGUAGGCAACCCAGAGUAUAACAAAUAGUGCAUUUUAAGAUGUUUGGUCUAACCACUUUUUCAGAAAUGAAGGGCCCACAUAGCAGUUAUAGUUUUAUUUGUGCUUUUUCACACACAUACUUUUCACAGGACAUUUCAUAUUCCUGAUAUGAGUUUUUGCAACAAAGCCUCACUAUUUUUAUUUAACAUUGUCUUCUGAAUAUAACAGUACCCCCAUGUACCAGAUUUUCAGUUUUUUGGGGGAAGUUACGGGGACAAAAAUAUUAGAUGCCCUUUCAGCUUGUAAGUUUGUCAGAGUGAUUUUCUGGGCCUAUGUGGCUUUACAGAGAGCAUGGCAGCCUGGGUAAUAACAUUUCCACCGUUCUGGCAUACCAUUUUCAAAAGUAGGCAACCCAGAGUAUAACAAAUGGCAUAAUUUGAGAUGUUUGGUCUAGCCAUUUUAACAGAAAUGCUGUGCCCAUGUAGCGAUUUCUACUUUUAUUGUUGUCUUUUUAAUCAGAUAAAUUGCAUUUUGACUGGAAAUGUCAUAAUCCUGAUAUUGGUUAGUGCAAUAGAGACUUUGUAUUUUGAUUUAAUACUGUCUUAUGAAAAUAACCGUACCCACAUGUACCAUGUUUCCAGGUUUUUAUUAUAUCACAGGAAUUGGACAGUACCCCCACAUACACUUUGAUCUGGAGGCAGAGAGAUCAGAGUUACUGUGUUAAAAGUUUGAGAAGUUAAAAAAAACAAAACGAUUUUCUUUUAACCCUUUCAGUGCUGAUCGCAGCAUUAACCCUGUGAUAAGUUUUUUUUUUUUUUAUUGGGAAGUCACAUUUCAAGUACUACAAAUGUAGUAUUUUGAGUUGUUUGGUGUAGCCACUUUAGAAUGGCUAGUGUAAACAGGGACAGGCCAAGGUCAGGGGAAUUCAGAAGUCAAAGUAGUCAGUAAAACAAGCCAAAUGGGUUGGUACAGGCAGCUAACAAAGCGUAGUAAGGUCAAGCCGAGGUCAGAAAUCCAGGGAAAUCAAGCAAACAAACUGCCAGAGUCCCAUACAGAGUGAUUCAGAAGUUCAGUUCUGUAUGGUAAACUUUUAAACAGUCUGUUAUGCAGAGGGCGGGUAUAGAUGAGCAGGUUGGGCAAUAACAACUUGAGUCCUUUUGGACUCCUUUCUUGUAGCAAACACGGCACUUUUUUGGGGGAGCUUUUUUACUGGUGGUUGGUGGGAUUUGGGAAGGGAAGUGUUUGCCACAAAGUCUUUGGAGAUCUCCUGAUUCCAAAGUGGGAUUGGGGGAUGGGUAAAUCACAUAUGGGACAAAAGGCUUAGCGUGAAUUCGAUGAAAGAGCAGGGGUUACCUAUGACCACAUUUUUUUUUUUUUUUUUUUUUUUUUUAUAUAUAGAGGACAUAGGCAUUAAAAAUUGCAAUCUGGCUCACAUAGAUUGCAAUUUUCUUGUACCAGGUCCUAGUUUUUCGGUUCACCAGAUAGGGCUGUAUGCAUUGGUCAGCCAAGUCUACUCCCCCCAUAAACUUGGUGUAGUCUACAAUGCACUUCGGCUUUUCCAGAUGCUCAGUGCUACCUCUCACAGACUCUGGCACUGCACUUUCGUCGUGUAUCGUAGAUGGCAUGUAUACAUCCUUCCUAUCUUUGAAGCGAAGGACAAGCAACUCAUCCUGGCAGUGAGCUGGAGAGGAACCUCUACUGCUUCUGCCUCUUGCUAGGGCUUGGGGGGAAACCCCUGCGAUUCUUCCUCACUGUGCCACAGGCUAGGGUUUCUAAGCAAUAUAAAUUUUUUAAUAAUUGUAUACUGGUAUAAUAAUUGUCAACCCAUAGCCUUAUUUAACAAGGGAAAAAUUAGAUCCCAAACAAUCUUGCCACUUGUACCCACAGAAUCAGGGCAUCCUGGUGGGUCAAGAUGGCUAUCCUUCCCCUGGUAAAUGCGAAACGCCCAUGUGUAACCAGUACAGGAUUCACAUAAUUUAUAAAAUUUAACGCCAUAUCGGGACUGCUUAGAUGGAAUAGAUUGCUUAAAUAGCAGUCAACCUUUAAAUUUCAUAAGGGACUCGUCAAUUGAAAUAUCUUUAUCGGGGUCAUAAUUUUCAGAAAAUUUGUCUGACAGGAGUUGGAUAAAGGGCCUAAUUUUAUAGAGCCUGUCAAAUAGUGGGUCGUUUCUAGGGGGGACACAGUGAGGAGUUAUCAUUAAAAUGAAGGAAUCGCAGCAGUUGCAGGUAGCGAUCCCUCUACAUAACCUCGGGGAAAAGAGGGGUAGCCAGGAUGCGUUGCUUUCUCCUGAUACUGGGCUUUUUAACUAUACCCAUCAUUAGGGUUAAAGCCCAAAACCGCUUCAUCUCUGCAACAUCCGUGGGUCUCCACAUAUUCCUGCGACUAUGAUGGGAUCCUGGAUGUGCAGAGAGAUACUGCAUGGCAAACAAAUUUGUUUGCUGAGCCAUGAGCUCAAAUACAUCUUCCGACAUAAAGAGCUCAAAAAAACGAAUUGGCUCGCAGUCGUCCACUGUUGUUGGGGAUAUUUUCAGCUAUUCACGGGGACCCGCUUUGGUUGAUGGAUGUUUGCCAACCCUUACAGAGCUUUGGAAAUGAAAAGCAGAGACGUGUUCCAUAUCCAACUCAACCAAUUUAAUGACAGUUAUUUUUAUACAUAUUUUUCGUAGAUUGUUAUUCAUAAGUUAUAAGCAGCUGUUUCAUGUUAUAUCACGCACGUAUCUUUGAUAAAAAACAGAUGUUUACAAAUACCAAAAUCUUGGACAUUUAACAAGAACAUUUUGCAAUCAGUAUUCUUCCCCUAAAUGAUAUUUAGAAAAAUUCUUCCGGGAAUGUAUUAACAAAUUAAUUAACAAAUUAACCCUUAUAUGAACAGCUAGGAUAGAUAGUAAAAGGGAUAUUCGUAUCCUACAAUUCCCCUCUUAGAUCAUAUCAUGAUCUACCUUACGGAAAAUAUCCAUGGGAGGCCUGCGUCAGAGAAACAAAAGGAGGUAUAUUCAGACGUGCUAAUCACGUCUGCGGGACUUACGUUAUUUCUUCACCUUGAUUUCCCCCAUUUGCUCUGUGCCGUAGGUUUCCCUUUAAGAGGAGUUCAAGCUGUCUGUUUUCAGCUUUUUCAUUUAUCUGUUAAAUACAUCUUUUAAGCGUGUAAGUUAAAUAUUUCAAACAGCUGACAUGUUGACCAAUUUUAAACAGACUGAACAUCAUGUCAUCUAUAACUUGAGUCUUGGGUCAGUACAGGCAAAGUGUAUUAUUCCCAACAACGGAAAUAUUAUUAUUAUUAUUAUUAUUAUUAUUUAUUCACAACGUACACGCAUAUAGUCAAAAUGGGAAUAAUACCUAUUCCCCCUCCUUGAACCAGGGUCUAGGAUUACCAGUACACCUCUGGGGCCAGGUCAAAAAACCCAGUGGCAAAAAUUUACAUCUGGGGAAACCCUGAGUGAGGGCCAUGACUGUGUAGACAUGUCAUCCCCUCACGUUAACACCAUUUGUGACUUAUAAAACCCGCACCUGUGAGUACAGAGCUUGGGUAUCGGGAGGGAUUGUGAAACACUUCUUGAUUAGUUUGAAAAGGCCCACUUACAUAUUUAAUUAUGAGAACUUAUAACCAGCUUGUAAUUCUAACAAUAAUCCCAAUCAUGACCUUGCGUCCUAUGUCUCCUAAUCACAUACCUAUUUCGAUGGUCCUGUCAUAUGCACACUUUUAAUACAUGGGAAUCCAUCCUUGGUACACUCAACAUACAUCAAUGACACACAUAGUACAUCCAUGCCUGAGUAAGCUAACACUUCCUCUCUCUCCGACUAACUCUACAAAAAUAAAAAUAACAAAAUAGUCCAGAAAAAUAGAAUGUCUUUCAAGGAGUAUAAAGAAUCUUAGACACCAUAAACUUUGUUCCAUAAUCUUAGACACCAUAACAUAGCUAAGGGUAGCAAUAUGGCUGACAACAAGACAAUGUCAGCUUCCACAUAGUUCUUAAUUCUUCUUUUGUUUGCUGGAUGUUCACCACAAUGCUCUGUGCAACACCCCCAUUGUUGAAAGGGAUAAUACAGAACUAGCGGCAUUAGACAGCACUGUACCUUUAGGACUUUCCAAGUUAGUUUAUGUCCUCAUAAGUAAGCAUCUCAGUUUCUUUGGCCUGCAUGGAUUUCGACCAAACAAAUUUAUUUGCAAAAUAGGUAGGUAGAUAGGUAGGUCAGCCAGAGAGAUUGGUGUGUAGUCCCAAAUAUCAGGCAGCAAAAAUACUCCAGUGCAGUCUCUAUAAUCAUACAAACACAAGGAUCAGCACGACAUCAAUAAAUUAUCUAGGCUAAACUCAAAUUAGAGACUAAAGUUAAACCCUUAACUAGUGUAACAUGUACUUCUCUCAGUUUUGCUUAUAUUUAAUUGAAUUUGUCCUUAAUAAAAUUUUACAUUAUUUCCCUUUGGAAUGCCUUUGUACAUAUGGGAAUAAUUCCCAAUAAAAUACUGUUCUUAAACUUAAACCUUGAUUUGAUUACUUUAAUAGAAUUGGAAUGCUGAAGUCUGUCACAAUUACGUUACAAAUUGACUAAGCAUACAUAAUUUUACUUUAGUUAUUUCACAUUGUGCAGCCUAUGCUAAAUUGUGUAUGCGAGAUUGACAGACUUCCUCGAAUCCAACUCUCUGCUAGACCCGCUUCAGUCUGGUUUCCGCGCUAAGCACUCUGGAAACGGCACUGACCAAAGUGACAAUGAUCUACUCGCUGCAAAAUCUCGUGGUCACUACUCGAUCCUAAUUCUCCUUGUCCUGUCUGCGGCUUUUGACACUGUUGAUCAUCAACAGCUUCUUCUCAUCCUCCGCAAUAUCGGUCUACAAGGUAUUGCUCUCUCCUGGUGCUCCUUCUAUCUCUCCCAGCGCUCUUUCAGUGUUUCUUUCUCUGGCUCUUCUUCUUCUCCCCAACUCCUCUCUGUUGGUGUCCCCCAAGAUUCAGUCCUUGGUCCCCUACUGUUCUCCAUCUAUACUGCCUCCCUUGGUAAACUCAUUAGCUCCUUUGGCUUCCAGUAUCAUUUCUAUGCAGGUGACACACAAAUCUACCUGUCCUCUCCUGCUCUCUCCCCGUCCCUCUUGACUAGUGUCUCUGACUGCCUCUCUGCUGUUUCUAACUGGAUGGCUGCCCACUUCCUUAAACUAAACUUGACCAAAACUGAUAUUCUGGUCUUUCCUCCCUCAAGUGUUGUUACUCCUGUGUCUGUCUCCCUCCAAGUCAACGGUGCUACCAUCAGCUCCACCACGCAGGCUCGCUGCCUACGUGUUCUCUUUGACUCCGACCUCUCCUUCAAGCCUCAUGUUCAAUCUUUCACCAAAUCCUGUCAUUUCCAUCUCAAAAACAUUGCGCGCAUCCGCCCCUAUUUAACUCCAGAUGCGACUAAGGUGUUGGUCCGUUCCAUUGUCCUUUCUCGCCUUGACUACUGUAAUCCGCUUCUCAGUGGUCUUGCGUGCUCCCAACUUACAGUCUAUAAUGAAUGCGGCGGCGAGGCUCAUCUUCCUGUCCGCCCGCACCUCCCAUGCCCCACCCUUCUGUCAGUCGCUAAAUUGGCUUUCUAUAAAAUAUAGAGCUCAAUUUAAAAUUCUGGUUCUUGCUUUCAAAUCUCUACAUAAUGCUGCUCCCACCUAUCUAUCCUUCCUUAUACACAAGUAUGUCCCGUCUAGGCCCUUACAAUCUGCUGAAGACUUGCGUCUAUCUUCUGUCCGUACUCCCACCUCUGAUGCUCGCUUUCAAGAUUUCUCAAGGGCUGCACCGUUCCUGUGGAACUCGCUUCCCUCCUCCAUUAGAUGCUCACCCAUAAAAGCAUAUGAAUUAAACUGUUAAUAGCUCCUGACUGAUUCCUCAUUUGCAACUGUCACUAGUCUAAUACUAUCCUUACCUUUUUGUGUCAUUUUAUCCCACUCCCUCUAGCUCAUUGAGCAGGGCCCUCAACCUCUCUGUUCCUGUGUGUCCAACUUGUCUGGUUACAACUACAUGUCUGUUCGUCCACCCAUUGUAAAGCGCUGCUGAAUUUGACGGCGCUCUAUAAAUAUCAUAAUAAUAAUAAUGUCUAGGUCCCAAUAAAUUAAAACCGUUAGUUUUAUCACUCAAAACUAUAUAUAAAAUAUUAAGAACAUGAACCAUCUGUAUAUUAGGCUGGGGUUGUUGGGUUUGGGUAUGGGUUGGAAUCUGUGGUUGGUAAUGAGGAAUCUGUUGGGGUGGGUUUGGGCUCUCAUUUCUCCAGUGACCCUGCUAUCCACAAUUAAAACAAUGUUUAUGUAAGGCACAGUUGCCUAGGGGUGUAUACAUAAAGUGAAAGCAGAGUCUUCAUAUAGGGUUUGCAAUACUGACAGUCUGGGUCAUGGGUGUAAUGCAGACAUGCAGUUAGGUACUUUUCCAUUGUCUGAAUACAUUGAAAACACUAAUAUAUUGCAAAUAUUAAAAUCCUAUUGCGGCUGUUUCCUAUACCUGCAAGGAUAUGGUUGGAAUACUUCAAUUGAGCUCAAAUUCAGUAUCACAAGUCCAACCACAAAAACUAAAUUUUAUAUGCUUAUCAAAAAUGAGUUUAACCCCUUAGCAAGUUAAUUGAGUAACCUCUUCCCAUAAUUUGACUUCUUUUAUAAUUAUAUUAUUUAUUCUCUUCUGGGUCUGCAAAAUGCUUUCAAUUUACCAAUACAAAUAUAAUACAGUAGUUUAGGAUUGCCUCACUUAUAAUCAUCAGAAAUUGCCUGAUCUCUAUUAAAAAUACCCUAUACCCUAUACCCUCAUUACCCUAUGAUCAAUGAGGCUUACCAGAUGAAUCUUAAUUUUGAAAAAAAAAACAUCCAUACAUUUUUUUUCUUUUCAGUUUUAUAUAACCAUAUAACAUAACAAUUUUUUUCUUUGACAUAAAUAAUGUAAUGCACUUUAAAAGUAGAGUUAAAUAUUCUAAAUACUCCCCAUAUAAUACAUAGAGAGAGACGUUUAAAAAUGGAAACGUGGAUCCAUGAUUUUGAAAAGCAUAUGUUUGUUUUUUUUUUUCCAGGGGCCCCUUUUUUUUGUCAGCUGAUCAGCUUUAAUCUGUUGUAAAAAGAUACAAAAGGCUUGCGUUAAUGACAUGCAAAUAUUCUUUAACUUAAAUAUUUAAACUCCUACACAAUGGACAUCAACACAUAAAACACCAAUUACAAACCAUAUAACUCAUACUCUGCAAUCAUUGUAAUAUCACACAUGUCAUCUUACAGCACAGAACACAACAAACGUAGCAGAUAUCCAACAGACAUGCCAAUACAAAAAGCAUAUUCAUGGACAGGCAACUAAACCAUGAUCAAUCUAAAAUAAAUGUCACACUCUGUGUCCCCAGAAGAAACACUGUUAGACAUAAUGUAGGUUCUUAUGUUUGUGCAUUAUGCAUUUCUGCAAACUAUGCAACCAGCUUUAAGGAUAGAUCAGAAAACCUGGCAACUGGACAGGAAAGUUGAAUUUUGGCAAGAAGUCCAUUAUUGCAACAGAAUUUUGGAGAUCAACCAGAACUUACAAAAACUCAUUUUUUUAUGCUAGAACUACGACUCCUAUCAGUACUGAGACAAACUGAUCCAAAUAUAAUACAACACAGUAAAACGCCCAUUAAUCUAUUUGUCAAUUAAACUGCAUACUUCAAAAUGAGUAUCCAAAACACACAUUUAUUACAAUCAUCAUUUACACAAAAUAAACUUUUAGCAGCUGUAUUCAGAACAUAUUAUUGUAAGGUAUACUAAUUUUAGUUUGUAUCAUAUUUAUUUGAGUUCUGGUACCAAGGGUUUUUCUUUUUAAAGAAUGGAUCCCGUAUGGGACAUGUGGCGAAACCGACCUCGCCACGUGUCCUUGGAGGGGGCUGCUUGCCCGCCUCUUCCCCUUGGACUAUGGACCAGACUUUAUGUGAAUGUGUUAACCCAGAUAGCUAUGCCAUUCGUGUAGUUAAAGACUUUGGCUCCAUGGCAAUUGACCUGUGUGAAUAGGAUCUGAGCGCUCUUCGGUAGUUUUGUGCACUCAGAUCCCAGCUAUCUGGGGAUAUGUGAAAUGUCUGUGUGUUAUGUGUAAAAGGUGACUUUAUGUAUUUUAAAGUGUUUUAUGUGCUCAAUGGAGUCUGCCUCUAUCCCUGGAUAAUUACUUUCCCCAUUGUCUCCAGGAUAGAGGGCUCUGUAAAACCUGUUUGAGCCAGAUAUCCAUGUGCCAGCCAGGGCCCAAAAGAUACUUUUACUAACUUUUGAACCCCUGGUCUGAUUCAUGCCAUUUUUUAAUAUGUUGUUCCCCUGAAUGGAUUGAUUGUGAAUAUGUAAUUUUAUGUGAAUGUGAUGUAUGGUUUUAGAAGUUAUGAAAGUUGGGUAGAAAGUAUGUUUUAACUGUAUGUGUAAUUGAGUUUCCUCUCAGGAUAAGGGGAGGGAAUAUGUUUGAUGUAACUGAUAUGUGAUUGGUUGUAUUAUACCUCCCUGUGGGCGGUCCUGUAUUUGAAAAGACUGUAUAAAAACCAGGCUGGGUGUGCCAGCACCUGAGUUCCUGCUUAACCCUCAAAGUGAAGUGUCGUCUCAUUAUUGGGGGAGGAUUCAUUGUAUGCUGUUCCAGUUUGACUGCUAGGAGUGUAAACCUACUCGCAUGGUUUUUCCUAUUCAGCUGAAUACAACAAUCAUAUGCUUGAGCAUUCAUAUGCUCCUACGGUUCGGUGGUUUUGGUGUCUGCUGCAGUGCUUGGAGUCCUCGGGAAGUGCUAGGAGCAUCCUUUAACGGAGGUACCCAGUCGGGGUGCCAGGUGAUCCGUUACAGGACAUAUAGCGCGCUAGACUUAAAUAUUUGUAUAACACUUGCAUUAACCAGUUGCAACAUAUGUACCCUGUCAAUAGAAUUUCUCCUUUAUAAUCUUGUAGAACAUUUGGGCCAGAUUACACAGACAUGGUAUCAUCUGCAUUUGUCAGAAAUCUCAAAGACUCAGAUUUUUUUUUUUAUACUAUUCCAUGUUAAAAGACAUGGUAAAAUCUUGACCGGUCAAUUUGAGUUCCCAAAAGUCAUAAUGACACAGGUGAAAACCUUUGUCCAUGGUUUUCUGAUCCUACAUACCUGACCAAACAUCAAACCCACUUCAGGGAGUCUUCAGUUGUGGUCACAAGGAAUACAAUCUCAGCACCCCUACAUAACAAUUUACAGAUUUUCACAAUUUUACAGAACACAUACAAUGUGAGCCCUAUUAGUCAUAGCAGGGAAUCUUUCCUUAAAUCAUAGAGAAUUCUAAAGCAUAUACAACAGGUGAUGCACUGGAUAUUUUCAAGUACCUGUAGCAAGCACAAGUUAGCUUACAGCACAAAAUGAAGCAUGUGUUGGAACACUGAAAAUAUAAAUUUUGCUCUCUUACUUAUAAACAUCUACAUUUACAACAUGAAUUCUCUGCAACAAACACACAGUGCAGAAAGAAUGUGGUGUUUGAAGUUUUCAACUAAUGAAGUGAAUUUUGUCCCAAUAUGAAAAUAAAGGGCUCAUCAUGCAAACAAUCAUACAUGCAGAGACACCAUGUUAGUUCUAACACCCCCCUUAAUUAACCUUUAUUUCUUUAAUUCUUAUCCCCUCUUAGUGUAAGCCAUUCUCUCCUUGAAUCGGGGGGGAUGUUGAUAUUUUUUAGACUGGGAAGUACCCAUUUCAGACUCACAGGCAAUUAAGACAUGCUUAAAUUCAGAGUUGCCGCUUACAUAAAAUAGCACAUAAAGUAGCUAUACAGCAAAGAAUAUUGCAAGCAAGCAAGCUGGAGUACAGACAAACAUCCAUCAAAUACAGGGAUAAAACCAUUCUUUUAACUUUUUUUUUUUUUUUUUUUAAACCUGUUAGCCUGCCAAAGGCAAUAUCUACAUAUACAUUAUAGCCUCCCAAAGGCUCGAGUACUCUUGUUCUAUAAACUGCCAAAGGUUAAUCUCCUACCACAGGAUGUAGGGAUGUCUUCCAAAGACAAAAUCCCUUAAAAGUCUACCUUAGACUAUACAGCAAAAAACCUCUUUAAAUAAAAUGCAAUGUGUGGAGGAUGGGAAAAGGAAGGAAAAGAAUGAAUGUCUAAUAGACAUAAAAUCCUCACCUGACCUCUCUGUUCCGUCCAAUUGCACCCCAAACACUUCUGACACCAAUUUGUUGGGGAUAUUUUCAACUAUACACGGGGACCCGCUUUGGUUGAUGGAUGUUUGCCAACUCUUACAGAGCUCUGUAAAUUGGAAAUGAAAAGCAGAGACGUGUUCCAUAUCCAACUCAACCAAUUUAAUGACAGUUAUUUUUAUACAUACUUUUUCAGAGCAGGAUGGGAGGGAGAAAAAGAUGAGCAUAUGGGCGGGACAAUUACGUAGAUUGUUAUUCACAAGUUAUAAGCAGCUGUUUCUUGUUAUAUCCUAUGUUAUAUAACAUAUAUUUGAUUAAAAAAAAAUAGAUGUUUACAAAUACCAAAAUCUUGGACAAUUAACAAGAACAUUUCGCAAUACGUAUUAUUCCCGUAUAUGAUAUUUAGAAAAAUUCUUCCGGGAAUGUAUAAGAACAAAUUAACCAUUAUGUGAACAGCUAGGAUAGAUAGUAAAAUGCAUAUUCAUAUCCUACAACAGUGAUGCCAGGUGUAACAGUGAACGGCGGUAUUUCUGGGGCCAUCAUGUUUAGAGGCACCCAGUCUCCAUCUGGCAUUGGGCAUUCUGAGCAUCCCCUUGUGAGUGGUGGAGGGGCACCAUCACUUGAGGACUCACUCAGAGGCUCAAUGUCAGAAGCAGUGAUAGUGUCACUGUCUUGCAGAGUGUUACCAUCACUGCCUGCCAGAAUGGCAUAUGCCUCCUUGGCUGGGGACAUACGCCAUUCUAGGGGGACAAAUUAAUUUAUAUACUAAGGGGGUAAUUAAUUAUCUACCUGCAUAACAUCCACUACCCGCCCUCAAAAAUAAUAUAAUUGUACUGAUCACAGUAUAGGCAGCUGCAAUCAGUAUGAAAGGGUUAUUUUUAUUUUUUGAUAUAUAAAAAAGAUACUAAACAGUAUAGUGAUUACGGCAACGGUGAAAGGGUUAAGGGAGAUUAGAGUUGCUGCGACUGACACGAAGGGUCAAAAAAAUUAAAUAUAGUACAAAAGUACUAAAUGCCCUAAUCAGGCUGAUGACAGUAAUAUACUGUGAUCAGCAUUGAAAGGGUUAAAUAAAAUAUUUUUAAAAAAACUUUCUUCUUCACAGGAGCUGCAAUCAACGAUCUCUCUGCCUCUCUCUCUCUCAGAUCAAAGUGAGGGGCAGAGGCAAUGUGUCAGCCAGUGAUUUCAGAUCAUUGGCUGACACUAACAGUGAUCACAGUGACUGGCUGUCACUGUGAUCACCUCCUGCAGAUCGUGGUAAUUGGCCACAGGGGGGGUGCCUGGGUGGCCAGCCAUGCCCCCCACCGCGAUCAGCAGGGGGAUCAUGGCUGCAGUUACAUGUUUCAGCCAAUAGGCUGCGAUCAGAGUGCAAUGACAGCCUGUCACUGCGAUCAGACUGCAGUCUGGCUGUGCAGAUCGCUGUCACUGACCGCAGGGGGACUGCCUGGGUGGCCAGGCAUGCCCCCCGACCGCAAUCUGCAGCAGGGUAAUGGCGGCAAGAACGGCUAGGAUGUUCUAUGCCGCCCUGCGGUGUUUAGAGCCAGCCCCUAAAGGACGGUAUAGAGCUUAAGGGGUUAAAGGAUACCUCCUGUGGUUGGUAGGUGAAGUAUAGGAGCAAUCAGUCUAUGGCUGUGUUUGUGAAGCUUCACAAUCGGUGUCUGAAGAUUCAUAAUCUGACGUGAGAGAAUUAUCAGAGUUCAUCAUAACUCUGCGUGUGAAGUGUUUAUAAACCUUCCCUGUAUAAUAGUCAUUGGAAUCACAGGCAAAUUUCUGAUGUUUUAUGAUCUUUGUUGACAUUUAUCCAAAUUCUGUUUCAGUUCAAUUUGACUGAAGAAGGGAUCAGAUUGAUGUUGAUUCACCCAAUCCAAUUCCUCAUCCAAUCUUACAUUCACAUUCAGUAGUUUUUGAGUAUAUGUACAUCUUACAUAGUACAGCUUCCUAGUAACUAGGUUACAUAGUUACAUAGCUAUUCAUUUACAACUUGCUACUACAGUCUUCCUUACUGUUCUAUAAUGUGCAGGUUCCAAGGACAUCUGAAACCUAUGUGCACAGGAGUGGCAGAACAGCACGUGCAUCCAGUGAUGGCCUCAGUUUGCUGCUGAUUGGACCAGAUGACGUCCUCAACUUUAAAAAAAUAUGCAGGACUUUGGAUAAGAAUGAGGAUCUCCCUGUUUUUCCAGUGCAAGCAAAAAUCAUGAACGGGAUAAAGGUAUAUUUUGUACUUUAAAUGCAGGACAGUAUUUCUUUCAUAUGUUCCCAUGGAUUAGUUUCCUCUAUUCGAUAUGGUGCUUUGUUUAGGUAGCGUUAAAACAGUUUUUUUUUAUUUUACAUAUACAUGACAGAGAGGACACUGUAAAGCUAUUUAAUGGAAAAUAAUGCUUAUGUAUAAGGGCAUACAAAUUUACACCUUAAAGUGUAUAAUAGGUUUGUAUUUUCCUAAUUAUCUGGCUUGGCCUAUGUUACACAUUACUUCCCUUAAUACUGUUUAAAAACUAAUUUUACUUCUGACAGCACCAGUUAUAUUUUCAGUGGGCGUUACACUUGUAAGACAUACUUCUCAUGCAUAACCUUGUUUGGGAGACAGACUUGCUUCCCAUAGCAGGUUGAAACUUCCCAACAAUUUAUGUUUGCCUUAUGGUAUGUGUGGAUAACACGUAUUUGUUCUUCCUCAAAUUGCCUGCCUAACGCUUCUUCAAUAAAUCAUUCUCUCCUCUCUUUGUGCUACUUUCACAUAGGGCCUGCACCUCUUCACUACUUCACCUUGUAGGCAUUCCUUUCAGAUAGGCUUAAAGCAAGCAGGAGAUGCGCCCAGAGGAGGGUUUCUCUUUUAACAGACAUGCACAGCGCAACCUUGUUAUAUUUGUGCUGAUUAAGCUGACUGACAGAAGGGUAAAGGGCUGUUUUUUAACCUCUGAUUUUAGAGAAAUCUAAACAUUUGUUAAAAAUUCUGUUGGCAUAAAGUAUAGAUGAUAUUUGAUUCUCUAUCAUUUAAGAUUAUGUUGUAUUUGUGAUGCCAGGUAGUGAAAGUUAUGCAUGUUAAAACAAAAUGUAACAUAGUGUGGAUGCAUUCCAAGCCUUUGAUUGUACCACAGGCCUCUUGAUAAAGAGAAAAAGGAUUAGGUAGCGCCUAAAAUGAAGUGUAAAUAUAUUUAAUAACAGAGCAAUUAUAUCACAAAAAUAGAGCGGUAAUAAGCAAAUAAAAUAGAAAUUAUAAAAAUAUAAGUCCGAUACAUGGAGGUGCAGGUUUUUGUUUUUUUGUCUUUAUUUUUUUUACAAUCUUUAUUUAACUUUUUUUUUUUUUUUUUAACAGAAAGUAGUUAGACAAAGGAUCAAUGUUUAAAAAAAUAACAAUGCGAGACAAAUCAUCUUUUGAUGCUGCAACCACUGUACCCAUGGAUACAUUUGCGGUUGUAUAAUGUAGGUAGCGGAGUGGUUAGUGUGUUUUUUUUGUUUUUGUUUUCUCUAUUUGACAAUCUCAGUAGUUUUUCAUUGAAAGUUUCUCAAAAGUAUUAAUACAUACAGUCAUAGCAUACAGGUGGGAAUCCCUUACAAAGUAGGUCUAUUUCUCUCUCGUGAGGAACCACUUUGAAAGGGAGAGUGGAAAAUAUAGUAGACUUCAUAAAUCUGAGAGGAUAGGCUUACGGGUUUCGCUGCCAGCGAUGUCCUUUUCCCCCUAGUAGCGAGUUAUGCUGCAGCAGUACCAGGAGACUUGACCAAUAGCGAUAAUCCAAUGCAAGUAUAGUAGUGAUAUAGCAGGUAUAGCUUUCCCCCAUAGACAUUAGUCGAGACUGAAUGUUGGGGGUGAACUGGUUUAUUGGAGGCCACACACGGGCUUUUAUGCAACAGCACCUGCAAGGGGUGUCUGACUCAACAUUACAGGGUAACCCCAUGGUUUAUCUGUACCUGUGAGAGAACUAUUUGAAAGUAAACAUCUAAAUUAAAUUAUCUCUCAGGCACAGAACAUGUACAAUUUUAUACACCCCAAAAUACACGCAACACAAUCUGGUACCCCCUCAACUCUUAUAUCCCCUGAUAGCCUGGAUCUGAGCGCCCAACAUUUCCAAAACGCGAUCCGAUCCCACGAACGCAGCAGAAACGCCAGCGGGGUAAAGUUCUGACCUUCCGCACACAAGGCUCCUUCCCAAAAUAGUUCCAUGGAAUUGAGAUGAGUGGUUGGUCUCUUUUGGGGGUCUGAAAACACACAAAAUACAGAACGUAGGUCUUAGCCCCUAUGCUGAUUACGUGUCCCUCAUUCGGGAGUAUGCUCCCUCUGAACAGUGUUCUUUUCAGAUGAAUGAAACCAAAUGCAGGCGGAAAUGGAACUUCAGCGGUGUUCAGGCGGUCCAGUGUCCGAUUUUAGUUCCAUGCAUUCGACAACCAAACACUGCUGCCUGCGUUCAUGGCCCAAAAUGGCCGCCACCACGCCCAUUUAGAACGCUGUGUUGACAGUGUUGAUAGAGGUUAACAAGCACCAUAUGACCGGUCUGAUAGUUUGUGGUUUUGUUAAGUAUUCGAACAAAACUAGAAUAAAAUUUUACGCGAGCACAGUAUACCGAACAAACCGGAGUAUAAAGAAUAAAAGGAGCUUUAAUAGUCCAGUGACAGGGUGGUUUGUCACAAGCGGGUUGGGAGAAAAGGAAGAAAGUGUGAGGGGAAAGGGAGAGAGAAGGUGGAAAAAAUGGGGGGGGGAGUGGUAGGGCAGGGGAUGCUUGUUCUGAAUUAUUACUCCAGUCCCGCCUACUCCUACCCCCAAGGGGGCCCCGCAGUCUCCUGUCGCAUUUACGGGCACAACACAUGGUCUGUGGUGGGCUUAAUGCAAUGUCCUUGUCCAAGUGGUAAAUCCAGCUUCUCCUUAUCUCCUCAUGCUUCUCCAGUCUUCCUUUAGUUGUGGCAACCCCCUCCUCCAGUUGGCAGAUCUCAUCUACUCUGCUGAGACAGUUUUGGAAUGGCGGAGUGUCCAUCAGUUUGCAGAAAGUGGGUAUUAACCCCUUAAGGACUGAGCCAAAUGUACACGUUGAGAUCAAAACAAAACGUUAACAAAACCUGGCAUUUGCGCUAUGUCUGUCUAACCGUAAUUCACCUCUUUCAUAUUAAUCAUAUUAAAUGCACCCACACUUAAUAUAUAUCAUUUUAUUCAGGGAAAACAGGACUUUCAUUUAACAUCAAAUAUUUAUGUAUGAAACAUAAUUUACUAUGAAUAAAAUAUAAAAAUAAUGGGAGAAAAUAAGAAUUUUAUUUUUUUUUUCUUAGUUCUACGUGACAUUUUAACUGUGAAUGUCAAAAUACCGUUUGCUUUUACUGCAAUAAAAUACACAUAUUUGUAUUCAACAAUGUUUUACGUGUAAAACAGUACCUCCUAUGUACAGGUUUUAUGGUGUUUUGGGAAGUUAGAGGGUCAAAUAUAGCACGUUACAUUUUUCAGUUUUUCCCUUCAGAUUAGAGGCAGUGCUUUAUAAAUGGGAUUUCUAAUCUGGAGGGGAAAAAAACAGGCAGGCAAUCCCUCAAAAUUUUAAGAACCUCCCCCAAUUAACCUUUGGCACUAUAAAGUGCCUCUUACCUAGGACAGCCCCAGUUCUUUGCCUGCCUUCGGCAGAGGAGGGUGUCUGGUUUUCCCCAGGAGCAAGGUGAGAGGGCUGAGGCUCGAGAGGCUCUGCUUCUUUUCGCAUGUUCUGCUAGGGGUAAGCACGCCAGACGUCUGCAUUCCCAUGUGUUUUAUUUGCUGCCGUCUAUACCGUGCCGCGUAGACAAUGGGUGCAUGUGUGCGCCAGCUGGGAGGUCCUGGCGGUGGAACGCACAUACAGGUUGCGAUGCGUUCCACCGUGAAUUUGCGGUGCGCAUGCGCAAUGCGAUUUCACAAUUCAGGCGCCAAAAUUGUAAAAAAUAAGUACAAUUUCUCUCCCUUUCAAAAUGUUGGUUUCUUAAAGGAACUAUUUACCCAGCAGCAACUAACUGUUCUCACCUGCCCUCCAACACACUUUGAGGCCAUUUAAGGGUAAGACUUUUGCUUUUAUCUUAUGAGUCUAGCCUGAAAUGUAAUUCAUUUCAUCUGUGCUGCAACUCAGUCCACAAGGAUUUAAGCAAUAUAUAAGUUCCAAUUCUCUAAAAGGCUUCAGUAAUGGUUUGACUUUUUACCUGCUGUCCUAUAGGUACCGCUUCUGAGGAUGUAAAGUCAGAAGCUUUGCCUGAGCUCAGGUUCUGGUGCAGGUAUAAACUUAUUGUCUGAAAGCAUUCAGCUGAUGAAUACAUAAGGUUAAUUUCAAGGAACAGGCUCCCUUCCCCCUUGAAACUUCACAAGUUGUCAUUACUCAUAUCAACAAAGCUAACCUUAAUUGUCAGGAAUUUUAGGGGUACUGAACAUUUCCCAGGCAUGCAAAUAUAAUCUAGGUCAGAUUAUGUGCUAAACUGAAUGAUGGAAUUGCAAAAAUUUAAAUCUACUUUGCUAAAUUGGUUACAGCAAAGUUUGCAUCAAACAUGUUUGAAAUGCAUUCUGCAGCCAUUCAGUCAGCUCAAGCCUCUGCUUCCCAAGACCGGCUAAGAAAAAGCUUAGAUCAUGGGUAUUGUCUUACGCAUUCAGUUUCAGAAUCCAGAGAGGAGUAUCCCAGCUACAGGCGUCAUACCAGGCACUCCUUUAUCACCUGAACACAAGAUGAUUACCAAAAUCUUAUGAAUAUUUAGUUCAGGGGAAUAGCCAAGCUCUGGAUGAUAAUGAAUUGCCACAUUUUAUCCAUCUCCUACUGGCGGCCAUUCUGACACAAUGGCAAUCUAAGUUGACUCAGUUGACAGUUUUUACCUCUGUCUGAAAUCAGAAUGAGGGCCUGUAGAUGUUCCCAGGGAUGUACUGAUGCCCUUAAAAUAUUUAUAUUUUAUAUCAGAAGAUUGUGACAGAGGCAUUGAAAUAAAAUAACUCACAUUUUUGCUGAGUCCUCAAUCCUCACAUUCUUACAGAUCUCCAGGCUUGUUACAAUCCUUCCAAGCUGUCACAAAGAGUCUAUGUGAUGCCACUGUGUGUUAUCUAUGUGAAAAGACUCACAUUCGGCCACUAAAGUUGGUAGCCUGUAUGAACUCGCCAUGGAAACCUAUUUAUUUCUCAUGGUCUGGUACAGCUCUGCAGGCCUCUUGAUCGUGGGACAUAUCCACCUUAGUCAUUCUUGCAACCUGCACUGCACAGAAACGGGAUAUAAUUGUUUAUUGUUACUACUCAUGUUUAUUUUUCCGUUUCUUUUUAAGAAAGGUUUGAAUGGCAAUUCCUACUUGUGGUUCUCUCACUAUGCAGUAUGUUCCCAUCCUAUAAAUUGGUUGAUUUUCUACUAUGCUGUUGCCAAUCGGGCAUCUUAAUUUUCUUGUACGCCCGCCCCUCAAGGUUAUGGAGCAUUGUCAACAGCCUAAACAAGGAUUCUAGUGAUUCUUCUGAUAAUUAAUUUGCUUUCCAGAGGAAGUGCAUAAUAAAGAACAGUUCAGGAGCAAAGAAAAGAAAUCCAAAGUUUUACAUUGGCAUCCACUUUUCAAGGAUUUGACUCUCAGGGAAUGGUAAUUCCCCGGAGGGAUUCCUUUAAUUUCUAUUAUCCUUUAAUAGACAAGAGGCUAUAAAAAUUAGUAUUGAUUCUUCUAAAAUAAACUUUUUUGUCUCUUCAGCAUCUCUAUGCAUAGCACUGUUUACAGAUUCUUCAGUGGCAAAGGCACAAAAACAUUCGCUGGAAGCAUUAGAAAAGAUUUAUACGUGUAAAUCCAAAGAAUACUCUGCCUUUCCAUUUGAACCAGGCUGAAAUGAAGGAUGCCAGACAGUCUGUCAGAUCCCUUCUAGUUCUCAAGACAAUCAACAUGUUUUCAUUUGAAAGUCUGCAUAUCAGACUACUAUGGCUAGUUUCAAAAGCUAGGCAGUCUUGUCCCUGGUUUGUUUCUGGAUGGGAGACCAGUCGUUUCUUACCAUAAGGUGAAUUUAGCUUAAAACAGAACCCAGCAAAAGAUUCCUAAGCUUCACAUUCAUCUUCCGGGGACAUGGUCUGCUUUAUCAAUCAGAGCUCUUCCCUUUGGUCUUAUCUAAGCCCUUAGAGUGUUUCCUAAGUUUCUGGAAGUUAUUUCAGCAGCCUCUUUCCCAUCGUUCAGUUGGUUAAAGGCCAGAGUGAGACCUCUUCAAAGAAGCCCUCUAACCCCUUAAGGACACAUGGCAUGUGUGACAUGUCAUGAUUCCCUUUUAUUCCAGAAGUUUGGUCCUUAAGGGGUUAAGCUUCUGGAACAAGCAAACAUACAGCUUGGAAACCUCUGAACCUCAAUAUUCACUCUCUGCAGAGUUUUUUUUCUGGUGGACCUCGUUCCGUUUCUGCAAUCAGGUUUUUUCUUUCCAUAUGAUGUAGUUUAGAAUUUUACGUCUUAAGGCCUCGAGUCUCGGCUAGGGUUCUCAUAUGGGUGAAAUGAAGAAACUCUUUGUUCGAGUAUAGAAAAUCUUUGUUCCAGUAUAUGCAGUGAUCAGCGUUUCCCUUCGGUCUUUUCAGCUAUAUAUUUAUAAUAGGAGUAUUCAACAUUAUAGCAGCAGCAGUAAGUCGUCAACAUUUAAUACAAGCAGAUUGGUCCUUUUCUCCCAGAUCUUCGGUCAAAUAGAAAGGCAGAAAUAGACCUAAUGGCUUCUAGAUCAAACCAGAAAUUAUGACAUUUUACAUCUUUGGACCUCUUAGACAGACCAGAGGUCAUAGAUUCCCUUUCUAUUCUAUGGAAUUAAAGCCUAGCCUAUAAAUUUCCUACUAUUUCCCAAGGAUUCUACAGGAUGGAAGGGAUAAGAAUUAUUGUAAUUAUCCCUUGCUGGCAGAGAUGUUGGUUCACCAUUGUAAUUUAACUGGAUUAAUCCUUUGGAAACAUCCCCUGUCAGUUGACAUCCUGGAACACUUCAUGGUUCCUCUUCCAACUUGUAGAACUUGAAACUGACGUCCUGGUUUUUUGAAUACCACAUAUUAAAGGGAAAGUGUUUUUUCUCUUGAAUUUUUGAGAUUUUAAAAUAUGCUAAAACAUUGAUGUAUUGGUUCAAAGAAUAUCCAGUACCUGCUUCCAUUCUUUAACAUCCUUAAAUUCCUUCUGAUGGGCUUUGCGAGAGAUUUGAAACUAGGCUAUCCGUUCUUUUCAUCAUUUGUUUAACUCCGUAUUCUUAAAUCUCCAGAAUUGUCAAGGCUUUGUCUCAUGUGGUUCCUACCAUCAGGGAAACUUUUCCUCCAUGGGGUCUUAUUUUUUUUCCCCCUAUCUCUUCAGCUCUGCUGAUCUUGAGUCUUCUCUCAGCCUACAGCCAUACAAGUCUGAAAGUGCCUGAUCUCAUCAUUUCUCAGAAGCUAUUCGGACUCGGGCCUGGUUAGUACUUGUAUGGGAGACCAACUAGGAACCUCAGGUGCUGUAAGCUAAAGCAAUUAUCUAGGUCCAAAAAAUUGGGAGAACUCCAAGCACUUUCACAAGUCUGAAAGUGCCUGAACUCCUCAUUUCUCAGAAGCUAUUCGGACUCGGGCCUGGUUAGUACUUGUAUUGGAGACCAACUAGGAACCACAGGUGCUGUAAGCUAAAGCAAUUAUCUAGGCCCAAAUAAUUGGGAGAACUCCAAGCUCUAAUUCAUUUUUUUUCCAUUUUUUCAUCAGGACAAAGUGGUGUUAAAGUUGAAUCCUUCUUUUAUUCCCAUGGUUGGUUCUUCGUCUACCAUCUAUCAUUAUUUUACCAACGUUGGACAUCAGUCUUCUAAGUCUUUAGAAUUCAAUUUCCAAUGCCUGUAUGUUAAGAGUUCUCUUCUGCAGUACCUGAAGAGUACAAAGUCAUUUAGGUAAUCUAACCUACUUUGUCUUGUUUCAUGGUCCUUGUUUAGGUUUUUUGGUUUCUACAGGCUCUGGCCAGUGGGUUGAAAGUCUGCAUUUUUUUUUAUUUUUUUUCUAACAUUCCUUCACCUAUCUCCAUUGAAGCUCUUUCUAUCAGAGCGAUGUCCACAUCUUGAGCCCUGCGGGCUUCAGCUAUACCUUCUCAUGAAUUUUUCUACAGCCACUUGGUCUUCUCUUCACUCAUUUGCUAAACAUUACAAUUAGGCAUUCUGACCUCGGAAGACGCAACUUUUGGGCGCACUGUGUUACAUGCAAUUGUGAAAUGAGUCCAGCCCUUAGGGGAUUGCUUUGGUUAUCCCUGUUGUAAAGCACUGCCUCUAAUCUGAAGGGAAAAGCAUAAAUUUUUACUUAGCGUAAAUUUCAUUUUCGUGAAGAUUUUCUAAUCGAAUAAGUUGUGCAGUUAUCCGGAUUUUGUAUUUUCUGGGGUUGUCUUGGGUAAGAGGCAAUUUAUAGUGGGGGAGGUUCUUGAAAUUUUGGGGGAUUGCCUGCCUGUUUUUUUCCCUCCAGAUUAGAAAUCCCUGUUGUAAAGCACUGCCUCUAAUCUUCAGGAAAAAUAAAUUUACAGUAAAUAAAAAAUGUAUACUUUUUUUUACAUUGAAAUUCGCCAGAUAGGUUACGUUGCUGUUGAGACCGUAGGGUAGCCCAGGAAUGAGAAUUACCCCCAUAAUGGCAUACCAUUUGCAAAAGAAGACACCCCAAGGUAUUGCAAAUGGGGUAUGUCCAGUCUUUUUUAGGAGCCACUUGGUCACAAACACUAGCCAAAGUUAAUGUUAAUAUUUGUUUGUGUGUGAAAAAUGCAAAAAACUAAUUUGAACGCCAAUUUUGGCCAGUGUUUGUGACUAAGUGGCUACUAAAAAAGACUGAACAUACCCCAUUUGCAAUACCUUGGGUUGUCUACGUUUGCAAAUGGUAUGCCAUCAUGGGGAUAAUUUUUAUUCCUGGGCUACCAUACGGUCUCAAAGGCAAAGUAACCAAUCUGGCGAAUUUCAAAGUGAAAAAACUGAAACGCAAGCCUUAUAUUUGACUCUGUAACUUUUGAAAAUAACAUAAAACCUGUACAUUAAGGGGUACUGUUAUACUUGGGAGACUUUGCUGAACACAAAUAUUUGUGUUUCAAAACAGUAAACAGUAUUACAGCAUUAAUAUCAUCAGUGUAAGUGUGUGUGAAAACGGCAAAAAACGUCACUUUCACUGACGAUAUUAUCGUAAUACAUUUUACGUCGUCCGAGUAAAACAGUAUCCCCCAUGUACAGGUUUUAUGGUGUCUUGGAAAGUUAUAGGGUUAAAUAUAGUCCUAGCAAAUUAAAUUCCCUAUACUUUCGGCCUGGGUUGUCAGACAGGUCCCGCAAAUUGUAAUUAAUAAAGUUACCUAAUUAUGUAAAAUGAUUACAUAAAUAUAUGUAAAAUUAUUUAUUUAUAUAUAUAUGUAUAUGUGUGUGUGUGUAUAAUUUUUUUGAAAUUAUUUUUAUUUAUAUAUAGGUAUACAUAUGUAUAUACUUAUGUAUAUAGAUAUAUAUAUUAUUUCGUUCUACGUGUAUUUUGAUAUCAAUAUAUUUAUAUAUAUAUAUAUAUAUAUAUAUAUAUAUAUAUAUAUUUUAUCAAAAUACAGUUAGAACGAAAUUACACGUAUAUAUUAUAAAAAAAAUUCCAAAAUAUAUACAUUUAUUUAUAUAUAUAUAUAUAUAUAUAUAUUAAAAUACACACACACUUAGAUCAUAUAUAUAUGAUCUAAGUAUAUUUUAUUUUUAACUAAUAUUUUAUUUUUAACCUUAAGGGGUUAAGGGGGGGGGGGGCUAGCAGAGCAGCACAGACUCCAAAAGCCAAGCAAUAACAAGCAUUAGACCCCCUACAGAGAGAUGGGGGAAAAAAAACAAGAAAAUCGCUCGCCUAGAAAGCUCACACCAACCUGACAUUAGGCAAUCUUUUGAAAAGCCACAGCAGGCUCCACAGGCCAAGAUGGCGCCGAGUAGGCCCCGAAACGCCAGCGAGUCCGACUCCUCUAUGGAGGAGGAGAACUUCCAGAACGCGACCCCGGCCACCGCAUUAUGCCGGUCGGAGACGUCGGACUCUGACGACUCGCCUUCAACAAAGGGCGACAUCAAAAAUCUCCUCCUGGACCUCCGGGAGAUAUGGAGGUCAGACCUGGCCGGCGUGAGGACAGAAGUGGCCAACAUGAAGGGGCGCCUGGAGGCAGUGGAAACCCGAGAAGGCCAAAGAGACGCCUUACUGACCAACUACAGAAGGCAAACGGAAGCACUGACACUCCAACUCCAAAGACUCACCCGCACAGUCACGGAGAUGGAGACGCGCCACCGCAGAAGAAAUGUCCGCAUACGUGGAGCCCCUGAAGACAUAGGCCCAGAGGCCUUAUUGGCCUACGCAAACAAAGUGGCAGUGGCGAUGGGGGCAAAAAAGGGGGGAGAAACAUGGCCGAUUACGGCAGCCUUCAGGAUUCGGAAAGCCCCGACCGCCCCAGCGGACGCACCGAGAGACAUCCUAGCCGUUACCCAAGAUGUCACGGUCAAAGCGGCACUGAUGGCCUCCUCCAGGAAGACCCCAACCAUCGCGGUGGACAACCACCACGUCAAAGUUUUCGCUGACAUCCCAUUCACAACCCUGCUGGAGCGGAGAAAAUUUAUGCCAAUCACCCGCCAGCUGAGAGACAAAGGCAUCAGAUACCGAUGGGGAGCAGCAGGCACACUAGUGGUCCCACAAAAGGACUCAAUCCUCACACUGUCUGCGGACGAAAACCCGGCAGGAUUCAUCCAGGCCCUCCAGCUGCAAGUACCCACGGACGGGGCGGGCGAGACCGAGAACUGGGAGACUGAGUACCGAGAGAGCAACACCAGGGCGGAGAGGAAGAGGAGCAAACAGCACUCACACAAUCCCCUACAGACCUGAACAAGCAAAAGGCUAACCCACGAUACUUACCAGGUGACACUCACUACAAACCAACUACAAGGACAAUACUGGCAGGCAAAUAAACUGCCCAAGACUACAAGCUCUAUAUCCAGACUGAUUUGCUAUAACUAUACUAAGAAGGUCACGUAAAUAACCCCAAAGUAUUUUUUCAAAUUUUUUUUUUUUUGGGGGGGUUUAUUUUGUAAUUUUUAAAUACGCACAUAAUGAGCUUAUGGCUCUACACUGUUACACUCUAAAGACGGGGAAGAGGGAAGGGAGCAGAGAGAAGGGACCAAUGCCACAAAAGUGCAGGAGGUACCACCCCAGAGACACAACAACUGCCCCUCUAGCCUAUGGAUAUUGUAGUAACAGUUAGUACCGUGAUAGUUAUACCUUAGGCUCUUUUCAGUCACAUGACCAGAUGCCUCCCUCCCUGUAUGCCAGUACUUCUGAUUAUUAAUACUGAUGGUCACUGUAAUACUCACAGAUUUGACUACAGCAAUGCAGAGCUCAGCACCACAACCUACAAUAAUGUGCUGGAGUCUACACUGUUAAUUUAACACCAGGUUAACAUUCUAUUCUGUUGACCUAGCAUUAGAAUACUCCCACACCACUGGAGGCACGAGCAGGGGAUACCCAGGAGUAUACACAAAUGUUAUAGGUGUCGUCGCCGCUGUUGCCAAAGGGUGUAAUCUAACUAUACCGGAGCGGUUUACAAAUGACACCUGGAGCCAUAGUAAGACCCCACGUAAGAUCAGCACACUUAAGAACCACACCAUAGGCUCUAUAAGGGUCACCAAUGGGAUGAACCUCAGCCCUUUGUUUUCUUAUUCCAGUUUUCACCCUGUCCUGCUCAAACCUACACGGAAUGCCUAAGAGUUACAGGGCACUGCACACCAUGAGCCACCGUAAACGGCGGGUGUGAUAUACAGAUUUGUGUUAGUGCAGCUCCCUGUCACUGAGUGCACCAGAGAAACUAACAUGUUCAACCAACAAAAACCCAUGUUUAUUAUUAUGUUUAUUAUUUAUUAUUAAUAAUGACUUAUUAAUGCAAUGUUUAAUUUGUAUUCCUUUUAUCUACAUGUAACGAAUGUAUGUAAGUUACCAUCAAAACCAGUGGGACUGUUCCCACCACAAAAAUAAAGAAUUAUAUAAAAGAAGGGAGAAGAGGGGCAGAGGCCGUGUCAGCCAGUGAUUUCAGAUCAUUGGCUGACACACAGGAACAGGGAUCACCUCCUGCAGAUCUCGGUAAUUGGCCACAGGGGGAGUGCCUGGGUGGCCUGGCAUGCUCCCCACCGCGAUCUGCAGGGGGAUCCUGCCUGCAGUUACUAUGUGUCAGCCACACAUCUGCAUCGCCAGCUCGUAUCUGGACUAUCCGGGAAUAAUCCCAAAAAGAAAACUAUAAGUAGAGCUCUGAAAAUACCUGAACGGAUGAAUAUAUCAGCAGCAAUAGUUUGCAAAAAUCUGCAAAUACAAUACGAUCAUAGUGCAGAUGGUACUAAUAACAAGAAAUUAAUAAAAGUAUGUACAUUUUCAACUCACAAGUGUAGAGCCACGCAAUCAUCUGGCUCUAGUGUGAAGCGUCUUGGGAUCUUUCAGGGGAGAUCCACUGCCCUCUUUAGUUUCCUUCUGGUCUCCUCCACAUCCAAUUAGGUAUAUAGGAAUGGACAAGAUGACUCCAAUGGUGAAGGUAAAUAAAUUUAUUGUAUAAAACAGGAAUCCAAAAUAAAAUGAUCAAUUGAUCAAAGUAAUCAGUUAAAAGUUUUGCAUAAAGUCCAAAACGCGUUUCGCCAUUAAUUGGCUUCCUCAGUUGGUGUAUGAUCUGUGCUGCGUCCUUCCCUUCUCUUAUACAGCCCUAAUUGUAAGAUUGCCGGCAUCUGUAAACCCGGAAGUAGGCCCUAUAGAAAGCACGCCGACUCACUUGGAACAGAAGUCCGUGCGUCAGUCAUAUAAUCCUGCUACAUCUUCCUUUCCCUAUGGAACGCAUGCAGACUUAGUUGGAGCGCACGUCUGUACGUCAGUCAUGUGACUUGGCUGGAACAUCCUUUCCCUCGUGGAACUCAACAUAUGCGUUUCACCUCCAUAGUCCGUUUUAACACACUGUACUGGAUGUCAAGUCCUUUGCUAAAUCGACUCAUUUAUCCCUCAUUAAAAACGAGGAAAUAGAUAUAAUUAAAAUGACAUCCUCCGAUGUGAGACUUGACAUAUAAUUUUAACAUAAAACAGGCUCAUAUUUUCACAUAUAAAAUAUAAUUGAAAUGACAUCCUUAAAUGAGAGACUUAAGAUAUACCGUAAAUGAACAUAAAACCACAGGCUUAUAUUCUCAUAUUUAAAUAUAUUAAACUUUUAAAAGCAUACAAAUUGUUUAACCCCUUAACGCCGUUACGGCGUUCUAUGCCGUUGCGGCUUUAAAGCUAUUGCGGCGGCAUAGAACGCCGUAACGGCUUAAGCCCAAUUUACUUACCUCCGCCACGAUCCUCUUCUGGGGGGCUGCCUGACAGACCAGGCAGCCCUCCCACGGCGAAUGAGGCCCCCGGGGGCCAUGUCAUCGCUUUAAAAGAGCAAUCACAUGGCCCCCUAUAGCUGGCUGUAGAUCUGCCAGCAGGGGGACUGUCUGAAAUAUCAAACAGUCCCCCUGCUGGUGGAAAGUGUAAAAAAAAAAAAAAAUAAUUAAAAGUGUGUGUGUGUGUGUGUGUGUAUAUGUAUAUAUAUAUAUAUAUACACACAUCUUGAUAAAGACCCUAUAGGGUCGAAACGUUGAUGCUGUGAUUUACUAACACCGGAUUAUAAACACUAUUUUGACAAUCCUAUGGAGUGCUCCUGAUUGAUUUGAGAUAUAUAUAUAUAUAUAUAUAUAUAUAUAUAUAUAUAUAUAUAUAUUGUAUUUUAAUACUAAUAUUAGUAUAUAUAUUAGUAUUAAAAUACACUUAUAAUGACGUUACAUAUAUAUAUAUAUAUAUAUAUAUAUAUAUGUAUAUAUACGUAUAAUUACAAUAAUAAAUAAAAUUUUGAAACAAAAUUUAAUAUAAAUUCUAUAUUCAUAUGUAAUUUCAUUCUAACUGUAUUUUGUUAUUAAUAUAUAUAUGUAACAAAAUACACUUAGAAUGACAUUCUAUAUCUAUAUAUAAAAUACAAAUAACCGCAAAUAUAUAUAGAUAAAUACAUAUAAUUACAUAAAAGAUUACAUUAGUAUACACAUAGAAUUUAAAUACCUAUAAAUGCAUAUAUAUUAAAAUUCUACAUGUAUAUUUAAGUAAUCUUUUAACAUAAUUAUGUGAUUUGAUUAAUUAAAAUUUGAUUGACAUGCCUGACAACACAGGGAGAAAGUGCAGAGAAUUUAAUUCGUAAGCACUAUAUUUGACCCUGUAACUCUCCAAGACACCAUGAAACCUGUACAUAGGGGGUACUGUUUUACUCAGGAGACUUCGCUGAACUCAAAUAUUAGUGUUUCAAACUGGUAAAUUGUAUUACAACGAUGAUAUUUUAAGUAAAAGUGACGUUUUUUGCAUUUUUUACAAACUGCACUUUUAUGGACUAUAUUGUUGUUGUAAUAUGUUUUACUGUUUUAAAACAACACUAAUAUUUGUGUUUAGUGAAGUCUCCCGAGAAUAACAAUACCCCCCAUGUACAGGUUUUAUGGUGUUUUGGAAAGUUAGAGAGUCACAUAUAAGGCUUGUAUUUCAUUUUUUUGACAUUGAAAUUUGCCAGAUUGGUUAUGUUGCUUUUGAGACCGUAUGGUAGCCCAGAAAUAAGAAUUACCCCCAUGAUGGCACAUGGCCACAAACACUGGCCAAAUAUUAGUUUUAUUUUGCUUUUUUCACACAAAAACAAAUAUGAACGCUAACUUUGGCCAGUGUUUGUGACUAAGUGGCUACUAAAAAGGACUAAACAUACCCCACGUUCAAUACCUUGGGUUGUCUACUUUUUCAAAUGGUAUGCCAUUAUGGGGGAAAUUCUCAUUCCUGGGCUACCACACCGUCUCAAAGGUAACAUUACAAAUCUGGCAAAUUUCAAUUUGAAAAUAGAAUGUUCUAUAUUUUACCCUGUAACUUUCCAAAACACCAUAAAACCUGUUAAUGGGGGGGUACUGUUGUACUCGUGAGACAUCACUGAUUACAAAUAUGUGCAUUUUUCUGCAGUAAUAUCUAACAGUAUUAUGACAUUUACAGCUAAAAUGUGAGGCGGAACUACAAAUUUUUUUUAAAAAUUUAAAAUUUUUCAGUUUUUUAAAUUUAUAUGAUAUAUAAUAAGUGUGGGUGCAUUUAAUAUGAAAGCGGUGAAUUACGGUUUAACAGACAUAUAGCGCAAAUUCCAGUUUUUGUUUACGUUUUGUUUUGAUCAGAAAGUGUACUAUUGACUCCGUCCUGAAGGGGUUAAAGAGCUCUGAGUGCAUUUCAUGGAUAAUUUUACCAAUCUCAUCCUUAUUAGUGCAAAUGUGGAAUUUUCCACUUCCCCAAAAAGUGCUUCUAAAAUAUUGGAGGGAAAAAGAUACACUAAUCGAAAAAAAGUAUACAUUUAAAUUGCUAUAAAGGUAUAUCCUUAAUCAAGAACCUGUCUUCAAAAAAUAUAUGAUGUUUCAAAAUAAUGAUACAAAAUAACGUCAACUUUAAAAUUUUGAUGUGAAAAAAAAUGCAAUAUAAGUAUAAAAUGUAAAAUUAAGAUUAAAAAAUGGCAUAAUUCAAAAUCUAAAUUUAAUCCGUGAGGUGCUAAAGUAUCAAAAUUGAAGAUAAACAUCAUCUCCUCAAUUCCAAUUUUUAUCGUGAAAUCUCCGCCUCUCCCAUUUUUUUCUACACAAUUUUAGUGAACAAAACGUGAGAUCUUGUGGAUUUUGAUUCUGGCAGCGUUUAAAAUGGUGGGAGACACUGUGUUUCUACGCCUUUUUUGAUAUUCCUAACAUGUUUGGAGAUUCUAACAGUAAACAUCUAAUUGUUCUCCCUAUGUACAUCAUAUUGCAUGGGCAUUUUAACAAGUAAAUUACAUUUUUGGAGAAACAUGUAAGCUGAUCUCUUAUUAAGAAAUCUUUCUUUGUGAUUUCAUUGGUAUUCUUUAUGUUGAUUUUUUUACUAUUUGUUUUCCUACAUGCUAAGCAUGUGCCACACCCAUAAAAGCCUUUACUUCCGGUGAGAAAAUUACUAUUUGAGGAAUUUUUUAGGUUACUAUUUACAUUUGAGGAAUUUUUUAGGUUACUAUUUACUAGGAUGUUUUUAAUAAUCUUGCAUCCCCUGUGCACGAUUUUGGGUUUAGAUGGUAAUGUAUUUUUUAAAAUUGGGUCAUCUUGUAAUAAAUGCCAAUAUUUAUUAAUGGCAUAGCGUACUUUUUUGUUUUUAUCAGAGAAAUUGCAAAUAAAUGGGGCAUUGAAUCUGUUUUCUUCUAUAUUUAGUUUUUUCCUAUAAGUAAUACUUUUCUUUCAAACCCUUUAAUUUCUUCUAUACUUUUUUGAAGAUCUUCUUUAUAGCCUUUCGCCAAGAACUGUUUUUUGAUUAUCUGCGUUUGUCUUAGGGAGUCUUUCACUUGUGUACAAAUUUUUUUUAGCCUCUUGAACUGGCUUUUGGGUGCAUUCGUGAGCCAUGGGGUAUGAUGGCAGUUUGUAAGAUCUAUAUACCCAUUACAAUCCACUUCUUUAAAAUAAUUUCUUGUAUGAAUUUCGCCAUCUUCUAUAAAAAUAGUUAAGUCUAAAAAAUUAAUUUCUUUCUUGGUCUGGGUGGAUGUGAGGUUUAUCCCCCAAUUGUUACAGUUUAAAAAACUUAAAAAAUCUAUAAAACUCGAUUUGUCUCCUUUCCAAAUAAAAAGAAAAAAAAUCAAUGAAACGGCGAUAGGUGACCAAGCCCGCAUAUAGAUGGCUGUGCAGAAUAAACUUCUCUUCCCAGUACGCCAUAAAUAAGUUGGUGUAACUGGGUGCGAACUUGGUUCCCAUCGCCAUUCCAUUGAUUUGCCUUUAAAAACUGUCCUUAAACCAAAAAAAGUUGUUGGUGAGGAUUAAAAGUAUACCUUUUUUAAUAAAAUCUAUCUCUUCCUGUUUAAAAUUUGAUUUCUCUAAAAAAUAUUGCAUUGCCUCUAUCGCCUUGUUGUGUGGGAUAAUAUUAUAAAGGGAGCUUACAUCACAAGUAACCAAUAUAUAAUUUUCUUCCCAUUUUAUAUGACCAAGGAUUAGUAAGAUGUGUAUGGUAUCCUUAAGUUGUAUUCGGGGCCAUCUCAGUAAAGUAUGAAAUAGCUAGUGAGUAUACUUAUCAUAAUAAUUAAAAGUCGGUAGAGGUGUGCCAAAACGGACGUGUGUGAUAGGCCUGUAAAUAAGAGGGCCCACCUUAAAUAGUAUUUAAAUAGAGGGAAAGGAGGGUGGGCCAAAUGAGCAUCUGAACCAGAAGGUAAAUGAGGUAGAAGGGGGAGUCCCUUUUAAAGGGAUAUAGCCCCUCCCACAACUUCAGGCCCUGCUUUCCAAUUUGUAUUCGGGGCCACCUCAGUAUAGUAUGAAAUAGCAAGUGAGUAUACUUAUAAUUAAAAGUCGGUAGAGAUGUGCCGAAACAGACGUGUGUGGUAGGCUUGUAAAUAAGAGGACAAAAAAGGAAUACCCAUAUAGUGUUAUCAAAGAUAUUUAUUAACGAAAACACAAGACAUGGAGUUAGCAUAUAGAAACAUGCAUGCCUUAAUUCUUGUGUUGACUGUGGUAUGUAAACAGCGUAAGCGGAUGACUUCCAGCGGCCCAAGGUUUUUAUGAUGUAAACUGGGAUGUCCAGGCCCGAGCUGUGGAGGCUGCCCCUAUCCGGAAUAAAUGCCCAGAAUAGUUUCCGACGUUUAAGACGAGUCUGGUGAAUAGUAAGCUAAUAUACAUCACAAAUUUGGCAGUAGUGAGUGCUGUGCCAUGCAGUGAAAGGAGAGGGAGUGAGGUUUGUGUAGGUGAUGACUGUAGAUAGUUGUUAAAAACUUCCACCGUGCGUUGUUGAUGGGGUAGUAUUGAAUAAGAACCUCGUGCCCCAUCUGGUUGGUCUUAGUUGAAGGUAAGCUUAAUAUGUAGUGGUCCUGCUUUUUGUACAAGUUAGAAUACCGGAGGCAAUGCUUGAAUUCGUGUUGCCUAGUAAUGGUAAAUAUAUAUGUCUAUGGUAUUUACCUGUUCGAUAUUUCACCGGAGGAAGACAAAGUUUGAUUGGUCGAAACGCGAAAUUUUUAAUAAUUGUUCCUGAGCCUCACUAGGAUCUUUAGUGGAGAUAAUCUGUGGAAUACCAGCUCUCCGCUACACUGUGGUUGUGGAAUCUGAGCGCUGUUCGGAUAUAGUGAGCGCUCAGAUCCAAUCCACCUGGGGAUAGGUUGAAUGUGGGGGUUCUGUACAGUAUGAUAGGAGUUAUGUAUUUUUGCUGCUGUUGUGAAUAGGGAUAUUUUCUGUACCUGGAGAUAGUUGUCUUACCACACCCAGUUAAGCCACUUAUCUCACACAGCCUAACUCUGUGGAACUGGUUUGGGCUGGAAAGCCAUGCUUGCAGUGAUCACAAAGGACUUCAACCUAACUUUUUAUCUACUGGAAGGAUUGGUAUGAUUUUUGAGAGUGUUUAUAUUUAAAGUGUGCUGAUUCUGAAAAUGUAUAGAAGAUUGGAUGUAUAUUUUUAAAGUUACAGUGUAUGUAUAAAAAGUGUAUUUUUCCUGCCUGUGAUAAUUACCCAUUGUGUUCAGUAAUUAUAUCACAGGCAGAGGGGAGGAUUUGUGUGUUAUUGAUGGGUGUGUUUUUACUGUGUUACAUGUUUAUUGGUUAUUCUGCAAAACCCUGUGGGCGGUCCUGUAUGUGUAAGACCUCCAUAAAAGACGACCCUUUGGUGCCAAUUAAACAGACCUACUUGCACCUUUUUGAAGCCUUGGCUCAUGCUUGGGGGAAGGGAUACCUACACUCUGGGGAUUGCUAUAAUCACUUACUCCCCAGAGUAAGCUCUUGUAAGAGCUUGAUUUGUUCCUGCUACGCUCUCUGGAUUUAGGAGAGGUUCACCCACUGGGAGCUGGAUCCUGGUCGUGGAUCCAGGGUGGGUGAGAGGCGGCGAGAACCCGGCGCAGCUGCAUCGCUGGAAGUGGGGUCCGCAGUGCUGAUGGUGUCGGUUGGAGUGCUCAGAGUCCUCAGCAAGCGCUAGGAGCAUCGAUUGGCGGAGAUACUCAGUCGGAGUGCAAGUGGUCCGUCACAUAUAUUUAGCAGUAUUUGGUCUCCAUAUGGUUAUUUAGAAAACUGUGGAUGGAAGGAGGUUACUGCCUUGUACGAGCUGUUAGGCGGGAGUAUUUAAAUUUGUAUACACUGCUCAAAAAAAUAAAGGGAACACAAAAAUAACACACCCUAGAUCUGAAUUAAUUAAACAUUCUUCUGAUACUUUGUUCUUUACAUAGUUGAAUGUACUGACAACAAAAUCACACAAAAAUGGAAAUCACAUUUUUCAACCCAUGGAGGUCUGGAUUUGGAGUCACACUCAAAAUUAAAGUGGAAAAACACUACAGGCUGAUCCAACUUUGAUGUAUUGUCCUUAUAACAAGUCAAAAUGACACUCCGUAGUGUGUGUGGCCCCCACGUGCCUCUAUGACCUCCCUACAACGUCUGUGCAUGCUCCUAAUGAGGUGGCGGAUGGUCUCCUGAGGGAUCUCCUCCCAGACCUGGACUAAAGCAUCUCCCAACUCCUUGAUAUUCUGCGGUGCAACAUGACAUUGGUGGAUGGAGCGAGACAUGAUGUCCCAGAUGUGAUCAAUUGGAUUCAGGUCUGGGGAACAGGCAGGCCAGUCCAUAGCAUCAAUGCCUUCGUCUUGCAGGAACUGCUCACCCACUCCAGUCACAUGAGGUCUAGCAUUGUCUUGCAUUAGGAGGAACCCAGGGCCAACCACACCAGCAUAUGGUCUCCCAAGGGGUCUGAGGAUCUCAUCACGGUACCUAAUGGCAGUCAGGCUACCUCUGGCAAGCACAUGGAGGGCUGUGCAGCCCCCAAAGAAAUGCCACAUUACUAACCCACUGCCAAACCGGUCAUGCUGAAGGAUGGUUGCAGGCAGCAGAACGUUCUCCACGGCGUCUCCAGACUCUCACGUCUGUCACAUGUGCUCAGUGUGAACCUGCUUUCAUCUGUGAAGAGCACAGGGUGCCAGUGGCUAAUUUGCCAAUCUUGGUGUUCUCUGGCAAAUGCCAAACGUCCUGCACGGUGUUGGGCUGUAAGCACAACCCCCACCUGUGGACGUCGGGCCCUCAUGGAGUCUGUUUCUCACCGUAUGAGCAGACACAUGCACAUUUGUGGCCUGCUCGAGGUAAUUUUGCAGGGCUCUGGCAGUACUCCUCCUGUUCAGACACAGCAAACCUUCUUGCCACAGCUCGCAGACACAGCAAACCUUCUUGCCACAGCUCGCAUUGAUGUGCCAUCCUGGAUGAGCUGCACUACCUGAGCCACUUGUAUGGGUUGUAGACUCUGUCUCAUGCUACCACUAGAGUGAAAGCACCGCCAGCAUUCAGAAGUGACCAGAACAUCAGCCAGGAAGCAUAGGAACUGAGAAGUGGUCUGUGGUUACCACCUACAGAACCACUCCUUUAUUGGGGGUGUCUUGCUAAUUGCCUAUAAUGUCCACCUGUUGUCUAUCCCAUUUGCACAACAGCAUGUGAAAUUGAUUGUCACUCAGUGUUGCUUCCUAAGUGGACAGUUUGAUUUCACAGAAGUGUGAUUUACUUAGAGUUACAUUGUGUUGUUUAACCCCUUAAGGACGCAGCUUCAAAAACUGGACUUACCCUUAAGGACACAAUCAUUUUUUGCUGUUUGUGUUCAACCUCCGUUUGCAUUUUUCGUAUUUAUUGCACCAACCCAUGUUAUAUAUCGUUUUUGAAAGGACAAAGAGGUCUUUAAUCGGAUGUGACACAUACAUAUAUACAUUCUUUUUUUUUUUUUUUUUUUGUUGUGCAAAGAAGUUUGACAGAAAUGUCUGCAGUGCCACAGUAGCAGUAGCAGGCAAGAUUAGACAUCCAUUCAUUGAGAAGUUGCACAUUUUGCUAAAAUAACAUAUUAAUACAAAUUGUGUGGUUAGGUGAUUAAAAUUCAGAAACAGAGUAAAGUCAUAAACGGUUUUAUAACCUAGCGUCUUCGUGGUGCAUAACAAUAGAGCUACCCGUGGAAAUAAUAAGUCAGAAUACGGCAAUAUGAUGGUAAUAAUCAGUCGAGGGCGUAGAGGUCAGUAUAGUAUGGGCUCGGACUGUGUCGCUUGUAGUUUAGUGUAGUUUUGUGGCCACUCUAGGGUGUAGGGGAGCAGGGACGCAUUCUGGCUUUUCAUGGUUAGCGUUUGUCGUCCUCUGGGUGUAUGUUGGGUCAGUACGUCGUCGGUAGUCGGGACUCCUCUCAGUGUAAACCGAGGCGGUUCCAUGUCUCUGAGUGUAAAUAUGGGAAAGGCAUGGAAGGGCUUUAGUGUUUAUAAGGGGGCUGUACGCCUGGUGUGUGGUCCUGUCUGUGUCUCAGCAACCGCUGAAAUGUACCCUCUUGUCUGCCGGCUCGGAUUACAUGGUUGUCACUGGGGACCCCCUAUGGGUGCGGCUGUUGCUCUGGGUGGUAUCGUAACUGGGAAUCCAGUGGGGUAAGGAGGACAGCUCCCGGGAGGUUGCCUGGCCCAUGUAAGAAUCUGGGUUUAGUGUCCCGUGUGUCCCCGUUUCCAUGUCCCCCUAUUCCCCGUGCCCCACUGUCAUACGACCUUUGUGGUCAGUAUCGUCCCUAGGGUUUCUUGUGUCUAUGUUCAGGGCUUCCAAAGCACACACUUAAAUCAAAUAACUAAACAUAAAGUGGCAUAAAAUGUGUAAACUCAAACAUUUUAACUCAGACGGAGGUCAAAAAUUUUUUUUUAAGUUGAAACUCUUGGUAGGUAUGGACAGUCAUUAUGGGAGUAGCUUCAUGGCCGUCAGGCCUCCGGUAUGGGUAGUCUCAUGGAGGGUUUAGCAGCUUGGGGGUUUCCCCCUCUCUCCAAGUGUGUGUGUCUUCGCCUUCACGGCUGCUGGGCGACCGGUCCCUUGUAGUGUCUGGGGAGUUGCAGGUAGGGGGGGCAGCUGGAGUUUCUGCAAGAAGUCUGUCGGGUCCUCUGUGGCAGACAGGACAUGGAUUUCCUCCCCCCUGGAUACCACUAGUAUCCCCCCAUCGGUACCUGAUGUCGUUUGCUCUCAGCAACUUGGUGAUGGGCAGGAGUCUGCGCCUGGCCAGCAGGACUGAAAAUGGUAAGUCCGCAUACACUGAUAUGGAGCAGGCAUCUACCUGCACGCUGGGGCUUUUCCUGGAACAGGCCAUUAUGGCAGACUUCACUGCUGUGUCCCUUGUCACCGCAAUUAUGUCCCUGGGUGAGUCAGCUGGAGCCGUCGGUGCCUUCCUUAUUCGAAAGGCUGCCACCAAAAGCGGUGAGUCACCAUUCUCUCUGACCCCCAUCGCCUUUAGUACUUUGUGUGCAAAGUCCAGGAGGGCCUCCCGUUGUACGGUUUCUGGAGCUCCGCGGAUCCGAAUAUUCCUCCUGCGGUGUCUGGCUUCUAGUGAUGCCACUGUGCGGGUAAGGCUGUGAACUUGUUGUGUGAGGGUUUCCACCUGGGAGUGGGUGUCUGUCAGGCGCUGCUCACGGGCUUCCUCUCUGGAUUCCGCCGCUGCGAGUCGUUGUUGCAGUCCGCCGACUUCCACCUGCACCCCCGCCAGGUCCGCCUUCCAUACCGCCCUCAGAUCUUGAAGGAGUUUUUUGAUGUCCCCCUUCGUGGAGGGAGGCAUCGGAGUCAGAGUCCGCUCUCAGGUACACUCUGUUGGUGGUCUGCCGUGGACCCUCUUCGUCUAUAGAGUCGCUGGAGUCACUAGAGCCAUGCGGUCUGUCCGGCGCCAUCUUGUUGCGUGCCUGCGGCUGUUCUAAAGAAAGUCUGAUGUCUGAGUGGGUUACACUCUACGGACGGGCAUUUUUUUUGUUUUUGCGUCCCAUAGUAUUCUGUGGGGCUGUAGGAUCUCCAAGGUCGUUUUUUUGGGGUUAAGUUUCUGGUGCAAACGGCUUUUUCUCAAUGUUUAGAGCAGGAGCAGCACCCAUGCACGUCUGUUCAGUAUCUUGGUUGGCCACACCCCCCAUAUAUACAUUCUUAUUUAUUAAGAAUUUUUUUUUUACCAGUAUAGGCAAUAAUGUGUGUAUAAUAAGUGCAGCUUAAGGAAAGUAAUUAAAAACAAAAUAUUCAAUUAGUUGUUCUGAUUUUCAGAGUACAUAAUAUGUCUAGGAUUUCAGCUUAUUUUGAAAGUUACAGGUCACAAAAUACAAGGAAUAAAAUUUUAAUGUGGAGCUAUUUUAGAAUUUGCUAUGUUUGUCUUGUAAGCUUAAUAGCCAUCACAGAAAGCAAAAUUGCACACAUCACAGGCUAUUUACCAAAGGGUAUUCUGGUUUUUACGUAACCAUUUCACCGCCAAUCUCUGCUAAAUAGUGUAGUAAAAUUGUGGUUUUUUUUCAGAUUUCUAACAUACACACAUAAAACAAGGAUUUUUGAUGUGUAUUUUAUAAAGCUGAUAUAUAUACUACUGCUGUAGAAAACCCCAUAUUGUUUUCAGCCAUAUCAACUGAGUAAAACGAUACCCCCAAUCUAUGCCUUUACCACUAUCCUGUGAAGUUACAGUGUCAUAAGAUACAUUUCAGUAUUCACAGUGAUAAUUUUGAUAGAUGAAUUUAAUGGGGGCAAGUCUCAUUCUGGGGCAUUGUAGCAGUUUAACUGUUGAAUUUAUCCCUCAGGGACCAACUAUUGGUGAAAGUACACACUACAGUGUAUCACAUAUGGUGUAUAUUGUGCCUUAACGUGAUGCCAUCGUUUCACCAGUUUAUGUCAAACUUUAUGGUAAAAUAUUUUUUACAUAAACGUUACCUUUUUUGCGGUCAUUUUUCAAGUCUGGUAUGUGCCACUGUGAUCAAAACCCCAUAAUUAUGCUCGGCAAACUCUUCUGAAUAAAACAAUACCCCCAAUGUAUGUCUUUUCCACUAUCCUGUGAAGCUACAGUGCCUUAAGAGUCCUGACCAUUACAGUUUUUACAAUUCGAAUUUUGAUAAAUGGAUUUGAUGUGUCUAUAUCACAUUUUAGGGCAUUGUAGCAGUUAAAAAUGACCCCAUAAAUGCUUACCAUUUGUGAAAGUAGACACCACGGGCUAUGUCAUAUGGUAUAUUUUGAGCUUUAUUAUACAGUUAUGUCAGCACCAAUUUCUUUCAAAUUUUAUCAUAUUGUUUUAGUUUUGCAUUUUUAGACACACAUAUAAAGUUUCAUUUUGGAAACUUGAUAUAUGCUACUGUAACUUAAAUCACUAAAUUAUUCUCAGCUAUAUUUCCUGAGUUGUAUAUCUUAGCCAGGUUUUUGUGAAAAAAUACAGGGGUAAAAUCAUACCCGGCCCAGUACAGUUUGUUUUAAAUGACAAAUUGACAAUGGGUCUUUGUUUCAUUUUGGGGCAUUUUAGUCGCUCAUAUAUUUAUUGAAGCUUUAUUGAAGUGACAUUUUGUUUCAAAGUUUGUGGUAUUUAUUUUUAUUUUAAAAUUUUUACAUACGCAUAGUAUUUUUGAUGUUAAUUUUUUAAAUCUAGUGUGUCCCACGGUCAUAAAAUUAUCUUAGCUGUACUCAGCAACAUCUUCUCAGUACAGUUAUACCCCAAAAGUAUAUUUUUGGAAAGUAGCGAUCUUAAUCCCAAUCUAUAUCCUUAAUCCUAAACCAAGCCCUAAUUCUAAACCAAAUCCUAAUCCCAAAUCUAACCCUCAAUCUAAUCAUAAACCCUUACUACAAUCCUAACCCAUAACGUAAUCCCAGGUGUAACCCUAAUUAUACCUUAAUCCUAAUCUCAAUCCUACCUUUAGCAAUAGUGUUAAAAUGAUUCGCCCUGCUGGUGUCAGCAGAGGAAUUCACUUGCUAUAUUCAGCAAGGGAUGCCCGUGCUGACCCUAAUUCUAAUCUGAACCAUAAUCUGAAUCUUAAUCUGAAACAUAAUCCCAAUACUACAAUUAAUUAUAAACCUCAUUUUAAACAUAAAUUUAACAAUAAACCCAAUAAUAAACCUGAUAAUAAAUCUAGUAUUUAUUCUAAACCGAAUAAUAAUCCUUAAUUGUAAUCCAACUUGUGGGUUGUGCAGGCUGUGUCAGUCACAGCCAGCAGAGGUGUGACUAGGGCUGCAUGGACAGAAACAAGUGAUUUAACUCCUAAAUGGCAGAGAUUUGAGCAGUGAGACUUCAGAGGCAUGAUCUAUACACAAAAUUGUUUCAUUAUGCUAAUGUUGUGUCGGUGAUAAUGUUUCUUUAUUUUUUCUUAGUGUGUUCAGUUUAGUGUGUAUUGUGCAAUUACUGUGCAGUGUAGUGUUUUUUUGGGUUUUUUUGCUGUUGUUUUUUUAAGUCAAACACAACAAUGUUACAAGUAGUAGCAAAUUCAGCUGCAAAAAAAAUAUUUUGGCUUCAUAAAAUUGUGUUAAUGUGGAACAAUAUUCACUUUUCACAGGAGCGUGUUAACUUGGCACGACAAAUAGAAAAAAUUGAAUAUUUCAGCAGCAAAGCCAAACAACAGAAUUCCUGGAUUCAGCAGGCAGCAGAAGCACUUGAAUUAGAUUUGGAUGAUGAGAAUUUGGUUGGUAAGUAUAUCACAAUGUCAUAGUAGUUUGUCAUGUUGGAUAUAUCAUGUUGUUCAUUUAUGCACAUGACUUAAUAGGUAUAUGAUUUAGUUCCUUUUAAAGCUAAAAAAUAGUAAUGAAAAUACAAUUGAAGUGAUUACUGGAAGAGUAUCAGAGCCCAGGGAUUUCCAGCAAAUAUUGGACUGAACUAGAGAUGGACCUACUUCCUUUUUUCUUUUCUUUUUUUUUUUUUGUUGGGGGGGAGGACAUUAAUGGCCACUGUAAAACUUAAAACAAAAUGGCAGAGAGGGAAAACAAAAAAACACUAGAUUUAAAUUUUUUUUUUUUUUUUUAUGUACUUCAUAAGCACCUUGCUGCCAUUGCAUACAUUAAUAAAAACACUCAAACACUUUUUUAAAUGUAUUUAUUUUGUUUUUAUUUUAACAUUUAAAUAUUUUUUUACUAUAAGGCAAAUUAAUUCUGCAUUAAUUUCCAGGGGGGAAGCAGAGUGAACAAGAAGAGAAGGAAAAACAGAAGAUGCUGAAGCUGAUAAAGAAACAGUUAAAUCAACUUUUAUCUCAACCGAUCUUUAAGAAUGUUAUGAAAACAAAAUAUCCCACACAGAGUGGGAAACUCUAUCUCCCAGCUCUCCAUCCAAAGUCGGAGAGUGCCCUCCAAACUAUCUCCAAACAGAAUGUAAAGAAGUAUCCCAAAAAGAGGAAAGCCAGUUCUCUUUUAUGACUGUAAAGAAUUCCAGAUAUGAACUAAUAAAGUUCUGAUUUGUUAUAUUGUGCAUUUAUAGUUUCCCCUGACAUGGCAUGAAGCCAGACUGUAUUUCUGGAGUAAUUAGAGCAGGCCAAAAGUUAAAAGCAACUAUCCCUGAAACUAGUUCUGUAAAGGCUGAACAUAUUAACAAUUCUGUGAGUUAAAACUUUUUGUUUCCUGGGUACUCCUUAAGAGUACUUUAUACUCAAAUGCCAUUUGGUCCUCACUAAUCAUCUCAUAUUUAAAUAAAUGCUUUCUUUUUAUUACUUAGGAAAGAAUCAGUGUAGCAGCCACCUCCAUAUAGUGCAUCCUUCCAAUGGUGUAUUUUGGAUUUGUGCUGCCCUAGGCAUGACUAAACUCUGGAACCCACCUAACCCAAAUUUGCUACACCUCUUCCUAUUGAAGACCAACACACACUUUUUUUAACUGGCAGACACACAACCUCACGAAUACAUACACUGGCAUACACUCUGACAGAUACACACACGACAUAUACUCACUCACAGACACACCAUCACGGACAGUCACACAUUCAUAGACACACAUUUGCUUGUACACUCACUAAUUAUUAUUUUGUUUUUAAGUUUAAGUCCACCCAGCCUUCCUACCUUUGGGAGAGCUGGUGUGGAUCCUGUCCCUGGGCUCCUGUUGCUGAUGGUGUCCUGAAGGCUACUGUGUGUGCUGGGGAGCUGCUGUGGGCUCCUGGUGUCGUGGUCAAUGGUAAGCAGCGAGGGAGCUGUAAAUUUGCCAGAGUGAUGUCCUGUUCAGGCUCCAGGCAUCACAGGAGGGUGCAUGCCAGGUUAGAGCAGAACGCCCCCAUGACAAGAGGCUAGCAAGGCAUCUGCCAGGGUGAUGGGGGCUGCAUUUUUUCUGCAACCCCCUGGAUGGUGUAGCCUAAGGCAAAUGCCUUGUUAGCCUCGUGAUAAAUACAGCCCUGCAUCCUUCACUGCGGUUAAUUCACCAGCUUUCAAUAUAAUAAAUAUGAAAAUGUCAUAUCACUAAACUAUUCCAAGUAAAAUUAUUUUAAAGUGUUGAGAAGAUACAAAACUUGGUAACCUGGAAUUCAAGCUAUAGGUUGUUCAACCAUAAUUUACCUUAUCAUAGCAUACCAUUUGUAAAAGUAGACAACCCAAAAUGUUGUAUAUCCAGCGUUUUAAGAAGCCACUUAGUCGCAAAACUUGUCAACUGCCUUUUCACCAGAGAUAUAAUCAGCAUUAUACAUUUUACUGCUCUCUCAAGAGUACAAUGGUACACCCCAUGUAUAGGGUUAUGGGGUUUUGGAAAGUUACAGGGUCAAUUAUAGGGCUUGUCCAUUUACGUUUUUAGACGUUCAAAUUUAUCUGAUAGGUUUGCUGGGUUUAAUAACAUUCCACUUUUAUGGUAUACCAUUUUCAAAAGGAGGCAACUGAGAGCAUUCCAAAGGGCGUAUUUUCAGAUGCUUGGUGUAGCCAUUUUAACAGAAAUGCAGGGCCCUCGUAGCGGUUAUACUUUUUUUUUUUUUUUUUUUUUUUACUUUUUCACACACAUGAACUCCAUUUUCACAGGACAUUUCAUAUUCCUGAUAUAACUUAGUGCAAUACAGCCUAAGUAUUUUGAUUUAACAUUGUCUCACAAAUAAAACUUACUUUAAAAAAAAAAAUUAAUUGUUAGUUAAAAAAUUCCUAUUUAAAGUUGUAAAUGGCAGCCAGGGGAAUAACAUUUCCACUAUUAUGGCAUACCAUUUUCAAAAGUAGGCAACCCAGAGUAUUCCAAAUGGUGUAUGUGACUGGACCGCUGCCCCUCCGUGAAUUGUCUUUAUAGGAUUGCCUGUAUUCCCCCAUGUAAUUGUGAAUAUUUGUAUGUUUUACCUUCUCCCCGCUUGGGAGAGAUCAUACAAAUGGAUUCCGUUAGUCUCCCGAACGGGGAUCACCUCAAUACCCCAUUUAGAAUGUUUAUUUAGAACAUUCGCACCUCACUAACGAGGUGUCAAAACCACAAACUGCAAGGGAAGUCUCGGCACGUGGCGGCACGUUCUUUAGACAAACACCACCUAGGGGAGAGCAUUUGAACCGAACAAGGACCCCCCAGUGCCCCUUGGAGUGUUCACACCAAUUAAAACGUUGGCAACUUGCAACAUAAGUGUGAAACCGCAAGGGGAGUAAUUGAGUGCUUCCCUGGGCGGUUGCCGUUCGUAUAGACAAAAGGCGGCCGGGGGGAGCAUUCGUCUACCGAAAGGAGAUCCUUCCCUUGCCUGGUUUCACCGGUUACAGUUCUGGGGAUCCCUGAGAUUGGUGGGGACAAUGGCUGUUUGGCUUUCUGUGGCUGGUAGUUAGAGGCGGGAAACUUUCCCGUGCUGGGACUCCCAUGUACAGAGGCUCAAGGGAUAAAGAUCCCCUGGUCCCCGUAGGUGGGAAACUAUGAGGAUGGGUGGCGAGAACUGGGGACAAAGGGACUGGAGUUCCUGUCACACACACAGGACCCUGGGAGGGGGGCAUGGAGUGGCAGGAACAUGGGACAAAGGGAUUGGGGUUCCGGUUCCGCUAUGCAGCCCCUGUAAGGAGACAUUGUCGUUUUUUAUGAUCCACCUCAUGCAUGGGGAAAGUAUAAAGCUGAGUUUGGCGAAUAGAAUUGUUGUUGUACCCCUGGAACUGUGUUGUCCAGUUACUGGGGGAAGAUGGGACUCUUCCUUCUGUAUUAGCUGAGGUAACCAGUUGGGUUACCCUUGGCCCGCUACAACUGGUGGCAAGCAGCGGGAUCCCACGUCCCUGCCAGCAGACCUAUGGACUAUUCUUCUCUAAAAGGCACACACUACAAGACUUGUUAGAAGCAAAAGGAAAAACGUCAGGCAACCGUAAAAAAGCGGACUUGAUUGCAGAGCUGAGAAAGAAAACUGUGUAUAAAAGGCGCUUGUAAAUUAUAAAGUAUAGUGUAAAAGAAUGCUACAACACUCUCGUGGGGGUCCCUCACACCCACCUCAAAUUGAAAAAACUGCAGAAAAGGUAGAAAAGCCACAGGCCGUUCACCUAUAUGAGUGGAGCAUAUAGUGAUAAUAACGGACACCUACCCAAUAACAAGGGGCAUCUGGUCCUAACGUUGUAAUGAAAUCGCUUCCAAUUCAGCAUAUAUACAAAGAAAGAAACACAUACAGAAGAAAUAAUAGUCUUAAUCUGUAUAACAAUAUAUUAUAUUGCAGUGGUGAUGAGAAGUGCCAACUCACAUAUCCCAGAGCCCAAAUAAGGAUAGGAUCACUUGCGCCUUAGUACCGUCUGGUGGUACUGUCCCCUCUUCUUUUGGACCCGUAGACAAAAUCCCUCAAAAGUGGAAUAGCAGAGAGAAACGUAAUAUAGUGCAGUAACUUUGAAAAAAGGUGAACAUAUAUAUUGUAAAAAAUAAAUGCUCACCUUUUGUGGAGCCUCUAUAUUUGGCUCUAUAUAAUCAGCAUAAGUGUCAGGAUAAGGGAGACACAAACCCUUCUUUGAGCAGCUUCAAAUAGAGGUCAAAAGGAACUUGAAUAAAAAUAAAUUUUAUUUUGCCAACAGGCAAGAAAGUAUAAUGCUUAAAAUUCAAAUUAAAAAAUGUCCUCCUUCUCCGAGACGCGUUUCGCCCUGCUCGAGGGCUUUUUCAAUCGGAUAUUCACUGCUCUUGUUUCCAUCCCGGUUUAAAUAUCCCGGUCUAUCUUCUCAUUGGUGGGCUUUUCCGGUGAUUAACCAAUCCCCUUCUCCUAGGGGAGUGUAUUGUGGCUUACUUUUUUCCUUCUAUUUUUUCCUUGAUUUCAGAGCUAAUGGUGGACGACCAGUUAAGGGACGAGACUGCUGCACCGAAGGCAAGGGAUGACGAAGAAGCCUUCAACAAGGCAAUCAAGCAGCGGUUGGCUCUAUUCCAAGAGCUUCCAUUGGCAGAGCUUCUGACAAAACUCAUAGCUGAGACUCAAGCUUUCAUCUUGGCUCAGAAGCAAGGGGCGACCCCCAAUCAACAUGAGGACCAGAGAAGAGAGGGGCCGGCCACUCCUACACAUAAAGUGGUGGAGGCGGCCUGCCCUGAACUGGGUGGACUCACAGUAAGCGAAGUCCCCCGAGGAGGUGUUUCAGCUGUUCCUGCUGGAGCACUUUUAUAACAGACUCUCCAAUGAAGCACAGGAAUGGGUGAGGGAUAGACAGCCCAAGAACCUCGCUGAAGCCGCCAAAAGGGCAGAUGAGUAUGCUGACACCCGGUGGCCCCAACGCCCGACUGCUCCUGUGACCUACAGGCUCCACUUGCGUCCCCCACAGCCCUGACCCCCCCCUCCCUCCCAAGAAGCCCAAGGGUACCCCCAUAGACUGGCCCCAGAUUAGUUACAUAGCUGAAAAGAGACUUGCGUCCAUCAAGUUCAGCCUACCUCACAUUUGUUUUUUGCUGUUGAUCCAAAAGAAGGCAAAAAAAAACCAGUUUGAAGCACAAUUUUGCAACAAGCUAGGAAAAAAAUUCCUUCUUAACCCCAGAAUGGCAGUCAGAUUUAUCCUUGGAUCAAGCAGUUAUUACUGCUCUUAUAUCCUUGAAUAUUCUGUUUUUGCAAGUAUGCAUCUAGUAGCUGUUUGAACGUCUGUAUGGACUCUGAUAAAACCACUUCUUCAGGCAGAGAAUUCCACAUCCUGAUUGUUCUUACAGUAAAAAAACCUUUCCUUUGCCUUAGACGAAAUCUUCUUUCUUCCAGUCUAAACGCGUGGCCUCGUGUCCUAUGUAAAGUCCGAUUUGUGAAUAGAUUUCCACACAAUGGUUUGUAUUGGCCCCUAAUAUAUUUGUAUAAUGUUAUCAUAUCCCCUCUCAGGCGACGUUUUUCUAAACUAAAUAGGUUUAAAUUUGUUAACCUUUCUUCAUAGCCGAUAUGUUCCAUUCCUUUUAUUAAUUUUGUAGCCCACCUCUGCACCUUUUCUAGUGCCAUAAUAUCCUUCUUUAGAACAGGUGCCCAAAAUUGCACAGCAUAUUCAAUAUGGGGUCUUACCAGUGAUUUAUAAAGAGGCAAAAUUAUAUUCUUGUCCCGAGAAUGAAUGCCCUUUUUUCAUGCAUGACAAUACCUUACUGGCCUUGGCCACUGCUGAUUGACAUUGCACAUUGUUGCAUAGUUUGUUGUCUAUAACAAUUCCCAAGUCCUUUUCGUGUGUUGUUAUCCCUAAUUCGCUUCCAUUAAGGGUAUACGUUGCUUGUGUAUUCUUUACGCGAAGUGCAUAACUUUGCAUUUUUCAAAAUUAAAUUUAAUUUGCCAUUUUAGUGCCCAGUCUAUCUAAAUCCCUCUGCAGCAAAGUAAUUUCUUGUUCACAUUGUAUUAUUUUACAAAGUUUUGUGUCAUCUGCAAACACUGAAACAUGACUUUCAAUGCUGUCUUCAAGAUCAUUUAUAAACAUGUUAAACAGAAGGGGUCCCAGAACAGACCCCUGAGGGACACCACUUGCCACCUCUGUCCAGCUUGAAAAUUUACCAUUAAUGACAACUUUGUACUGUUUUUAAGCCAAUGUUCUACCCAAAUGUUUCUACCCAAAUGAGGCCAUCAAAAAAGGACUGCCCUCAGAUCCGACCCCAGUGGGUUCACCCUGUGGUCGCUCAGCCCCCACUACUACCAAGCGGUGAACCCCCCUGACAGCGCCUGGAUUCCCCUGCACUCAGCUAGUCCCUACCAAGCUGCCCACGACAACCGUACCCAUCAUCCGCAGCCAGUCCGGCUGAAUGGGCAAACCGUCCAGGGGCUAAGGGACUCUGGGGCCACUGGGACCCUGGCGCAAAGUCAGUUAGAUCUACCACCUACCCACAGUAUAUGUUUGUCUGGAUCUGGGGCACCGGCGAUCAGAGCGUGGAAGUCGGGCUCAUGGAGAAACUCCCAGUGGAUGUGCUGCUCGGCAAUGACUUGGGCUACCUCAUCUCUACCUAUGUGCCCGUGACAAACACAGAGGAGAGCCACCCUGUGACCACCAGGCAACAAGCCUGCACCACCCAAGACGACUCUCACUCUGCGGCUCAGGAAGGUACCCAUACCAGCUACCUUGUCCCAGAGGCCCGGGACCCUACCCCUGCCCUGGGAUACCCCUGAGGUGGAUGGAAGGAGGUGGCAUCCGACCCUAUGCUCCAAACAUAUAGGGACAGGGCGGCCACGGUGGUGGUAGGCCUCCUCUGGGAGGAGGGUUUGUUAUACCGCCUAGUAGAGAAAAAAGAACCAGCUUCAGCGCCUACUACCACCAAGCAGUUGGUGGCACCCAAUAAAUAAUGGCAUGAGCUGCUGAGAAAAUUCCUUGGGCAGGGAAUUUGGGAAUGGGUUGUACAGCAUUUCGGCUCACCCAAAGCCUUUUCUGGUCAGGCAUCUCCAAGGAUCUGAGGCAGUACUGCCAGACCUGCGAUGUCUGCCAGAGAGUAAGGAAGAGGGGCAACCGACACAAGGCCCCCGCUCCUCCCCUACCCAUUAUUGACGAUCCAUUCGACAGAGUAGCUGUCGAUAUCAUAGAUCCCCUAGCCAAACCUAGUCCCACGGGGAAGUAGAUUCUGACCAUUGUGUACUACGUGACUCUGUAAGCCGAGGCAGUUCGGGCAGAGAUUGUGGCAGAAGCCCUGAAGCGAGUGUUCUCCCGAAUGAGUUUUCCUCGGAAGAUCAUCUCGGAUCGGGGUACCCAGUUACUGCCGAAAUGACCCAACAGCUAUGAAAGUUAUGCGGCAUUAAACAGAUUCUGAGUUCCCCUUACCACCCCCAGACUAAUGGCCUGUGCAAGCGCUUCAAUGGGACAUUGGAGCAAUGCUCCGUACGUUUGCAGCGACUCGCAAGGACUCUGAGAGAUUCCUGCUGCACCUCCUGUUAGCUUACCGGGAAGUGCCCCAGGAAUCUAAUGACUUUUCCCUGUUCGAGCUAAUAUUUGGGCGGAAAGUAAGGGGAGUGGUGGGAGGGGGCAGGAAAACCAGAAGGAACCCCACCCCCAUUGUCCCGUAUAUGCUGGAGUUUCGUGACCGGUUGGCGAAAAUUACACACCUGGUGUGGGAGAACCUCCAGGCGACCCAGAAGCGCAGGCGCACUUGGUAUGAUCGGGGCGCCAGGAGCCGUAGCUUUCAAGUCGGUCAGAAGGUUUUGGUGUUGAAACCCGUCCGACAUGACAGACUGCAGGAGGCCUGGCAGGGUCUAUGCCGGGUAAUGGAGCAGAAAUGUGACACUUCCUAUGUGAUCGGUCCGUGCUCGGGUAUUGGAGUCCGACGCCUGUUGCAUGUCAACAUGCUGAAGCCUUACCAUGAAUGGACAGAGGAUGUGGCUGCUAUAUUAACAAAGGAAAGGCCAGAGAAACCUAUUUUGAUAACAGAAAACUUUCCAUUGGGUUGGGGAAGGAUGAGAAGCCUAGAAAGAGUAAGGAUAGAUUCCCAGUAGGUCUUUCACGUGUUUUGCUAAAUGUUUAACCCAUAAAAGGCAUGAGAAACCAGAUUUGAUAGCAGAAAACUGCCCUUCAGAUAGGGUUACCCACUGUUAAUGGAUGGAGAGGGUGUGAAACCUGGAAACAGCGAUUAUAAAGUAGUCGGCAAUGGAUUAAUGCCCAAGAGUUAUUGCAAGUGCCUAGCUAAAUGUUUAAUCCAUGAAAGGCCAGAGACACUUGUUCUAAUAGCAGAAAACUGCCCAUAAGAUAGGGUUACCUGGGGGGCGGAGCCUGACCACCUAGCUUUGAAUACGUGGGUGACAUGAACUCCUGCUUGGCGGGCAGAACUUGGCGUACAAUCGGGGGCUACAUAGCCCAAGGACUUACCAGGGUGCACCAGCCACGUUACAAUACAAGAUUCCAUAUUAUCGCAACAUAGGAGUAGGUCAUCGAUAUACUGCAAUAAAAUUGUUAUUUGGCCUUUUCCACUCUUCAAGAAUCUGGGCCAUAGCCAUGCUGUACAUAGUGGGUGAGUUUUGUGCGCCCUGUGGCAAUACUGUCCAAGUGUGCUGCUUGUGUUUAUGUGUAAAUGCAAAUAAAAACGGACUGUCAGGAGCCACGGGGACACUGAAAAACGCAUUUGCCAAGUCAAUAACAGUAAAUACCUUAGAGGAAGGUGGUACUUGUGCCAACAAGGUGUGUGGGUUGGGAACAUUAGGGGCAAUGAGUUCAGUUACAGCAUUAAUUGCCUUCAAAUCAUGUACCAUACGGUAGACCACAGGUUUCCCUUUCUCUUGCUUUUUCUUAAUUGGGUACAAUGGUGUGUUAUAAGGGGAGGUGGUCUGCACUACUACCCCUGCCUGCAGAAACUCUUGCACAGAUUGCGAAAUAGCAUCUUCCUGUGCUGGGCUUAGGGGGUAUUGUUUUUGAUAGGGAGGUUUGGCUCCAGGCAGGAGAUUCACUUUGACUGGGGGCACAGAGAGUCUGCCUGUAUCUGUCUUCCCUGUAGCCCAUAAGGAAUCAGGGACUGAGGACAAGUCAAUGGUAGGUUCUGGCACAUGGCUGGGCAUAGUGAGAGUUGCCAGAACAUUUGAAAGAGAUAUCAUUUGUUUGUCCUCUAAAGGCACAGACAAUGUUACUUUUCCAGUGGGGUUAUACUGGAUAUUUGCACUAAGAGCAGACAGUAUAUCACUGCCCAGUAGAUUAGCAGGGGCAUGAGGGCUGACAAGUAGCCUUGUUACAAGGGCAGUAGAGUCGUGUAGCUUAAAUUUUAGCUUGUGGGUAAGGGGAAUGUCAUUUUCGAUACCAUCUACCCCUACACAUGAUAAUACAUCAUUAGAUUUCUCAUACGGGAACACAAAUUUUUCCUGUAACAUUGAUUUAGCAGUGCCAGUGUCCAACAGGAAAGGGACUAUUCGGUCCCCAGGCAGUGUAACAUUGAUAAUGGGUGAGGGUCCUGCCGAGUCAGGGAUAUUUAUGAUAUGUAGGGACACUGGUUUGCCAAUUUCCUAUUGGGGGGGGGGAGGUGGUGGUGGUAGUUGGCUGUCAUGGGAGUUAUCAUUAGAAUCUUGGGGUUUUCUAUUUUUAGGAGGACACUUGCAGUUACAUUUAAUGUGUUCUUUCCUGCCACAAUUCCAGCAGUCUACCUGCCUUCUGUCCCCACCAGCUCUAGGGACAGUUACAGCCAUAAGAGGUGUGCUCCUCUUUCUAGUAUUUAGAUUAGCUUCCACUCCCCUAGCCACCUUCACCAGAUCACCAUAGGUUAAACUUCUCCACUCAGGUCUAGCAUUAUGGAGACCAGUCCUUAUGGGUAUGUGGAUACCGUCCAUGAAGCAGUUAAUAAGCAGUCUGGUGGAAGUGGUUACUGUCAUGAACGCACCCUACUCCAAGAGUGUGCGUGACGUAGUUGUGGUGGUGAAAGGGUUAAAGUACACUAUUUGUCUGCACUAGACCGGAAAUAAUGACAAAAUACCCCUUUAACACCACCCACACUUAAACAUAAUAAUAUAACUAUUACUACUUUAACGCUGCCACCACCAAGACAAUUUAUAAAUGGGGUGCCUUGGUCCCCCCGGUAAAUCAAUAAUAAAACCCACCAAAUAUUACUUAGUACAAUAUUUAAGGAAUUAUAAAAAUACUAACUAGUCUCUUCAGGUAACGUGAUUCUUAACCAGACAAAGGCAAAACUUAAUAAAUGAAUGUUUAUUAUGAGCAAAAGAUAGUCACAGUGCAUAUAAAAAUAUAUGAUAAAUUAUUUACACCAACAACAGAUAAAAACAAAAAGGAUAAAAUACAGAAGUCCUAAUUUUCAAAGUACAACUUCUGUCCAGUGGGUCUCUGGCAAGGAAAGAUGGUGACUCACCCAAAAUUAGAUUUUGGCCCCAAGCAAGUACACCAACACCCUUCAGGAUCAUUAGAUAUAUACCCUGUGGUUUAUCAAGUCUUGCCCAGGGGUGGAGUUAAGGCGUACCUACAGAAAUAAUAACUGACCACCUCCUUUGUUCCAGACCACUGUCAAUCCAAAUGGAAACAUUUGACUCUAUCUUCUUUUUUGUACCUGCCACAGAAAUAAUAAUUGCAUCUACAAAUUUGUUAUUAUUUUCCCAUUCCAUAGACAUGUUGCACGUCCCACCCACGAUCCAAUAGGACGGACAUCACAAUUCCUUUCCCUAGGGUCAAGUUAGGCCACUCAUGUUUGGACUUGGUUAGAAGAUGGCGCUUGUCACAUUCCAAAUAUAACAAAAAUGAGGCUUAAUUAUUAUUCUGUGGGGUAAAUAUGAAUGUUUUUGUCCUUCCUUUGGAUAUGAUACUAGAACAAAGCUAAUGGCAUUUACAUAUCAAAGAGAUUUACUCAUCACUUACAAGGUACAGGCCAAAUGGAUGAAGAGACAUUCAGACUUUUUCCAAGUGUAGAACCUCACACCUUGCAGACUUCACAUCCAUACAGUAAAAUCCUUUUCACGUUCCUAUGCCAUUCACACUACCCCUUCUGUCAUCUGCCCUCUGUGGGGGUCCCAGCUUCAAAAGAUGUAACCCCUGUUGACCUCAGCAAUAGCAUCUCUGUAAUUUGUGCCAUUUACUACAAGAAAUCACAUUAAAAGAUGAUAUUCCAUAGUGUCAUAAUAAAUUAUACACCCUUGCCGUGACAGUUACAACAUGUCAGGUAUACUCUAGCAUUCAUGCUGCCGCCGGAACCCACUUCCGGGUUCACGGCGCUUAGCCCUGCCACUUUUUCUGACGCGGUCCUUCCACGAUACUUAGGAAGACCGCGCCAGAUUCAAAGGGCUGGAUUAUUCACUCAGGUGCUGAAUUGAGAUCAGCUGCUCUACUUGAUGCUACCGUCUCCAAUUCUCGACCUCGGCUUGUAAACGGAUUUCUACCUUCUCCACUUCUCGACCUCGGUUUGUAAAACGGAAUUCUACCUUCUCCUCUCCCAGACCUCAGCUUGUAAAAAUGGACUUCCUCACUCUCCACUCCUAAUUUUCAGCUUGUUAAUAGAGACUCCUAAUUUCUCCUCCAUUGGGUGAAUUAACCCUUCCAGUGCCAGAACUGCCUCUAAGUUUAGUAAAUCUUUUGCCAAGGAAACCAAUUCAUAUUAAUUAAUUUAUACAGUAUUUAAAUGUCGCUAAACUCUCUCUUGUCAAUAAGGGUUGCUACUAAGGCUAAUUCUUCCUGCAAAUGUCAAUUUAUUCAAACUGCAAGCCUGUCCAGCUUCAUUAAUAAAUUUCUCAUAAAUUAUUCCAUCUUAAUCAAGUUGGAACUAGCAUUGCAUUUUUCCCUGCAUGUGUAUUUAAAGAUACAGUCACCAUUGUUUCACUUCAAUAUAAAAGGAGGUGAAACUUAUUGUUAAGGGGGCCUUUUCAACAUCUGCCAGAUGCUGUAUUAUUGCCAGUUCUUCACUGGGUGUCCAGGGCUUAUAUUCUUCCCAGUAUUGGAUACCUGAGCUCGGCUGUCUGUGCUCAUGGUAUACACUCUCAACUUUGGGUAUCAUGGUAGUAGAAAAUUGUGGAGCUAAUGACCUCACUGGGGUGUCUGUGGAGGCAACUAGGGGUUCCUUUAAGUCUUUUGGUAUUCAAAAUAAGCCUCUACCGUUUUAUUCAUCAGCUGGGUUUUAUACAUUAAAAAGUAAGUUCUUACGUGCAAAUACUCUUAGAACAGUAAUAGGAAGAGAGUACAGAUAAGACAUAGGGAUGAGCGUCAUGUACACAUAAAUAAGUUUCAAGGUAAGAGAGAACAAAAUGAUUAGAGCAGAGACAUCUUAAGUGGGGGCUCUCUGCUCCCGGAACUUAGACAUAUAGGGUCUUAAGUGUUGUUUAAGCAUUUCCUGAGUCCAAGUUAGCCAAUUUUAAUAUAGGAUAUCAUUAUAUGACACCUAUAAGCUUGAGCCUUGGAAUCAAGAUAAAUUCUAUCACAGGGGUGCACUCCUGAAUCGAGUGAUACCUCUCUGAAGCCCGUCGUGACCGGGGGAGCAAGACACCAGAUGCGGCUUACUGGAGUUGGAGCCAACGAGAGGCAGCCGCUCUCUGACACCGGACCCCCCCAGCGAAUUUGCUGGUCUUGUCCGUCCGUCCCCCCCCCCCUUUUGCACCAGUGGGGGUUAUCCCGGUCCCCACUGGAUAAGCGGAUCAAGACUGCUGACGGGCUCUCCAAAUACAACGCCUACAGAGGUAACGACACAUUCAAGAUGGCCACUCAGCAAGGGCCAAAGAUAAAGAGCACAGGCACCCAGCCACCCACUCAUCCCCUGGACGCUUUCGACCGGCUCUGCAUGAGCCUCUGGACAACUCUCUGUUACCAUGGAGUGUCCUAUCGCCGAGCGGCUAGAGUGAUAGCUUCAUGGAUCCGCCCUGCAACCCGUCGACACCAUUACAGGUACCCAAUUCAAGCCUCCAAAGCGGCCAUCCGGCCAUGCAGGCACCAAAAACCGUCAUGGCAGGAAACAGUUCCAUACUAGUCGGGCGCACGCAGUCGCUCCCACACACACAGGAGCUGGACCACCAAGCAACCCCUACAUACACGCAACUCACCUGAUCAAAGAAUCUCGUAACAGCGAGACACAACUCUACACUCCAAGGUUAUAGCUGAUUACCGCGUUGCUGUACAGGAGAAAGCUCUACAGAAAAAUGCCAGAGAUGGAUCCAUGCCCAGGGGCUCCAUCGGAGGGGCCUACAGCGACAGAACUCGAGACAUUCCUGUACGGGGCACAGGCUGAAGCGCCCAUCAUUCUGCUCCACAGCUGACAUGCCUUACUUUGAACCGUAUGAACAAGUUUUCGGCUGACGCUAUGUAUUCCCAGUUUACCACGAUGCCUUGUUCGUAAAUAUCCUAAAGGGUUUUCUCUACUAUUUAGCCUGGAAUAACUGUAGACAUCAUAGCUUAUCACUCAGUUCCCGCAUAAACUGGCCCGGGAGUGGCAUAGGCUAAAGGCAAAUAGGCAGAAUGCAUGGUUAUCUCUGCAACUAACUUUAGGCACUGCAGCAGUUCCUUUAUUCUAAUUUAAUUGGUCCUUUAUUUUAAUAUGAUUAAUCUUACUUUUUACAACAUGUGUUCCCAGUGGUCUUAUACCUUGAUAAAUAAAGAGGGAGCAUAAUCACUCUUAUGUCUAGAUACUUCUGCGUUGAUAUUAGACACUAAAAGCAAGGUCUAGAUAUGUUCGCUUAGCUUGUAAACUGCAUAGGUCACAGAAUUAGCCAGUUACUAUACGCUGAGACAUACAGGCUUUUCAUGUAACUAUGUCUUACCUCAAUAAUAUAAAAUGUACACUGUUCCUCAUGCCACACAACUGUUAAACUGUCCAAUGAUACGUAUGCACCUGCUGUUGUGGCAGUGCAUCCCUGCUUGUCUAAUCUAUGUACGAAUAAAAAAAGAAUAUAAAAAAAAAAAAGAUAGGGUUACCCAUGUACUGUAAAUGGAGAGGUUGAGAACCCAGAAAAUGGUGAGGAUGGAGCAGUUGGGAAGGGAUUUAUACACAGUAUACACCUGACUAACCGUACAGACUAACGGUGGCUUUAUGUAAUGUAUAGGCACAGUAGAAUUCAAACAUUAUGGUUGAUGCAUUGAUGUACAGCACUGUACUCACUGUAUUAAUACUGGAUUAAUGUUCAGCACUGUACUCAGUGUAUUAAUGCUGCUGGUCUACAGCACUGUACUCAUUGUAUUAAUACUGGUGGUGUACAGAUAUUCUGGAGAGUUUUACAGAAGCUUCAACUGUCUAAGAGUUGUGCUAAGAGCUUUCUUUUCUACUGUUACAGGUAAGAUUCAUCUGUAGGAAAAGGUUACUGAUUGCACAAGGUUUGAGAGAGGCACUGAGGCUAGUGGUGUUGUGGAGAGAGGCACUGAGGCUAGUGGUGUUGUGGAGAGAGGCACUGAGACUAGUGGUGUUGUGGAGACCGGCUUGGAGACUAUGGUGAGGCCUAAUAGAAAGCAGUUGUUGUUGGGUGAUUCCAUUAUAAGAGGUGUGGAGAUGGACAAUGGGGGUCUUGUGAGGUGUCUUCCCGGAGCUACUGCUCACAGAGACAGGAGACGUAUCUGUAAUAUUGUUAAGCAAGCAAAGCAGGAAGGGGAAUUGGAUGUACUUGUCCAUGUAGUGUAAUAUUUAUUUUGUAAUAUUUCUUUAAUUGGAACUCAACUGCAGCAUUUCCUGGUUGCAACAACAAAAAGUUUCACCUCCUUUUAUAUUGGUAUGAAACAAUGGUCACUGUACCUUUAAAUACCCAUGAAGGUAAAAUUAGGCUUUGUAGCAAUCCCUUAUGAAUAAGAGGAAUAAUUAGACAAAGUGACACUUUAGUGAGUUUUAGAUAUUGUGUAAUAAAAAUAAUAGGAAUUGACUUGGUUGGUAAAAGUAAUACUUAACUUAAAGGCAGUUCUGGCACUGGAAGGGUUAAUUCACCCAAUGAAGGAGAAAUUAGAAGUCCGUUUCAACAAGCUGAGAACUAGGAGUGGAGAGUGGGAAGUCCGUUUUAACAAGCCGAGGUCUGGGAGUGGAGAAGGUAGAAUUCAGAGUUACAAGCCGAGGUCUAGGAGUGGAGAAGGUAGAAAUCCGUUUACAAGCCGAGGUCGAGAAGUGGAGAAGGUAGAAAUCCGUUUACUAGCCGAGGUAUAGAAGUGGAGCAGGUAGGAUCAAAAGUAGAGCAGCUGAUCUUCAUGCAGCACCUGUGCGAAUAAUCCAGCCCUUUGAAUCUGGCGCGGUCCUCCUAAGUAUCGUGGAGGGACCGCGUCAGAAAAAGGGGCGGGGCUGAGCGCCGUGAACCCGGAAGUGGGUUCCGGCGAUGAAUUACAUGCCAUGCUAUACCUGACAGUACCCCCUUCUCAUGGGGCAUCCUCUGGGUGCACUAUUUCGGUUUGGAGGGGUAGCGUUUGUGAAAGGCAGUAACUAACCUCCUAGCAUGUACAUUAGAUGAAUCUUCCCAAGUGUCUUCAUCAACUCCAUAACCUUUCCAUCUGAUAAGGUAUUGUAAGGAGCCACGGUGGACACGAGAAUCCAAAAUUUUGUGAAUUUCAUAUUCUUCUUCACCUUGGACAAUGAUAGGUUCAGGAGUUGUUACUAUUUCUCUAUAAAAAGGAUCAGGGAUGUGUGGUUUAAGUAAGGAGACAUGGAAUACUGGAUGAAGUUUAAAACUUGGAGGAAGUUUUAGUUUAACAACGUUAUCAUUAAUGAUAGUAAUUACUUGAAAGGGACCAAGAAAAAGAGAGCUCAAUUUCUUUGAAGGACGGCUUGUGGUAAUAUUCCUUGAAGAGAGCCAGACAAGAUCCCCUACCUUGUAAGGAGGGGGAAUUCUUCUAUUAUUGUCAAAAAACUUUUUCUGGUUAUUUUGGGCGAGUUGAAGAUUCUCCCGUAAUUUGAGAAAUAGAGAAGACAUAAAUUCGUUUUUUGAUGUAACAGUAGGAUUGGAUGAAGUAAUGGUUUGGAUGGGGAAUGAAGACGGAUGCAAACCAUAGUUGGAGAAGAAAGGAGUCAUUUUCGUACUAGAAUGAAUGGUAUUAUUGUAAGAAAAUUCGGCCAUAGGUAACCAUGUGGUCCAGUCAUCUUGGAGGUAUGAACAAUAACAUCGAAGAUAUUGUUCCAAACAUUGAUUAACCCUUUCUGUUUGCCCAUUAGUUUGGGGAUGAUAAGCGGAAGAGAGUUUGCGUUGAAUUUGAAGGGAGAGACACAUCUCUUUCCAGAAUUUGGAGGUAAAUUGUGUCCCCCUAUCAGAAAUAAUUUCUUCAGGAAGACCAUGAAGUUUCACAAUAUUGUCAAUAAAGACCUUAGACAAUUCUACAGAGGAGGGUAAUUUUUUUAAAGAAAUGAAAUGGGACAUUUUUGUGAAGCGAUCCACAACGACAAGAAUAGUGGUGAAAUGUUGAGAAGGUGGAAGAUCAACGAUAAAAUCCAUAGAAAUGGAUUGCCAAGGUUUUUCUGGAAUAGGUAAGUUAAGUAGUAAUCCAAAAGGUUGAUUAUGUUCUGGUUUAGACCUUUGACAGAUAGGACAUGUUUUGACAUAUAAUUCAAUGGUUCUAUCCUGGCGAGGCCACCAAUAAUAUCGUGAAGUUAGUUCAAGUGUUUUCUUUAUUCCAGGAUGUCCAGCUAGGGGGGAAUCAUGAACCAUCUUAAGUAAUUUAUUCCUAAGAAUGGGAGGAAUAUAAAUUCUAUUUUAAAAUAAAAUAUACCAUCCUUUUUUGUUAGUAUAGGUGUUUUGGGAAGUUCAAGAUCCUUCUGAUUCAAAUUCUUUAUGUCAUCAUGAAGAGAAGAGAGGAUCCCUAUUAUUUUGGUAGGAGGAUAAUCAUCAGUAGUAGUUUUAGAAGGAAUUCGAGAAAGAGCGUCAGCCUUUUUAUUUCUAUUUCCAGGUCUGUAUAUUAAUUGGAAGUUAAAUCGGUUAAAAAAUAGGUUCCAUCUAACUUGUCUAGCUGUAAGGGUUUUGUUAGUAUAGAGAUAUUCAAGAUUUUUAUGGUCAGUAUAAACUAUUAUAGGUUGUUUUGUAUCUUCCAGAAGAUGACGCCAAUUUUCGAAGGCAGCUUUAACACUUAAUAAUUCUUUUUCACCAAUAGGAUAAUUUUUUUCAGCAGAGCUCAAGGAUCUUGAAAAAAAGGCAACUGGAUGAAGUGGAUCUUGUGGAGUCUUUUGUUGAGAAAGAACUGCUCCGAUGGCUGCAUCUGAUGCAUCAACUUCAAGAACAUAUAGGAAUGUUGGAUUAGGUAGUUGUAGAAUAGGUGCAGUUGUAAAUCUUUUUUUUAAUUCGUCGAAGGCUGUUUGUGCAUCUUUAUUCCAAUUAAAAGGACGUUUACUACUGUUGAGGAGGUUAAGAGGAUGUGAUACAUCCGAAUAGUUUCUAAUAAAUUUUCUAUAGAAGUUUGCAAAUCCAAGAAAACGUUGUAAUUCUUUUGUAGUAGUAGGAGCAGGCCAAUCAAUAAUACAUUUGAUUUUGGAAUUAUCCAUCUUCAAAGAAUGAGGUGAAAUAAUGUAUCCUAGAAAAGAGAAUUCAGUAACCUCAAAAAGGCAUUUUUCUGGUUUAGCGUAUAAUUUAUGAGUUCUCAGUCUAGAUAGAACCCAUCUAACAUGCUUCCUAUGUUCAUCCAAAUUGUUAGAAUAUAUUAAGAUAUCAUCUAAGUAGAUAAUAACACAUACAUCCAGAAGAUCUCUAAAGAUAUCAUUUAUAAAAUGUUGAAAUGUUGCAGGGGCAUUACAGAGCCCGAAAGGCAUCACUAGAUAUUCGUAGAGACCAUAUCUUGUCCGGAAGGCGGUUUUCCAUUCAUCAUCCUGUUUUAUUCUAAUGAGGUUAUAUGCGCCUCGAAGGUCGAGUUUAGUGAAUAUAGUUGCAGUUCUUAACCUUUCAAUUAAUUCAUUUAUUAGUGGAAGAGGAUAACGAUUUUUAAUAGUUAUUUUAUUUAAGGCUCUGUAAUCUAUAAUAGGACGGAUGGUUUGGUCUUUAUUCUUCACAAAGAAAAUACUAGAAGCAGCAGGAGAGGUCGAGGGUCUGAUGAACCCUUUGCGUAAAUUUUCAUUAAGAUAUUCUUUUAAAAUUUCUAACUCCUUUUCAGAGAGUGGAUAAAUAUGACCAUAAGGAAUAGGAGCUCCGGGUAUGAGAUCUAUUGGGCAAUCAUAUAGCCGAUGAGGAGGAAGUGUUUCCGCUUCUUUUUUACAAAAGACAUCUGCAAAAUCGGAGUAGAAUGGAGGUAUAACUGGUUCUACAGUAGUUUGGAGAAUAGGAAUGUGUUGUAAGCACGUUUUUUUACAGAAAUCAGAAGCAAAGGAGAUGGAGAAGGGAGACCACUUAAUUAAAGGAUCAUGGUUUUUUAACCAAUUAAUUCCUAGAAUGACGGGAUAAAGUGGAGAUUUGAUAAUAUCAAAUGUAAUGAAUUCGAAAUGUACGUUGUUGGUAAUCAUUCUUAGAGGGAUUGUUUCAUCUUUGAUGGGUCCUGAGGAUAUAAAUGAACCGUCAAUAACUCUGAUUGGAAUAAAGUUGGUUUUUUGAACACAAGGAAUUUUAUUUUUUGAAACAAAAGAAAAAUCAAGAAAAGUUCCAUUAGCACCAGAAUCAAUGAUGGCCUCAGUCACGAUUCUUUUUGUAUCCCACUGUAAUAUGAGAGAUAUAGAAAAAUAAGUAGAUGCUUUUCUUUUUUGAAAAACGUUCAAUAUAGAGGUAGAUGUAUGAAGCUUACCACCUUUUGAAUGUUUCAGUAGAGGACAUUCGGAAAUUAGAUGUUCGUUCGAAGCACAAUACAUACAUAAGUUUAGUUGUCUCCUUCUUAUUCUUUCUUCAGAAGUAAGAGGACUUUUUAUUAUACCUACUUCCAUAGGUUCAGUUUGUGGAGGAAUUUUUUCAGGUAGUUUUAGAGUAGUGAAAGGUUUUCUCCAGGUAGAAUUAGUAAGAACCCUUUCAGCUUUUCUUUCUCUUAGACGUCUAUCAAUACUGAUAGACAGUUGAAUCAAUGCAUUUAAGGUAGGAGGAAGUUCUGUACGAGAGAGUUCAUCUUUCACAGCUUCAGAUAAUCCGAGACGGAAUUGAUUGCGUAAAGUAAUGUCAUUCCAUUGGGUUUCUGUAGCCCAUCUUUUGAAUUCUGCAAUAUAAUCUUCAACAGGUCUACUCUUUUGGUGUAAUGUUCUGAUGGUUAAAUCAGCAGUAGUUUGUUUAAAAGGAUCUUCAUAUAAUAAAGACAUAGCUUCAAAGAAUUCAUCCAAUGAAUCUAAUAUGGGAUCAUCAUUUUCCAAAAAGGAAUGGGCCCAGGCCAUAGGUUCACCUCUUAAAAAAGAGAUCACUGAACAGACUUUGGAUCUUUCGGUGGGAUAUGAUCUAGGUUUUAAAGCUAUUAGUAGUUUGCAAGAAUUCAAAAACUCUCUGUACUUUGUUCUAUCUCCAUAAAAAAUUUCUGGAUUACAGACAGCAGGAUCACCAGCCAAUAGAAGAGCGGCAUGAGGAAGAUGACCUUGAAUGUCUCUAACAUAGGUUAAUAUUCUCUCAUUUGUAAUUUGCAGUUCCUGUAACCCUUGAGCAAUCGUAUCCACUCUAUUGGUUAGGGCAGAAACUUGAGAGUUAAUAUCUGCUGGUUCCAUUGAUUUAGGCUGGAUUAUUCUGUAAUAUUUAUUUUGUAAUAUUUCUUUAAUUGGAACUCAACUGCAGCAUUUCCUGGUUGCAACAACAAAAAGUUUCACCUCCUUUUAUAUUGGUAUGAAACAAUGGUCACUGUACCUUUAAAUACCCAUGAAGGUAAAAUUAGGCUUUGUAUCUGGGUUUGAAACAAUUCGCUUAUCUAACACACAUCUACACAUCUUCUAUGAUUGAUAUUUGCACAUGUUACGCAAUUGUUACUGUAUUUGUUACUGUAUUACAUACGCCAAUGGAUACCUGCGUGUAUCACUGUAUCCCAUUUCCUUUAUUUGCAAACCAAAUAAAAAUCAUAUUUACAAAAAAAAAAAAAAAAAUUAGGCUUUGUAGCAAUCCCUUAUGAAUAAGAGGAAUAAUUAGACAAAGUGACACUUUAGUGAGUUUUAGAUAUUGUGUAAUAAAAAUAAUAGGAAUUGACUUGGUUGGUAAAAGUAAUACUUAACUUAAAGGCAGUUCUGGCACUGGAAGGGUUAAUUCACCCAAUGAAGGAGAAAUUAGAAGUCCGUUUCAACAAGCUGAGAACUAGGAGUGGAGAGUGGGGAAGUCCGUUUUAACAAGCCGAGGUCUGGGAGUGGAGAAGGUAGAAUUCAGAGUUACAAGCCGAGGUCUAGGAGUGGAGAAGGUAGAAAUCCGUUUACAAGCCGAGGUCGAGAAGUGGAGAAGGUAGAAAUCCGUUUACUAGCCGAGGUAUAGAAGUGGAGCAGGUAGGAUCAAAAGUAGAGCAGCUGAUCUUCAUGCAGCACCUGUGCGAAUAAUCCAGCCCUUUGAAUCUGGCGCGGUCCUCCUAAGUAUCGUGGAGGGACCGCGUCAGAAAAAAGGGGCGGGGCUGAGCGCCGUGAACCCGGAAGUGGGUUCCGGCGAUGAAUUACAUGCCAUGCUAUACCUGACAUGUAGGGACAAAUGACUUGGCUUGCAAUGAGGUUUCAGAGGUUAAGGAAGUUUUUAGUGUUUUUGCCAAUGCUAUACGGCAGGUUGCUUCCACACUGUCAUUCUCUGAAGUUCUGCCUGUGCAUAACAGAACGACAGGCGGAUGCGUAUUUGGGACUUUAAUUUGUGGCUUGGUGAAUGGUGUCGGGAGCAAGGAUUUGGCUUUAUUUCUCAUGGUAACUCUGUUUGGAAUGGAAAUAAGCUGUACAAAAAAAGAUGGUUUGCAUCUUUCUCAAAAGGGAACAAAUGUUCUCAGUUAGCAGUUCAGAGGUUUUGCUAGGAUGUAUUUAAACUAGGAGGGGGGGCAAAAGGGUGAUAAAACAUCAAUCCAAUUGUCCCCCAAAACAAGGACAGAAGGUGCCUGUAGCACGUGUGUUAAAUGAUAAGCUUAGAGUCGUGUCUACAAAUGCUCACAGUUUAGGGGAAAAGAUCCAUGAAUUUGUGGCAAUAAUGGCAACUGAUAGUGUAGAUUUAGUCGCUGUUACUGAGACAUGGUAUAAUGAGAAAAAUGACUGGGACAUAGCAAUACCAAGGUACUCUUUAUAUAGAAAAGAUAGGGAAGGCAAGAAAGGGGGAGGGGUGGCCCUGUAUGUGAAGGAUAGCAUAAAAUCUAGCCUAAUAAAAGUUAGUGAGGCAAGCAUAGAGUCCGUUUGGGUUACGUUAGAAUUUGGUAAUCACACAGUAACUCGUGUAGUUGUGAUUUAUAGGCCCCCAGGACAAAUUGAAGAGUUAGAUAAUCUACUAGUUGAGGAAAUAGCUAAAAUGACAAUGAAGGGGGAAGUUAUCAUCAUGGGUGACUUUAAUCUUCCUGAUGUAAAUUGGAAAACAAAAUUGGCUACUUGUGCCAGGAGCACACAUAUUCUAAACUCCCUACUGGGAUUGUCUCUAAAACAAGUUGUUGAGGAGCCAACUCGUAAAGAGGCCAUACUAGAUUUAGUGUUAACAAAUGGAGAUUUGGUAUCAGAUAUUACUGUAGGUGAAAGUUUAGGAUCCAGUGAUCAUCAGUCAGUGUGGUUUAAUAUAAGAACAGUGACUGAGUCACACCACACAAAAACAAAAGUUUUAGACUUUAGAAAAACAGACUUUUCUAAAAUUAGAAUAUGGGUAGAGGAGUCAUUAUGAGACUGGAGCAAUUUAAAUGGAGUACAAGAGAAAUGGGAUUAUUUAAAAGUUGCACUAUUGAAGGCAACAGAAAAUUGCAUUAGGCUUGACAGUAAAAGCAAAAAAUUCAAGAAACCACUGUGGUACUCCGCAGAUGUGGCCAAAAUAGUUAAAAACAAAAAGUUAGCAUUUAGGAAUUAUAAAAAAACCCAGAGUGAGGAAGACAAAAUGAUCUAUAAGAUUAGGCAGAAAGAGGCUAAGCAAGUUAUAAGAGCUUCCAAAUCACACACAGAAGAGAAAAUAGCACAGUCAGUAAAAAAGGGGGAUAAAACAUUUUUUAGAUACAUAAAUGAGAAAAGAAAAGUAAAACAAGGAUUAGUUAGAUUAAAAACAAAAGAAGGAAGGUAUGUAGAAGAGGAUAAAGGUCUAGCUGACUGCCUCAAUGAAUAUUUUUGUUCUGUAUUUACAGAUGAAAAUGAAGGAAAGGGACCUCAGUUGAGAAAAAGGAUAAAUGAGUCAUUUAUUACACGUGAGUUUACAGAGGAAGAGGUUCUAUUUCAACUGUCAAAAGUAAAGACAAAUAAGUCAAUGGGACCUGAUGGAAUACACCCAAAGCUAUUAAAAGAGCUUAGUGGUGUACUAGCAAAACCAUUAACAGAUUUAUUUAACCAAUCAUUAACAGGAGUAGUCCCAAAAGAUUGGAAGUUAGCGAAUGUUGUGCCCAUUUACAAGAAAGGUAAUAGGGAGGAGUCGGGCAACUAUAGGCCAGUAAGCCUUACUUCAGUAGUGGGGAAAGUGAUGGAAACCAUGUUAAAGGAUAGGAUUGUUGAACAUCUAAAAACAUAUAGAUUUCAAGAUCAACAUGGGUUUACUUCAGGGAGAUCAUGCCAGACUAAUCUUAUUGAUUUUUUUGAUUGGGUAACUAAAAUUGUAGAUCAGGAUGGUGCAGUAGACAUUGCUUAGCUAGAUUUCAGUAAGGCUUUUGACACUGUUGUACAUAGAAGGCUUAUCAAUAAACUGCAAUCUUUAAGUUUGGAUUCCAAUAUUGUUGAAUGGGUAAGGCAGUGGCUGAGUGACAGGCAACAGAGGGUUGUAGUUAAUGGAAGAUAUUCGAAGCUUGGACUUGUCACCAGUGGGGUACCUCAGGGAUCUGUACUUGGACCCAUUCUCUUUAAUAUUUUUAUUAGUGAUAUUGCAGAAGGUCUUGAUGGUAAGGUAUGUCUUUUUGCUGAUGAUACUAAGAUAUGUAACAGGGUUGAUGUUCCAGGAGGGAUAAGCCAAAUGACAAAUGAUUUAGGUAAACUAGAAAAAUGGUCAGAAUUGUGGCAACUGACAUUUAAUGUGGAUAAGUGCAAGAUAAUGCAUCUUGGACGUAAAAACCCAAGGGCAGAGUACAGAAUAUUUGAUAGAGUCUAACCUCAACAAUGAGGAAAGGGAUUUAGGGGUGAUUAUUUCUGAUGACUUAAAGGUAGGCAGACAAUGUAAUAGAGCAGCAGGAAAUGCUAGCAGAAUGCUUGGUUGUAUAGGGAGAGGUAUUAGCAGUAGAAAGAGGGAAGUGCUCAUGCCAUUGUACAGAACACUGGUGAGACCUCACUUGGAGUAUUGUACACAGUACUGGAGACCGUAUCUUCAGAAGGAUAUUGAUACCUUAGAGAGGGUUCAGAGAAGGGCUACUAAACUGGUUCAUGGACUGCGGGAUAAAACUUACCAGGAAAGGUUGAAGGAUCUUAACAUCUAUAGCUUGGAGGAAAGACGAGACAGGGGGGAUAUGAUAGAAACCUUUAAAUAUAUAAAGGGAAUCAACACAGUAAAAGAGGAGACUAUAUUUAAAAGAAGAAAAACUACCACAACAAGAGGACAUAGUCUUAAAUUAGAGGGACAAAGGUUUAAAAAUAGUAUCAGGAAGUAUUACUUUACUGAGAGGGUAGUGGAUGCAUGGAAUAGCCUUCCAGCUGAAGUGGUAGAGGUUAACACAGUAAAGGAGUUUAAGCAUGCGUGGGAUAGGCAUAAGGCUAUCCUAACUAUAAGAUAAAGCUAGGGACUAAUGAAAGUAUUUAGAAAAUUGGGCAGACUAGAUGGGCCGAAUGGUUCUUAUCUGCCGUCACAUUCUAUGUUUCUAUAACCAAUUCGUUAAAGGUUUUCCUAAGUUCUUUCUCAGAUUGUGGAAUAUACUUGCUGUAAACUGCUGAUUUCCACCUACCUAACUUCUUGAUUAUAUGUACCGGCACGUUUUUGCUGGAAGCGGCAGACGCGGCGCCGAUCCUAAAUGAGUGACCUGUCAUAGCCUAAUCUAGUAGCCAGGGUCCUCACAUAGUACAUGCAUUUAGCGGUAGUGAGUGGUUUCUCAUGUAAUGUAAAUAAUGGUGUGUUGCUCUGUAAGACAGGCAAAAAUUAUCUAAUACUACCACCAGACACCAUUUAUUGUGGGUCGGAUAGUAUUGGCUCUCUAUCGGGGGCCCAUCUGAUUUGUCUUAGUUUUAGUACGUAAUGGUCUACCUGCUUGUGUAGUUCAAUUAUUCUAAGGUAAUAAGCCGUUCCGGAUUGUCUUUCUAUCGUGAAUUUGUUAGGUCUUGGAAACAUAGAAUGUGAUGGCAGAUGAGAACCAUUUGGCCCAUCGAGUCUGGACAAAGACUAUCCUCUUGUGGUAGUUUUUCUUCUUUUAAAUAUAGAACCCAUAGAAUGCUAUGUACAUGGCUGAUUUGAUUGUAUUGGUUGUAUGGGGUUUGAAUGGGCUGGUGUCUUGUAAGUCUGAUAGUCCUUGAAUUUCUGUCUAUGGGCUGUCUUCUAGCAUUAGGUGGGGCCUUCGGCUCGCUGUAUACUUUUAAGAAUAUUUUUCCGGGUGUAGGAUGACAUGAACGGUCUGUGAUUGAGGAAUAAGCUGAGCAAGUAGUGUUGUACUCCCGUCAGAUAUAAUUGUGUGUGCCAGUUUCAGGCGUAAAUGGCAGUGGGCAGUAAACGCUACAAUUGUGUUAAUGGAGAAAGUGUCAUUAAUGUGGUAAUCUGUUGUGAACCUGUUGAAAAUUGCCAUUGCUCUGUCGUAAAUUCUUCUGGUAUUGUCUGACAAGGCAGUUUUUGCCAAAGAUUGGGCAUGCUGCAUUAGUUUAUUCAGUCCAUUACAAGGUCUUGGAAAGCGGGGGUUAUCUUGGAUGUAGCAACUGCCAUGCGGUGUUGCUUGAAAAAUGCAUGCAAGUUGGAACGAGCGAGAGAGUCAGCUGCUAUAUUUUCCAAGCCAGGUAUGUGUUUACAUACCAAAUAGAAGUUAUGUAAUGCUGCCAUCCAGAUGAGUCUCCUUAUUAUUAUCAUUGAGGAAGACCUCCCUUUAUUUAUAAUUUUGCAAGCGGCUUCAUUAUCAGAAAGGCAUUUGACGGCUUUGACUUUCCAUUAGGAACCCGAAGAUUGAGCUGCUGCCACUAUGGGAUAAACUUCAAAUAGUGUUGAAGUGGUGCUGAAGGAUUGUAGUUUCAGGGGGCUAUGAGUCACGGAACCACCGAUCUUGGUAAAUGGCCGCAAACCCUGUGUGGGCUGCAGCGUCGGUCCAUAUAACUGGAGAUUCUUUAUCUAGUAGGGGGAUGAACAUAGAUUUCCAGUUCCAAGACGUAAGAAAUCUACUCCACAUUUGCAAGUGUGCUUUUUUGUGUGAGAGUCGAGGGAAACAGUGAUAAUGUCGUAAGGAGCGUCUGGUAAGAGGUAUAUGAAUGAGCAGCCCUGUGGGAUUAUGCAAAUUGCGAAGUUAAGAGAGCCAAGCAGUGAUUGCAGAUCCUUGCGGGAGCAAUUACCAUUGUGUAAAUAUCCUGUCACAUAGUUAGUUACAUAGCUGAAAAGAGACUUGCGUCCAUCAAGUUCAGCCUUCCUCACAAAUGUUGUUGCUGUUGAUCCAAAAGAAGGCAAAAAACCUGGUCUGAAGCGCUUCUAAUUUUGCCACAAACUAGGAAAAAAUUCCUUCUUGACCCCAAAAUAGCAGUCAGAUGUCUCCUUGGAUCAAGCAGCUAUUACCCCACUAAUUAGAAAUGAUAUCCCUGUAUGUUAUGUUUUUGUAAGUAUUUAUCCAAUUUCAGUUUAAACAUCUGUAUGGACUCUGACAAAACCACCUCUUCAGGCAGAGAAUUCCAUAUCCUUAUUGUUCUUACUGUAAAAAAACGUUUUCUUUGCCUUAGAUUAAAUCUCCUUUCUUACAGCCAUAAUGUGUGACCUCGUGUCCUAUGUAUAGCCCUGUUUAUGAAUAGAUUUCCAGAUAAAGGUUUGGACUGGCCCCGAAUAUAUUUGUAUAAAGUUAUCAUAUCCCCUCUCAGGUGCCGUUUUUCCAAACUAAACAGAUUUAAUUUUUUUAACCUUUCUUCAUAACUAAAAUGCUCCAUUCCUUUUAUCAAUUUUGUAGCUCGUCUCUGGACCCUCUCCAGUGCCAUGAUAUCCUUCUUUAGAACAGGCGCCCAAAAUUGCACAGCAUAUUCAAGGUGUGGUCUUACCAGCGAUUUAUAAAGAGGCAGAAUUAUAUUUUCAUCCCGAGAAUUUAUGCCCCUAUUUAUACAUGACAAAAUCUUACUGGCCUUAGCAACUGCAGAUUGACAUUGCAUAUUGCUGCCUAAUUUGUUGUCUAUAACAAUUCCCAAAUCCUUCUCGUGUGUGGUUAUCCCUAAUUCACUACCAUUUAGUGUGUAAGUUGCUUGUGCAUUCUUAACCCCCAAAGUGCAUAACUUUGCAUUUCUCUAUGUUAAAUUUCAUCUGCCAUUUUAGUGCCCAGUCCCCCAAUCUAUCCAAAUCUCUCUGCAGCAAAGCAAUAUCCUGCUCACAUUUUAUUACUUUACAAAGUUUUGUGUCAUCUGCAAACACUGAUACAUGGCUUUCAAUGCCUAUUUCAAGAUCAUUUAUAAAUAUGUUAAAUAGAAGUGGUCCCAAAACAGAACCCUGAGGGACACCACUUACCACUUUUGUCCAGCCUGAAAAUUUACCAUUAAUUACAACUCGUUGUACUCUAUCCUUAAGCCAAUGUUCUACCCAAGAACAAGAAUAUUCAUCUAGACCAAUUUCUUUUAGUUUGAAGACUAACCUAUUGUGAGGAACCGUAUCAAAUGCCUUGGCAAAAUCCAAGUAGAUCACAUCCACUGCAACACCCUGAUCUAUACUUCUACUUACUUCUUCGUAGAAUGCAAUUAGGUUAGUUUGACAUGACCGAUGUUUCAUAAAACCAUGCUGAUUAUUGCUAAUAACAAAGUUCUUCCCAAUGAAUUCCUGAAUAUAAUCCCUUAAUAGCCCUUCAAAUAAUUUCCCAGUUACAGAAGUUAAGCUCACAGGUCUAUAAUUUCCAGGCAAGGAUUUUGAACCCUUUUUAAAUAUAGGAACAACAUUUACCUUCCUCCAAUCCUCCGGUACAACACCUGAAACAAAAGAAUAUUGAAAAAUUAAAUACAGAGGUUCACUUAUUUCCCCACUUAGCUCCUUAAGUACUCAUGGGUGAAUACCGUCAGGCCCCAAAGCUUUAUUUACAUUAAUUUUCUUUAAUAGCUGUAGUACCUUGUCUCGAGUUAUCCAAUCACAAGUUAUUUGCAAGUUUUUUGCAGCAAUCAUUUGCAUAUCUCUUGCCAUAGGAUCCUCAUUAAUAUAUACUGAAGAAAAAGUUAUUUAAAAUUUCUGCUUUUUCCUGGUCUUCAUUAGCUAAUAAACCCAACUCUGUUUCAAGUGUACCUACACUUUCAUUUUCAUGGUACACUGGACAUCAUCUCUGGUGCGUUGUAGUUUAGUAAACUGGAUAGCAUAGUAGCGGAGUCCAGAUGGAUACCUAAAAAGGUUAGUGUGGUGAAACCGACCACUGGGCACUGGAGAAGCCAUGGUUGCUUGCCUGCUCCCUCUGGACUAUGGCCUUGCAUUAAAAACCUUUAUUUCUCCCCUGCCUUUCUGCCCGGGUGUUUGGUAGAUUGAAUCUACCGAACCAACUCACGAAUGAACGGACCACCUGGGUAAAGAGUGUGCCAGUGAUUUACCUCCCAGAACGCUGGGUGGCCGUGGUGUUCAGCUCCAAAACUGUGGAACUCAAAACGGACAGUUAAACUCACAAACACCGCUGAGCUGCCGACCUCCCUUCUCCUGCAAUCACACGAACGCCGGUGCAUUCGGCACUUUCAAUGUGUGAACAGUGCUACUCCAGAUAGCUAUACCAUGGAGCCCAUUCGUAUAACGAAAGACUUUGGCUCCAUGGCGAUUGAACUGUAUGUAUGUGAUCUGAGCGCCAUUCGGUAAUAAUGUGCGCUCAGAUCUAAGCUAUCUGGGGAUAAGUUGAAUGUAUAUGUUUUAUGCAGUAGUUAUAACAUUGUGUAUUUUUAUGUGUUUCUACUGCUAUGUAUUCAGUGGAGUUUUGCCUCUGUCCUUGGAGAUAAUUGGAUUACUUCCCAAUUAUCUCCAGGAUAGAGAGGAGGGAUUACACUGUACUAGUGGGAGUGUUUCACUAUGUAUGUCUGUGAUUCGUCACUGUACAAUUUGUGUCCCAGUCUUCCACCAGGUCCCCUAGGGGAGUGUCCACGUGGUGGAAGACCUGCAUAAAUACCAGGCAGGUAGCCCAUAUUAAACAGACCACUGCUUAACCUUCAACACGGAGCCUUGUCUCGUUCUUGGGGGGGAUUUAUUCUAUGCUGUUUCCAGUUUGACUGCUAGGAGUGUAAACCGUUCGUAUGGUUUUUCCUAUUCGGCUGUUUGAAGCAUUCGUAUGGUUCUGGUGGCGUGUGGCAAAAUGGUACAGACCUUUCCAUUUGAUGCCAUGUAAAUGCCACAGUGACGGGUGUGUAGGUAGCAUCUUGAAAGCAUUUGAGAUGUUUUUCCCAGCCAAGCUCCAUGCCCUGCUUUCAAGAUUGCUCCAAAGGCAUUGUCCACUGUGUCCUAUUGAAGUGAGAAUUCUUCCGAAGGUAUGAGAAAAUUUAAGCUCGGUAUAAAGGAGGAAUGAGUUGCAGAAAGGUCAAUGAUUAAACACUUUUUUUAUUAUUGAAUUUGCCUGUCGAAAUGCCAAUUGGGUUGGUUCUACAAUUGGAAUAGGGGGGUUGUUUGAAGGGACCUAUCAUGAAGCCAUGGUUUAGUUCUGCUGUAAUCAGUGUUUCUGUGGUGUCGGGAUUUAAGAUGGCUGAUUGGAGGUUUUUACAUUCUAUGGUACCCCUUGGGAGUGCCACUAACCCUUAGUGUAAUCCUUCUGUGAACCCCCGUGAUGAGGAAAUCGACCAAGUGCAUAGAGGGGAGAUUGGUUAGAUAAUGAGCUAAAUUGUGAAUGUUAAUUUCUGUGAGUCAUUGCUUGGGGAACAGCCGGUUGGGGCACAUGGUCUUCGGAUGGUAUCUGAAGCAUAGGGAACAGACAUGCAACAACCUACAUGCGCUGAAGCUGCAACCUCCAGCAGUUAACGUUGUUGCAUAUCUGUGCCUUGCCCAGAAAUAUGAUCGGUCUACCUAGCUUUUCUUUAAGAAUCCUUUCUGAUUAGUUGGGAGUGGGUGCGACCUGACUGGUAGUAGGCAAGCUAGGUUCGUUGGGACACAAAUAAGUAGAAUGUGUGUUUGAAGCGCAUAAGGCACAAGACGGAGGUUUGAGGCCAGCAAAGUGGCGGCAGAACAGCUCUGUAUCAAGUUGGCUCCAGUUGGAGCGAAUAUUAAAUUGGAUCAGUGCUGUCGCCGCUUUGGCUGAAAAUGAUCUGUGAUAGUCAUACAAAGUAUGGCCAACGUACUUGUUCUCCAAUUUGUGGAGAUAUAGGUCUAGUUCUUGACAACGCUGGGGGAAUGUAGAGCAAAUAACAUCUCUGUACAGGCCAAACAUAGCACGAAAUUAGGAAUAGAUCAUUUUUUUAAUUCAGCCUAGGGUCCCUCGCUUUGAGUACCACGGACAGAUCUCCAUAACAGUAUACUUUGUUCUCCACCAAAUCUUUUGACGCAAUCAGAAGGGAGACUAGAUUUAUGUCUUUCCCUUCUAGUGUAUCUUUUUUCAUGGUCUGUGUAGCAGAUCCCCAUGUAAUCUGACCAGUUACCUCCGCUAAUUCCCUUCCUUCAACCGUUCAGGAACCCUUACAACAAGCAGGAAUCAAUUUUCCAUUUUUAACUGGACAAGACCAGACAUAGUUCUGGAGGUUACAACACUGACAAUCCUUUAUUGGUACACACAACUUUUUAAGCACAGACCCCCACAAGGGGUCUCCGUUCAGUACACUUUCCUUUGUCCCAGGCAGGAGGGCUUACAGAUGACCAACGGGACACAGUAACACACAUUAAAACAUAUUACAAACAGUAAAACACAUUACAUAUAUGGUGGAACAUUUGAGGGCUCUGCACCCAUGGAAGGGAAUGGUGUACACCCAUGAAACAUACAUCCCUGGAUAGCCCCGGUGUUACGGUUGCCUCCUGGCUAGCUGAAAGUUGGACCACUUGUAUAUCCUGGUUCCCAAUGUUGGAGAGGUAGAACGCCGCUCUGAUCAGCAUACACAAAAUUCUCCUGAAAGUGUAGAACAAUCCCACCAGCUAUAGCACAGCUAGGAUACACUAUUCCCUACAAUAGCGAUUUGAGGGUAACACUAACUGGGUUUAAUGGCACUCAUGCAUGGCAAUUUAUACAAGUUACCAGGCCAGAGGACAACCCCCUCUGGACCUGAUAGUACACUGGACAAUGCAUUGUCCCAACCAAUAAGGAUAAAGUGCAUUCUUUGAAAUACUCCCCUCCAGCUUGGAGAUAAUUGAUCCCAACGGUCGUACUAACCUAAUUAUCUCCAAGGACAUGAAAAUACCAUGUUUUAUUGUACAGGCGAAAACCUAAAAAUAUAUCACUUUUGCAUUUAAACAUCAAAAUAUCUAAUUCGACCAUUCCCUGGAUAGCUCAGCUCUGUCACACAAAACAUGCGAAUGGAGCUCAUGUCUUACGAAUGGAGUGGGAAAGAAGUUAGUUCGUAUGGUUUUUCACAAAGGGGUAAAACAACCGAUAUCUUAGCGGGGUUUGUGUAAACCAGUAGCCGAUUAUUGUUCCAGGGUUUUAUGCCCAAGUCCCGCUGAGUAUUUGACGACAUAAAGAUGUCCGCCACCUCAUGUUCGGUAUACGGACUGCGACCACCUUGGGGAAAGUGUUUAGGCAGCGGUUAACCGCAGAAACCGCAGGUUAAUUGGAUACACACAACAGUUUGUAGGGGGUCAUUCGACAGUUCUUUUGUCAUUUUAGUAUGGUCUCUAUUCGUCUAGUUGGAUACGAACGAGGCCACCUGGAUUCCAAUUAAUUAGGCUGCAGUUAACCAGAAACCGCAGCUCCUGUGUGGUUAAUUGUUGGCACACUGCGCCGUUAGGGUGGUCGAUCAUUCGUUAAGUCUUUCGGUGGUUUGAAAGGUGACUGGGGUUAAGUGGAAACAAAUGACAAGGGCUAGGUGGUCUGCUGUUUAUAUGUAUGAAUGGGUAACAAUGUUCAUUCGUGUAUCUGGGAAUAGUAAAGUAUCCAAACAGUAAUAACAAAAUAUUAUCCAUAGUAGUGGCAAUAGUAACCAUAAUGUAGAAAAGUAUUGAUCUUGUAGCAGACAGAAGGGCUUCCGUAACACCUGGGUCCCAGCUAGGCUCCCUGCAAAUAAUGGUGCUAUCGGAUGUACAGAACCCAAGAAACCAACAUAUAAAGUCUGGGGCUCGAGGCUCUGUACAUCCCCAAAAUCAGCUCCACAGCGCUGCUUGGUUUGGUGUGGUGAAUUCAAACUUUGCGCCCAGACCAAGCAACAGCCAAUCCGGAAAAAGGGCGUGAACCAAAUCGCGCCAAUCAGUGCUCAGGGAGGAGAGGGUUUUCGCCACCCAAUCAGGAGAAAGGAUGCGAAAACCCAUUUGGAUGGGCGCUCGUUCUCUGAAUGGUCGCCUGCGACCAAUCAGCGCUCACUCGUGCCGACCCAUCAAGAAAACCUCCUUCUCCUGAUUGGUCGGCACAGACUUCCAGGUGACCAACGGGUCUCUGCGGCUGCGAAGCGACUCGCAGCUCCAGGGUCUCUGCUGGGGCUCGCACCUCUCUCUGGUGGCUGCCUCCACUUAGGCAGCCCCGGGAAGAGCGCUCCAUGGGCAGCUAUGAGCCUGGCCUCGCAGCUCCUCGGGGGGAGGGGGCAGUGAUUAUAGCUCUGUUAGGAACAGGUAGGGUGAUCCGAUCCGCCAGUACCUCAAAGGACCCAUUCGUGGAGUCCCGGUGUGAAGACCCCGCAAGGGAAGCGUAUCCUUUCGGGAUAUGCAUGCUCCCUCAAGGACCCAUUCGUGGAGUCCCGGUGUGAAGACCCUGCAAGGGAAACGUAUCCUCCCUGGAUAUGAAUGCUCCCUCUGGGUGGCGUUCACCUAUGCAAAAUGCCGGCCACCCAGGGGAACACUCAUUAAUUACUGCCUUUGCAUUUUCACACUUAUGAUGCAGGGGCGAACGUUCUGAUUGAUUGGUGUGAACAUUCUACUGGGGUACCGGGGUGGUCCACGCGCGGGAGGCGGACGGGCUCCGUUCACAUGAGCGCUUCCAAACCGUUAACAGGGCAAAAUACACAUACACGGGGAGACACAGAAUACAAGGGGAAACCACUCAAGUAAGCAGUGGGCAUGGUACUUAGAUACUUUGUGACGGUGGUUUGCCACAGUCUGGGGAACUAAAUGCGCAGGUGUAAUUUAUAUGUGUGGUAGUUAGUUGUAACGGUUACCCAGCUGUAGAGGGGUAUCUGCCGUUGGAGAUGUCCUUUUCUGUGCAAGCUGCUGUGUAGUAAUAGAGUCCUUGUUCCCAUCCACGAUAUCCCAGGGUAUAAUCCGGCAGUACUGAAAAAUGAGGCAGAGUAAUGGCACCAUAAAUCCCCUCCAAGAACGAGACGAGGCUACGUUUUGAAGGGUCAAGUAGAACUGAGGUCUGGGAGAACCAGCCUGCUUUUUAUUAGGAACAAGUACACACAGGACACUCCCAGGGGGAGGAUGAAAAUAACCAAUUACACACAGGGUAACACCCCCACGUCUCCUCCCCUCAGAUAAACACAUAACAUAAUUAUAACGUACAUAAAUUUACCCACAUUCUGGAUGUACCCCAAAAACAGGGGGUACACCUUUAAGUCCAGCACCGCUUAAUAGCUACCACUCAGGGGAAUAACAUAUUCAAAUUUCAAGUCAUUCGGUUGUGGGGUUCGGGAGUUAUGGGUCUUUGAAGUUUUGACCGACCGCACAGGAUUUUCAGCCGAAAAGAGUUCCACAAGUUUUGGCCUUGCGGUCGGUCCCCGUUCGUGAAUAAAAACCCCACGAACCCCUUGCCCUCCACAGUAAUCCUGCCGUUCGCCUGAAUCCCCAUGCAUGCUUAAACAAAACUACCGAACGGCCGGUCGUUCGGUAGUUUCAGCACGAACUUACGAGCUCCUGGAGGUCUCAGCGGUGUUCGCCUGUUUGCGUAUCCGUUUUUAGUUCCAUGCGUUCACAGGCAAACACCGCCGUUCGUGCGUAAGAUGGCCGCGAACACGUGUAAAGUCCCGAAAUGGCGGCCACCUAUUCUCAGACAAAGGGAUUCGUCUGAACCAUGCGAACGGCUCCACAAUCGCUGGGAGGUAAAAUAGUAAUUAACUGUUCCCCUGGGUGGUCUGAUGUUCGGUAUUUUGGGUAGCAAUAGUUAUACGAACACCAGUCAUUCGGUUCUGUUUAAACUCCCCAGCAGCACUGUAGAUUAAGUUCAGGCAAAACAGUACAGGGUUCUGUUACAUUAGUGCAGGGGUAGAUGUAGAGCAAUUACCCUGGGAUGUGGGGGUGACCACUGGGGUGGUCACAGCAAUGUGGGCUUCCAACUUCUCCACCCUGUGUCAGGGACCGUCCUACCUUCUCUGAAAGGAGCUGUAAUCACUUGUCCCCUGCCGGCUCGUGGCUGCAGAUGCCUGAGUGUGGGUAUCCACCAGAGAGGGGCGCGCGCCAGCCGGGAAUCCCUGGGGCUGUGAGUCUGUCUCACUGCCGCAGGGUUCCCGCUGGCCGCAUGGAAGUCUGUGCCAAUCAAUGGGAGAAGGAGCGCCCAUUCAAACUGUGUUUGCGCCAUUCUCCUGGCUGGUUGGCACAAGUAAAGCGCCUAUUGGUCGCCGCAGGAAGCGGGCGACCAAUCAGAGAAGGAGCGCUUGUUCAAACAGGGUUUCUCUCUUUCCCCUGAUUGGGCAACGAAAACCCCCCUCCUCCCCGAGCACCAUUUGGUGCAGCCGAGUUUCGCACCCUUCCUUCAGAUUGGGCAGCGAAACUCCUUCCUCCCCUUAAAGCUGAUUGGUGCGAUUUAGUUUGCGCCCUUUCAGCUGAUUGGCUGUUGCUUGGUUUAGGCGCAAAGUUUGAAUUCACCGUACUAAACUAAGCAACGCCGUGAAACUAAUUUCGGGGAUGUACAGAGCCUUGAGACCCAGACUUUUGAUGCAGAUAUCUCCGGCUCUGUACAUCCGAUUGCCCUGCUUUUUGCCGGGAUCCCAGAAGGGACCCAGGGCUAUCUAGCAAUGUAAGUUCUAACCCUGUAACCCCUUCCCUUCCAGGGGCGCCAAGCCCCAAAGUGCCCCCUGAAUGUGAUGUGUACUGCUUGGUAUCUCCUAAGGCAGGAGAUGGCUAUUUGUAACCCAGCCCCCUCCUGCCUGGGAAAAAGGGAAUACCCUGCGGGGGUCUGUGCAUAAAAGAAAACAUGUAUUCAAUAAAGAGUGUGACUGGUGAGAUCCAAGUGUUUAAAGCUCUAAACUGUGUGUCGUCCUUUUACUGGAGGGAAGGUUAAGAUUUAACCCCUGUGUCUGCUGUUCCAGCUUGCAGGGGAUGAAAAUAGGAGAAAAGUCCUGGUAAGGACUAAGAGCUCCCAGGGCUGAGUGUCGUCUCUGCCUGGGAACAAGAUACUAGGAAGUCGUCCCGCUACAGUGGGCAGAUCUUCCCUGUGAAAGGAAGUGAGAUGUGGGGUGACGGGAGACCACCUUAGUAUUACCAUAAUAUGGGGUGAGAAGGCCUUUACCUAAGGGAAGUCAUUGGAGGGAACUUUGUGUGGGGAAGGAAGACUGGUAUAUUUGCUGUGAAUUUUCUUUUAGACUUAGUGGAUCUUGUGCCGGAUGAUCUGUCUAAUGAGGUGUCUGAAAAGGGGGGUGUAAUUGUGAGGCACAAAGGAAUUACUUUCCUUGUAGUGAGAGCAUUUGUAUCCUGUAUACCUAUUAGUGCGAUAGAAUUGAACUUGUUGGAUCGGGAUUAUAAUUGUAGCAGACCAAGGGUAAUCCUACUUGUUACUUCCGCUAAUUCCUUCCUUCAGCCACUCUGGAACCAUUAACACCAACAGACAUCCAUUCCCCCAGUAACCAGACGGAAAAUAGUUCUGGGAGUCAACUGAUUUUAUUCAAGACACACAGCUUUUAUGCCCAGUCCCCUACAAGGGGUUUCAGUUCCAAGAUCCUCUAUGCCUGAGAGAAAAUUGCGUGAGAAAAAAACUCUCACUGAGGUACAGAAAAUCCAACAAAAUAUACUGUAAACCAAAAGUGUCCCCAUCGUACUCAGGAACCCCACAAAAAGUACAUUCUCCGAUCGCCACGAAUCACACAUAUCAGUUCGGGAAAACGAGAAUGCCAUUGAGGUAAAGUUUUGACCAGCCAGACGCGAGGCGCUAGCCCAAAACAGUUCCAGGAAAAUAGUUGUCCUGGCUGAUCUCCGUUCUUGAGGUUCCUGUGCGAACACCAUGCAAGGGAAUCUCCUUUUAUUUAAUUUUUUUAUCAUUUCAUUAUUUAUUGUUUUUCAAAACUUUAUCACAAUAGACAAUAAAAGACUUGCAUUUAAAAAUAUAAACAGAAGACAAUAGGACAAUAUUACAUUCAGACAGUUCUAGCACUCUAAGAUACCAAAUUUUUAAUUUAUUACCCUUAAUUAUCACCUUAUUUAUAAAUUAGAUGACAUACCAAAUUUAGUGUCUUCACUUCGACUUAAAAGAGCCUUAUAUAGCUAUUCACUGUCUAUGACAAACCAUAUAAACAUAAAAACAAACAAACAUAGUCAUACUGUGCCAAGAUCUAUAAAUCCUGACAUAGUGCCUAACUAUAGGGCUUGAUAUUUUCCCCUUUUAUUUUCCUUUUUCUGCUACUUUCUCUUUUCUUCUCCCUUUUUUACUCUUUUCUUUUUAAUAAGGUUUACGCUAUAAAUAGCAAAAAAACGGCUUUAUAUAGAGAUGCAAAAUAUAGAAACAUUACAACCUUAUGAACAUAUCAACAGUGUUAGCUCUCUAAGAUGUAAAAUUAUUAAGACAUUUUUCUAAUCUGUCUCUGUUCAUUAGUUAUUUGUCAUACUGAGUUUAUCUUCUUUAGUUAUUCUCAAAAAAAAAAUCCUUUCUUUUUUUCCUUCUUCUCCUUCUUCUCCUCUUCCCUUUUCUCUCCUGCCCUUUCCCCUUUCUUUUUCUUUUCUUUUUUCCCUUUUUCACUACUUGUAUUUAACAGUAAUGUCCGAUAUACAUACUGUGCUAAGAUCAAAUCAUAGAUACUAUUAUUUUCCUUAUGUAGGGCUUAAUUUUUUUUACCCAUUCCUCCCAUUGUUCUAUUUUAGAGUUAGUAUAGUUAUCUUGUCUCAGGAUUCCAAUCUCCAUUUUGCAAUGGUUCAGGACCUGAUAUUUUAUCAUAUCCCAAGAGGGGGAAUCUGAUCAUUUCCAAUAUCUCUCUAAUGUUGCUUUAGUCUCCGUUAAGAUGUGAAUCACUAUAGCUUUUUUACUUCUUGAAAUUCUAGGCCAACCCAGAUGUAGUACAAAAGACCUACAGGUAAAGUCAAGAUCUACUUUUAGCACCUCUUGACAACAUUUUGCUACUUUAUUCCAUAGUUGACUUAGAUUUGGGCAAGACCACCAGAUGUGGACAUAGUCUGCUCUAUAUGAGCCGCAUCUCCAACACUUAUAUUGAGAGGAUGGGUACAUUUUUGCCAAUUUAGUGGGAACAUAAUGCCAUCUAUUAAUGAUCUUAUAAUGACUUUCAAUUGAAUUUAAACAAUGAAUAGCCUUAGUUACGGCAUUAUUUGCAUUUAUCCACUCAUUUCUUGUAAUAGUAACCUGUAGGUCUUUUUCCCAAGAUACAAGGGCUGGAAAUAUUGGGCUUGAUUUAUAUAAUUUAUAUAAUUUAGCACAAUGUGAUACUAAAUUUGUAUUACUUUUAGAAUUAAUUAGAUUCAUGAAUAGAUGUAAUCCUUCAGAUGACUCUAUCACCCUAUGUUUGUGUAAAAAAUGCUUUAACCUUAAAUAUGUAAAAUUCUCUCUAUAAGGAAGAGAAAAUAACUGCCUAAUGUCCUCAAAAGACAUAAUUUGAUUCUGUUGCAUUAUUUGAUCUAUAUUAUUAAUACCAUUAUAUGUCCAGGUUUUUAUAUUUAAAUCUUCUAUAUUGACUGUCAAAAUGUUGAGAGGUAUAUCCAUAAUUAUUUUAUCCAGUAUCUUAUGUCUCUUUUUCCAGUUUUUCCACUGCAAUAAUAAAUUAUCCAUAAUUAGGCUUAUAUUUAUGUUAUUUCUCUUUUGUAAACUCCAAAAUAUAGCUAAUAAGUCUGUGGAUCCCAGUCUUGUAGCUUCUAUUUUUUCCCAGGCUUCCUCUGCGGAGCUCUCCUUUAACGAUAUAAUUAAAUAAGCCAAUGCGCAUGUCUCAUAUGUCUCUAGAAUAUCUGGGACCCCCAACCCACCCUUUUUGGAAUUCAUAUUUAGUAAUUUUUUUAUUCACCCUCGUUUUUUUUUUUUUUCAGCCAUAUAAACUUCUCAAAAGCUGUCUGUAUCAUUGUAAGCCAUGGUUUUGGAAUUUUAAGAGGUAUCAUGUGGAAUAUAUAGCUCCAUUUGGGCAUUACGUAUGAUUUUAUAACAUUUAUUCUCCCAAUCCAUGAUAUCUCUGCAGUUCUUAAAGGACCACUCUAGGCACCCAGACCACUUCCGCUUAAUGAAGUGGUCUGGGUGCCAGGUCCAGCUAGGGUUAACCCAUUUUUCAUAAACAUAGCAGUUUCAGAGAAACUGCUAUGUUUAUCAAUGGGUUAAGCCUUCCCCUAUUUCCUCUAGUGGCUGUCUCAUUGACAGCCACUAGAGGCGCUUGCGUGCUUCUCACUGUGAUUUUCACAGUGAGAGCACGCCAGCGUCCAUAGGAAAGCAUUAAGAAAGCUUUCCUAUGUGACCGUCUGAAUGCGCCCGCAGCUCUUGCCGCGCGUGCGCAUUCAGCCGACGGGGAGGAGAAGAGGAGGAUCGGAGGAGGAGAGCUCUCCGCCCAGCGCUGGAAAAAGGUAAGUUUAACCCCUUUUCCCCUUUCCAGAGCCGGGUGGGAGGGGGUCCCUGAGGGUGGGGGCACCCUCGGGGCACUAUAGUGCCAGGAAAACAAGCAUGUUUUCCUGGCACUAUAGUGGUCCUUUAAGUCUUUAAGUUGUUUAUUCAUUUGUUUCAUCAUAGGGAGAAUAUUGUUCUCUAUGAUUUUAUUUGGGUUACUUGUUAUUUUAAUACCUAGAUAUUGCAAAUGUUUCUUAGCUCAAGCAAAGUCAUAUUUAUUCCCAAUCUUCCCUCUAUCUUCCUUACUUAGAUUUUUUGCUAAUAUAGUUGUUUUAUCUACAUUUAACUUGAGAUUGGAGUAAUUUCCAAAUUCAGUUAUAACCUUCAUCAAUUCAUCCAAUGAUGGUACAGGGUCUGUAAUGGAGAUUAGGACAUCAUCCGCAUAUAGUGAUAAUUUGUAAUCUUCUUGACCUAUUCAGACUCCUUUAAUCUUUAGGUUUUCCCUAAUUUCACAGGCUAGAGGUUCAAUAUAUAACAAAUAAAGCAGCAGCGAGAGAGGGCAUCCCUGUCUCGUCCCGUUGCUUAUUUUAAACCAGUCAGAUAUUAUACCUCUCCCUAUAGUUCUAGCCCUUGGGUAGGAUUGUAAAGCCAUUACAGCAUCCAUUACCCAUCCGCCAAAACCAAAAGCCUUCAUAGAUGCUAUCAGGAAGUCCCACCUGACCCUAUCAAAGGCCUUCUCUGCGUCCAAUGACAGGGCCAGAAAUGGGACUCCUGAAUCGUUAGUGCGGUCUAGAAUAUCGAUUAUUUUUCUCACACUAUUGCUGGAGAGUCUACCUUUUAUGAAACCGACCUGGUCUUUAUGAAUUAAGUAAGGUAAGACAGUUUGCAUCGUGUUAGCUAGGAUGCUAGCAUAUAUCUUUAUAUCCGAAUUUAGCAGAGAAAUAGGUCUAUAACUUCUUACUUGAUCUGGUGGUUUAUCUGGCUUAUGUAUAGGGAUAAUAUUUGCAUAUAGCAUUUCCUCCGGGAUGACCUUUUCUUCCACAAUUUUAUUAAAUACACUUUUCAAACAGACCACCAAUUCUUCCUUAAAUUGCUUAUAAAAUAUAUUAGGAUAGCCAUCCGGGCCUGGAGUUUUAUUCUUUUUUAACAUAUCUAUUGCCUCCUUAAUCUCUAAUUCAGUAAAAGGUUUGUUGAUACUAUUAACCUGUUCUGCUGAUAGCUGUUUCAUCUUUUUAUUUUUAAAAUAUGUUACUGGAUUGUUGAGUUGGUUAGGCAAGUUAUAUAGCUCUUGAUAAAGAGUUAAAUGCUUUACCAACUUUUUCAGGGGUUAGUUGUGGCCCUUCCUCAGUUAUAAUUUUCUGUAUCGUCGUGGCCAUUCUAUAUCCUUUAACUUUAUUUGUAAGCAUUUUAUUUGCCCGGUUACCUCUGUAAUACCAUUUUAUUCUUAAAGGACCACUCUAGGCACCCAGACCACUUCAGCUUAAUGAAGUGGUCUGGGUGCCAGGUCCUUCUAGGGUUAACCCAUUUUUUUUAAACAUAGCAGUUUCAGAGAAACCGCUAUGUUUACAAAUGGGUUAAUCCUUCCUCCAAUUCCUCUAGCGGCUGUCUCAUUGACAGCCGCUAGAGGCUCUUGCGUGCUUCUCACUGUGAAAAUCACAGUGAGAGCACGCAAGCGUCCAUAGGAAAACAUUAUGAAUGCUUUGCUAUGCGACCGGCUGAAUGCGUGCGCAGCUCUUGCCGCGGGUGCGCAUUCAGCCGACGGGGCGGAUCGGAAGAGGAGAGGAGGCAGAGAGCUCCCCGCCCAGCGCUGGAAAAAGGUAAGUUUUUACCCCUUUCCCCCUUCCAGAGCCGGGUGGGAGGGGGACCCUGAGGGUGGGGGCUUCCUCAGGGCACUAUAGUGCCAGGAAAAAGAGUAUGUUUUCCUGGCACUAUAGUGGUCCUUUAAGCGUUCCAAUUUUUUGGAGGAUUGCUGCCAUAGAAUUUCAUUAAUAUUAUCUUUAAUUUUAUCUUUUUUCUCACUCAUUUGUUUGGAGGGAUUAUCUUUAUUAAGCCUUGUUAAAGCAUUUAAAGAAAUAUAUAGGUCUGUCAAGGAGGAACUUCUACUGUUAUUUCUUAUUGAACCCAUUUUGAUAAAGUGCCCUCUCAGAACUGCCUUAUAGGUGCACCAUACUAUUACAUCUGAUGUACCUUUAUUUUGGUUAUCUUCAAAGAAACAUUUUGUUAAUUCUUUUACUUUCUCUAUCUCUUGAGGAUUUUUUAAUAAGAGAUCAUUUAGCCUCCAACUGUUCCUUAUUUUAAAAUCUGGACUUAUAUUAAGGUCUAAUAUAACCGGGUUAUGGUCUGACCAAGUGACUUCCUGAAUUAGAACCUUCUUUAUCUUAAGUGAUAUCUCUACUGUACCCAAGAAUAGAUCUAACCUUGAAUAUGUAUAAGUCCUUUUCUUGGGGGUGGUAAAUUCUCCAUAUAUCUAACAAACCAUGUCUACCUAGUAAACGUUUAAGCUGGUUUGAUGUUUUUUUACUUUUUUUAUUUUGGAUAACCCCUCCAAGUGAAUUUCUAUCUAGCAUUUCAUCCAUAAUGCAAUUAAAGUCUCCCCCUAUAAGGACCUUUCCCUUUUUAAUAUUAUCUAUUUUGUUUAGUACCAUUUGUAUAAAACCAAUAGGUUUAUCAUUAGGUGCAUAUAAAUUCGCUAUUGUAUAUACUUCAUUUUGUAUUUUACAUAUUACUAUAGUGUAUCUUCCAUUUUUAUCUAUGUCCUGAUACAUAAUCUGUGUGAAUCUCUUCAUUUCAGGAUACGAAUGCUCCCCCUGUUUGGUAGUUCAUGUCUCCCGAUCGUCGUUCAUACAAGUGGUCGGGAAACAGAACUGGCAGCGGUCUUCGUUUUACCGGCAUUCGCAUGAGUGCCUAGACAAAAAGAGUUACAGGCACUUGACGACCAAGUACCGCUGCCCACGUUCGGGAGACAUGAUGGCCGCCACUCUUCUGUCAGUUAUAUGAAAUGGCAGCCACCCAUAGAAGCAUUCAUUAAUUACUUAUCUUGCGGUUUCGCACCUAGGUGGUCGGUGUCAACGUUCUAAUGGGGUACAGGGUUGGUCCUCGUUCGGGAGACAAAAGAAUUCUGUUCUCCCGAAUCUAAAAAUUAGGAAACAUGCAAAAUAAAAGUGGAAAGUAUAUGAAUAGGUGUAGGUUUCGCCACAAAAGUAUUUGGAGUUCUCCAUUCUGCUACACUGCUCCCCAUUAACCACAAGUCGGCAUACACAGUUUGAUCCUUAAGCUCAGUAAGGGGCUUGGCCAGGGCACUAUAAUUGGACACAAACUUCCUAUAAUACUCUGCCGUCCCAAGCACCUCGGCCAUGCCUAUGUUGCAUUUGCUAGGCUUAAGCAUUAAACCUGCCUCUCUAAACCUUUCUAGAACCGCUCCUAUAUGGGCCAAGUGCUCCUGUCAGGUAUCGUUGAAGAUAGCAAUAUUAUCCAGAUAUGCACAGGCAUAGUCUUGGAACCCAUCUAGGAGCCGGUCCACCAUCCUCUGGAAAGUAGCCGGGGCGUUUUUCAUCCCAAACGGCAUGACCAUAAAUUGGUACAGACCAAAUGGGGAUCACAAAGGCUGACUUAGGGGUGGCUUCGGAGGCUAGGGUGAUUGUAACGGGCCUGCUAGCAACCCGGCUUGUUGUCCCUGCUCAGCCAUUUCCUUCCCUAGAAGGCAGUCAGUUAUAAUAUAGAAAGACCCAUUUCCCACCCAGUAACCAGCCGACACACAAUUCUGGGGGUAGAACCACAAUUUUAUUGGCCACACUCUGCUUUAUACUUUUCCCCAUGCAAGGGGUGGAUCACACAGAAUGACAAUGUCCCCUCCCAGGGGUCAUAUAAUGGAUCUGAGACUCCAGUCCCGUUGUCCUCUGUUCCCGCCACCCAUCCUCAGGGUUUCCCACCUCCUCCUUUAUCCCAUGAGCCUCUGUACCUGGGAGCCCCAGCGCAGGAAAGCUUCCUGCCUCCUGGAUUCCCAGUCACAGAAAGCCCGCCAAACCACCAUUGUCCCCAUAGAGUGUCCCCACCAAUCUCGGGGACCCCCAGAACGGUAACUGCCUCUGUUCAUGGGGUCCCUGGGUGAAACCAAGCAAGGGAAGAGUCUUCUUUCGGGACACAAAUGCUCCCCCUGGCCGCCGUCCAUCUAUACAAAUGGCCGCCACCCAGGGGAGCACUCAUUAAUUACUUUUCUUGCGGUUUUACACUUAUGUUGCAAAUUGCCAAAUUUCUAAUUGAUUUUUUGCAAACAUUCCAAGGGGCACUGGGGAGGUUCUUGUUUGGGAAGCAAUCGACGAAUGCUCCCCCUAGACGGUGUUCAGAUCACGAACGGGCCACCACACAGGUGAGGCACGCGCCAAGGCUCUACUUGCGGUUUGUGGUUUUGACACCUCAUUAUGAGGUGCAAACGUUCUAAACCAACGUUCUAUAUGAGUUAUCGGGGUGGGCACAUUCAUACAAAAAUUAUAGGGAAAUACACUGAAUAUAAUCCAGCAAUUCACAAACAGGCAGCGGUCCCGCCACACAGCUCCCCCUUAACCACAAGCCAGCAUACACGGUCUGAUCCUUAACAGAUCGGCUAGGGGAUGUCCAGGGUGCUCAUGGAUUACUUCUCAAGUUCUGUCUGUCUGGAUAACCCGUCAGCAUUUCUGUUUUGCUUCCCGGUGCGGUAGUGGAUAGUGAAGUCAAAAGGCUGCAGCGCCAUUGUCCCCCGCCACUCUGUUCAGCCAGACCAACGGGUUGUGAUCCAUGAGCAAGGAGAAUGGCUGUCCAUAUAGAUAGGGCUGCAACUUUUUUGUUUUAACUGCUGGAAUGCCUGCUCACACUACGGGGCCCAAUGCUCCACUUGCGGUUUGUGGUUUUGACACCUCAUUACGAGGUACGAACGUUCUAAACCAACAUUCUAAAUGAAUUUUCAGGGUGGUCCCCACUCGGGAGGUGAAUACAAUGAAUAUAAUACAGCAAUUCACGAACAGGCAGCGGUCCUGCCACACAGCUCCCCCUUAACCACAAGCCAGGAUACACAGUCUGAUCCUAAUGGAUCGGCUCGUGGAUGUCCGGGAGAGUGCUCACAGAUCACUUCUCCAGGGCUGUCUGUCUCGAUAAUCCGUCGGCAUUGCCGUUUUGCUUACCCGGUCUGUAAUGGAUGGUAAAGUCAUCCAUUACAGACCAGGUAAGCAAAACGCCAAACUCCAUAGCAACAGCCUGAUAUUGUCCCCCAAUCACCCAGUUGUGAUCCAUGAGCAGGGAGAAUUGCUGUCCGUAAAGGUAGGGUUGUAGUUUUUUGAAUGCCCACACCACCGCCAGGCACUCCUUCUCAAUGGCGGCGUAGCUUACCUCCCUAGGUAGUAUCUUCCUGCUGAAGUAAGCCACAGGGUUUUCGCCACCAUCGUUGCUGACCUCACUUAGUACCGCUCCUAACCCAAACAUGAGAAAACGUUUUCUGGGAUUAGGGGCAGCCAGGACAGGCGUUCUUGAGGGCUUUGAAUGCCUGCUCACACUCUUGUGCCCAGUUUACCUGUCGGGGGAAUGUCUUUCAGGUCAUCCAGGUAUGCUCAGGCAUACUCCUGGAGGCCAUCCUUUAGAAAGUAGCUGGGCCAUUCUUCAACCCAAAUGGCAUCACCUUAAAUUGAUACAAGCCAAAUAGGGUGACGAAUGCCGACUUGGGGACAGCAUCUGCCGCCAUCUAUAGUGUUGAGGUACCAGCCCCGAGCCAUCCUAUCUAGCAGUUCGUCUAUACGGCACAUGGGCUAAGCAUCGGAGACUGUAUUGUCGUUGAGCCUCCUGUAGUCCACACAGAGCUGGUAGUCCCAUCUCUUUUCGAGACCAGCACGGCUGGGGAGGCCCAAGGACUCUGAGACGGUUCGAUUACCCCUAGCCGGAGCAUCUCCUGGAUCUCCUGUAACAUGUAACCCCGCACAGCCUCUGGGGCUGUUUGGUUGUGUCUACCUGGUGGGUGGCUAGUGGGGUAUACCCGGGUAGGUUGGAGAAUGCCUACUUGCUUGCUGACAGUGUUUCCUGUGCCUGUCUGUGUUCUCCUUCUGUUAACCGGUCCCGUAAGUGGACCUCGUUUAUGGACCCUGCAUCAGCCCCUUUCUCCAGGAGGUCAGGCAAGGGAAGAUUAUCAAAAUCUUCCAAGGCUGGAGCACAUACGGCGGCUACAUCCUCAGUCCUCUCGUG